AUGGACAACUGGAACCAAAGGUUUAUUCUUGUGUUUUUGACCAUGUUGUGCUCAACCAAUGCCCAAACUACUGGUAAUGUAAUAUCCGUGCUUUUUUAGUAAUAUCCAUGAGCAGAUAACAAAAGACACAUGGGGGGGGGAAUUAAAAUGUGACAUCAGAGGGCAGAGCAGAGCAACCAACGACCAGCAGCACAGAAAGAAACAGCGGUUUAGAAAAUGGUGUGGCAGGGUAUUACAUUUGACAAAAAAAGGGAAGGGGUUUAAAAAAACCGUUUUAAUUAACAAUUAUGCCCUGUGAUGUUUUAGAAUGACAUAUCUAAUGUCAGGAGCCCAGGCUGCUGUCUUGAUAACACAGCAUGCAAGUCGUAAUUAGCUUGAAGAUUUAUUGCAAUACUGUACAAACAAUUACCCUUGGACAUCUAACCGAGCGUCCGUGACUUACGAGUCAGUUGAGCCUUCUGAGGAGUGCUUCCUGCUACUGCAGAAUAUCCUGAACCUAUGACCCUUACAUUCCUGGGUUUGUUUUCUGUCUAAUACCUUUCCCAUAUGUCUACUCUUUGGGCUCAGGGGAUUAAUUGCCUACUCUUCCGGUGAGGAAAUGCUACCCCUUCUGCUUUCUGAAGCUGCCUGUGCUUCUUGAGCGAGCUGACUUCUCUCCCUCCCACUCUCUGCUAACAUCUUAUCUACAUUCCUUCUGUGUCAGGGGGAGAGGGACUGCUCCCAGCUGUCUGACUGCUUCCUAACUCAUGCUGUGUGUCAGGAAUGAGCCAGCUCCAAGUGAAGGUUUGCAGCCAACUGCAGAAAGCAGCCAGGAACAGAAAGGCAGAAACAGAUGUUAGUCAGGCAGGGGAGAGCCGGCAGGUGCUGACUUCGGCUCUUCCUGACUUUGACGGGCAGGCUGAUAAGGCAGUAGCUAAGAGCAGGCUAGAACACAGUCAAAGCUUGCCAGAAGCACAAAUUGGCGCUAAUAGAUUAAGAGACAGCCUCUCAGAACAGGAAGAAGUUGGAGCUGAUCCACUAAGUCUGAAGAGUUGGCAAAUGGAAGGGCUGCUAGAUAGGAAGCAAAACAAGAGAGGUAAAGUUUGUAAGUUCAAUAUCUUCUAUCGACACCGGAAGAAGUCAUCAGAAGGGUCAUCUUGAGUAAUGAUGCUGGAGGCUUUGUCAGAGCCGUCUGGAGCUAUCUGUUUGUUUUUGCAAUAAAUCUUCCCUUUUUAAUUACCUAUGCUUACUGUGUUAUCAAGCUGGGAACCUGGACUCCUGACACUGUGUUUCUCUACUUGGGGCAGAUGUGUCCAUGACAUCUAAUAUCAUUCUAAUAGGGGGAAAUAAUGUUAAGCAGGUCAGUGUAGAUCCAGCCCCAGUGUAAAUCAACAGUCAUCUCCAUUCUCUAGCGGCAUCAAAUUGCACAAGUUAAAUAUGUGUUAUGUCUUCUUCUUUUUUCAAAUAUUUGUUUAAAUACAAAUUCUUUAAAUAAUCAUUUCAGGAGAUUCUCUGAAUCUUGUGACUCCUCCCCACCCCCUAUCUGGGUCCUAAUAACAUUUCCCCCCCAAUCUACAUAUCAAUGCAUUCUCCAAUAUUUACAUUUUUCUAAAUUAUCCAUAAGGCUCAUUCUUUACAAGUGAUUCUUACAGUCCAACUAAGGGUUUGAUGUGCUUACAAUGGUCUCUUAGGUAAAUUAUAAAUUUCCUCCAUUCUUUCUUAAAGUCUUUAUCUUCUUGGUCCCUGAGUCUCCCGGUUAGUUUUGCCAUUUCAGCACAGUUCAGCAGUUUGGCUUGCCACUCUUCCCUGGUCUGGACCAUUGCUUCUUUCCAUCUUUGGGCUAGUAACAUUCGUGCAGCUGUUGUUGCAUACAUAAAAAGUCUUUUCUGGUCCUUUGGAAUCUCGGUACCUAUAAUUCCUAAUAAAAAAGCUUCAGGUUGUUUUUUUUUAACCAAAUGUUAUUUCAAACAUUUUUUCCCAGUUCAUCAUAUGUCAUUUCGCAAAAUGAUUUUAUUAUCUUGCAUGGCCACCACAUAUGAUAAAAGGUACCCUCUUUCUCGUUACACUUACAGCAGAUAUUUGAACUUGUUCUAUACAUUUUAGAUAACUUAGUAGGAGUCAAAUACCACCGGUACAUCAUUUUCAUAUAGUUCUCUUUCAGCGUACUACAUGCUUUAAAUAAAUAUGUGCUAUGUCAGGUGUGGGGAACCUGUAGCCCUCCAAAUGUUGUUGGAUUCCUGCUGCCAUCACCCCAUCCUCAAUAAACACACAAGACGUAACCGGCUGUACUUUUGAAUAAAUAAGGUAUACUAGUCAUUUUAUCAAAUUGUAGAUUUCAGUGGAAGUCUCAUAAAGUUCUACGAAAGAAAGCAGAAAACCCAGUGGAUCAGUUCAUUCUCUAGUCAGUUCAUGCAUAAGGUCCAUACAUGUAUAAAUACCUAUUCCACAGGGUCUAAGAGAAGGAUUUCCGGAAUAUUAGCCUUGUUUCGCCAUCCUAGGCUUCAUCAGUAGAACAGGCUCAUAUGUAAUAUUAUAGGAUAGUGGAUCUUAUAGCAUAGUACUGGUUGUCUUAGACUCUGUGAAAGGAUUCUGUGGAACUGUAACAACCCUUCAUGUGGAUAAUUGGACUCUAUGAACAGACAGGUGGAAUAGAUACUUAUACAUGUAUGGACCUUAUGCAUGAACUAACUAGAGAAUGAACUGAUCCACUGGGUCUUCUGCUUUUUUCGUUGAACUUUAUGAGACUUCCGUUGAAACCUACAAUUUGAUACAAUGAAUAGUACAGUGGUACCUCGUGAUGUGAACGGGAUCCGUUCCGGAGCCCUGUUUGCAUCCUGAACGGAACGUAAGAUGCGAUGGUGUGUCUGCGCGUGCACGGGUUGCGUUUCGCCGCUUCUGCGCAUGAGCGUGAUGUCAUUUUGAGCGUCUGCACAUGCGUGAGCAGCGAAACCCGGAAGUAACGUGCUCCGUUACUUCCGGGUUGCUGCGGAGCGCAAUUCGAACGCGCUCAACGCGAAGCACAUUCAACUUGAGGUAUGACUGUAUACCUUAUUUAUUCAAAAAUACAGCCGGUUAUGUCUUGUGUGUUUAUUGAGUAUGUUUCACGUAACCAUAGGUUUGUUGUUGUUGUUUUGCCAUCACCCCAUCCAGCCUGGUUGGUAGUCAGGGAUGAUGCGAGUUGGGGACCGGCGACAUCAUGCGGACUUCAUGUCCCCCAACCCCUGGGUUACAUGAAGAAAUGUUUUCUUUUGCCUGUCCCGAAUCUAACAAAUGCCUUUUGGUGUAAGAACAAAAGGUUACCUUGUCUUUCUUCAGUCUGCAGAGAAACUGCCAUUGCAGACCUCGUGUUCCUGGUGGACGGAUCCUGGAGCAUCGGAACAAAGAACUUCAAAAGCAUGCAAGACUUUCUGUACACCAUGGUUGACGGCUUGGACAUUGGACCGGAUAAAAUACAGGUCGGGCUGAUUCUGUACAGCGACCUGCCUCACAACGAGUUCUUCCUGAACACUUUCCACCGCAAAGAGGACAUCUUAAACCGGAUUCGGAACUUGCACUACAAAGGAGGGGGGACCAAAACUGGGAAGAGUUUGAAGUUUAUGCUGGACCAUCAGUUCAACGAAGUGGCCGGCAGUCGGCGCCGCGAAGGCGUCCCCCAAGUGGCAGUUGUGAUAACAGACGGGGAAGCUCAGGAUGAUAUCCGUGAGCCCUCAAAGCUGGUCAAGAGCGCAGGCAUCACCCUCUAUGCUUUGGGCAUUAAGGAUGCUGUUUUGUCGGAGCUUCAGUUAAUCGCUAGCGACCCGGACGAGACGCACGUCUACAACGUGGAAGAUUUUGCCGGCUUGCAGGGCAUCUCCCAAAAUCUGCUUCAGGUGAUUUGUACUACUGGCGAAGAAGCCUCUCAACACAUCACUCAGAUUUCUCCAGGUAAAUCCAAAAGUGUGUGUGUGUGUGUGUGUGUGUGUGUGUGUAUACAGUGGUCUUUAAAAAAAAAAAAUCCUUCCUAGCUAUGGUUCUCCCAGUAGUGAUGUAUGGGAGUGAGAGCUGGACCAUAAAGAAGCCUGAUCGCUGAAGAAUUGAUGCUUUUGAAUUAUGGUCCUGGAGGAGACUCUUGAGAGUCCCAUGGACUGCAAGAAGAUCAAACCUCUCCAUUCUGAAGGAAAUCAGCCCUGAGUGCUCACUGGAAGGACAGAUCCUGAAGCUGAGGCUCCAAUACUUUGGCCACCUCAUGAGAAGAGAAGACUCCCUGGAAAAGACCCUGAUGUUGGGAAAUAUUGAGGACACAAGGAGAAGGGGACGACAGAGGACAAGAUGGUUGGGCAGUGUUCUCGAAGCUACCAGCAUGAGUUUGACCAAACUGCGGGAGGCAGUGGAAGACAGGAGUGCCUGGUGUGCUCUGGUCCAUGGGGUCACGAAGAAUUGGACACGACUAAACAACAACAACAGCAAGAUCACAAAAUCUUUUUCAUUCAGCAGCAUGCUACCAGAUGUCAAGGCUUCAGGGAAUCCUAUCCCUCUCACUGUGGGAUGAGUUCUCACGAAGUAGCUUAUUCAACAUUCACAGAGAGAGUUGAAGGAAUUCUCUCUUAGAUAAUGGCGUUGGUCCAAGUCAAGUCCCACCCUCUCCGUCUCUUCUACGUCACCCCUGCACUGGCUGAUCUGAGCUUUCUGCCUCUGAGCUUUCUGUUCUACUACUUUCAAGGCCUGCCUGGUUCUGGGAGAGGGGAAGGGGUCAGGAAUGCUUUCAAGAGACACUGAGUCUGCUAACUGUCUCUCCCCUGGUGCUUCAUCCUGCUGCUCUCCCAAUAUUUUCCAGCUCCUCCCCUCUGCAGCCUCUGAAUUAUGCCCUUCUGCAAACCACUGUUCUAAAUCUAUACUGUCCUCCUCUUUUCUGGAAGUUGCAGGAAGGUGAGGGGGUUCCCACCAUUCCUCCUCAGUCUAGUCCCUGAAAGCCAGUGGUGCGUGUACAUAAAGAGGAGGGCAUGUGUUCUAUACGAAGAACCUGAUUCAAGAUAAAUUCAACCGGUAAGUGUGACGGGCUGGGAUUCAGACUCGGAUACUGUACCUGAGGGAUCCCAGCCUGCACAGGAUUCCCCGCCUCCAGAACCAGCUGAGCUGGGGCUGGGGCAUGAGACUGAAGGGUCCUCACCUGUGCUGGAUCCUCAGGUGCAGGCAUCAGCUGAGUCUGCUCUGGCUCCUGAGGACCCACUGCCUGCAGGUGCUCCACUCUCAGCCCCGUCAGGGGAAGCUGAGGUUGCCUCUGAGUCCGGUAACCCUCCAGCCUCUCCUGAGCUGCAGAGGCUCAGGGCAGAGAGGCAGAGGGAAAUAAGUUCCCGCAGGAGGAGUGCUCGCCUCCAGGCCAGGAGAGGCGAGUCACCAGAGGAUCGGGGCCGCCCUGUGCCUCGGGGCAGAUAAAAGCCGGCCAGCCCCAGUCCCAGGUUGCGGGAGCAACAUUGUUGGUUGCUAGUUCCUGCCUGAAACCUGUCCUGCUUUCCUGCCUGAGCUCCUGACCUGCCCUGGCUCCCUGCUUGCAUGCCUGUUCCUGACUUCACCCGACUCCCUGCCCUGCACCCAGCUUCAGCUACUACGGACUGCCUCCACGUUGCACCUUUGAUCAUGGACCAGACUUGGACCUUGCCUCUCGGGUAACCCAUGGGACCAGCACAGUAAGGCUAUUUUCUCACAUCAUGCUGAACUCAUUAUGGCCAACUUAUGAGUGGACACGUACUGCACUUAUUGCCAGAGAUGUUGCUUAAAAAGAAGAAUUAGGCAACCAGGAAAACUAAAUGAAAUCUGUCACUUCUGAAGGCUGGUGGCACAUUGGGUCAGUGCGUCUGGCUGUUAACCAGAAGGCUGGUGGUUUGAGCCAACCCAGGGAUGUCGGUGAGCAGGAUUCGUGCCUUGCAAGGGGUUGGACUAGAUGACCCUCAGGGUCCCCUCCGACUCUGGAGUCCUAUGACUCUAUGAUUCACAGCACAGAACAUGGAAGACAGCUAAUUUUCAAUAUGUGGUACAGUUUAUCCACUUUUAGAUGUUUACAUUCAAAAUGCAAAGAGAAAAUAUACAGAAAGUUGCAAAGGUUGUGUGUGAAAUCAGCCAAUAUCUCUUUUCUUUAACUGCCCUUUUCUGGCUUGUUCUGAUGAUGGGUGCCAGUAGGAUUUUCUGAGCCCAGUACACAGUGCAUUGGUUCCCUUCUCCUCACUCACAAAAGGGAGUACAGAUGCACAUAAAAUUUGUAUAUUUUUGUGUCAUUUGCAAAUUUGUAUCCUCAUUUGGGGAGGUCCAAAAAUCAGAGGAAACACACAUAUGAAAUAAUAUAUCUGACAGACAAUGUCAACAGUGAAGCUUUCUUUGUAUUGUAGUUCCAUAUAACUCCUUUCACCUCCUUUGUAGAGAGAAAGAGAGAAAGAGAAAGAGAAAGAGAAAGAGAAAGAAAGAAAGAAUUCAGAGUCUGGAUGUGGUACAGCGCUAACCUUUGUACUGUUUUCAUAUUUUGGUGGCCCUGAUUCUGAGAAAACAUUUUACAAUGUUCUCGCUUAGAGAAAAUCCUCAAGAGAAGCUGUUUGAGAAAACAAUUCUGUAUCAGGAAGCUUUUAAUGUUUGAUGCUUUAUUAUGUUUUAUAUAUUCUGCAAGCUGCCCAGAGUGGCUGGGGAAACCCAGCCAGAUGGGAUGGGGGUAUUAUUAUUAUUAAUAAUAAUAAUAAUAAUAAUAAUAAUAAUGGCUGGCCACAUAAAUGCCGGCUAUGUUUUAGUUUGAAACCACCUCAAACAGAAAAGCAAUAACCAAUUCCUGUCUCGUUUUUAAAAACUUCUUUCUCGUUUAGUGUGCCGAAAAGCCACCAUGGCCGACAUUGUGUUUUUGGUGGACAGUUCCACUAGCAUUGGCGAGGAGAAUUUCCAGAAGGUGAAGAGCUUUCUGUACACAAUGAUUUCCAGCCUUGACGUUGGCCCGAAUCAGGUUAGAAUUGGGCUGGCCCAGUAUAGUGACAGCACCUACAGGGAAUUCCUCUUAAACCAGUAUUCUUCAAAGAGCGACAUUCUGGAACAAAUACAGAAUUUGCCCUUCCGGAAGGGAGGCACUAACACGGGCGCUGCCUUGGAUUUUAUCGGGGAAGAGUACUUCACAGAAUCUGCCGGGAGCAGAGCCCGGGAAAACUUCCCCCAGGUCGCCAUUCUGCUCACCGAUGGCGAGUCCAGUGAUGAAGUCAAGGUUCCCGCUAGCAAACUGAGGGCAAGAGGCAUCUCCGUUUAUGUGGUGGGGAUUGGCGUCCAGAACACCACCGAACUGCAGGAAAUUGCCAGCCGGCCUUUGAAUAAGUUUCUGUUCAGCACCGACAGAUUUGAUAUCCUCGAAGAACUCUCCGCCAGUCUCCUCCGAACGAUGUGCUUUGCAGUGGAGAGCCAGAUUACAGGUAAGCAAAGAUGUCUUCUGGGGUGACUUGUGGGCUGCUCAGAAGCUUUUCUAUUCCCCCCCAUUUUUUUUAUUGGUUUUCCAAAAUUUUUAAACAAACAAACAAACAUACAUACAUCUUAACUGUACUUGAUCCAAUUUUAGUAACAUUCUUAAGUGACUUCCUCAAAUCCCCCCGGCUGAAUUUCAGUGUAUAUCAUUGUAACAGUUUUCCAAAACUAAUUUUCUCAUAAAAUUAACUUAAUCACUUAACAUCUUACCUUGUUUUCAUUUUGACUUUAAUUUUUUUUUAUAAGAUAUUUAUUAGGAUUUUUAAAAUAUUACAAUAAAAAAUGGAAAAAAAAAUGAAAAUACAAAAUAAAAAAGCUUAAAAACCACUCAAUUUUUCCAUUGCUUAUUUUUCCUUAGCUUGUUUCCCGGACCUCCUCAUACCUCCCUUUUUUGUAUUCCAGUUCAGUUUGUUGGUUCAGCAAAUCCUUACCCUCUUUAUUUAUCCUAAUCUUUGGUCUUAAAAUAGUAACGUUAGAUUUUUACCUCUUAACAACCCAUUUUUCAUAUGCAUACUUACCUGGCAGGGGAGACACCUUGAUCAUUUUGACUUUAAACAUAUUACAGUGGUACCUCGGGUUAAGUACUUAAUUCAUUCCGGAGGUCCAUACUUAACCUGAAACUGUUCUUAACCUGAAGCACCACUUUAGCUAAUGGGGCCUCCUGCUGCCACCACGCCGCCGGCGCAAGAUUUCUGUUCUCAUCCUGAAGCAAAGUUCUUAACCUGAAGCACUAUUUCUGGGUUAGCGGAGUCUGUAACCUGAAGCGUAUGUAACCUGAAGCAUAUGUAAUCCGAGGUACCACUGUAUUCUCUAACAUAAUUAAAUCCUAAGCCUAUCUGGUAAUUGCAAGUUUUUCCAGUUAAGUUAUCUUAGCAUAUUUAACUAAAUAGUCUUUGAAUUUCAUUGCUUGGAAGCUUUUCUGCCAACAACCCUGAGCUGCUCUUUGAACCUCUACAAAAUGGGCGUUUAAAGAGCAGUGCGUGGCUUUGCAGCAUAACUUCCGACAGCGCGGCCCAUCCCCUCACACAUGCAGAAAACGCUCACUUAAGUCAACUAAAGACAACCAACCAUGCCCUAACCCCUUCUCCCCAACCUCUCUCUCUGCCAAGAAAAACUUAAAAAACGAAUAGAAAGAGAAUCUACCCAAGUGACGCCGACACAAAACCCCACAAGUACACUAAAUAAAAUAAUGACAGUUUUACCAUCCCUUCUCCCCCUCUGUCCCCCCUCUCUCCCACAAACAUAUACAGUGGUACCUCAGGUUAAGUACUUAAUUCGUUCCGGAGGUCCGUUCUUGACCUGAAACUGUUCUUAACCUGAAGCACCACUUUAGCUAAUGGGGCCUCCUGCUGCUGCCGCGCCGCCGGAGCACAAUUUCUGUUCUCAUCCUGAAGCAAAGUUCUUAACCUGAAGCACUAUUUCUGGGUUAGCGGAGUCUGUAACCUGAAGCGUAUGUAACCCGAAGCGUAUGUAACCUGAGGUACCACUAUAUUGAAUACAACACUAAUGUCUCAAACUGAAUGUAACUGAUCUAUAGAAAAGACUCUGCGACCUGGAAAAAAGUGACAAUGCACGUACUUUUGUAAUUGAAGAAAAUCUUCAAUAAUAAUUAAUUUUUUUUAAUAAAAAUAUACCCAGAGUGCUGCACUGCGUUUUGGCUUCACGUACCUGCUCCUAGCAGGGGACCUGCUUUCUGAAAUUCAAUAAGCAUGGAAGUAAUGUAAUUUUAAUCAUAUAAUGACACACAUUAUACAAUUAUAAACUGCAAGAGCAGAUCAUAAAUUCUAUGAACUCUGGGAAAUGAUUUCAGUUGGUUUUAUAAUUCUUCUGCAGAUUGGCAGAUUGCAGUGCAAUGGUAUAUAGUGGUACCUCAGGUUAAGAACUCAAUUCGUUCCGGAGGUCUGUUCUUAACCUGAAACUGUUCUUAACCUGAGGUACCACUUUAGCUAACAGGGCCUCCCGCUGCCGCACAAUUUUGGUUCUCAUCCUGAGGUAAAGUUCUUAACCUGAGGUAUUAUUUCUGGGUUAGUGGAGUCUGUAACCUGAAGCAUCUGUAACCUGAAGCGUCUGUAACCUGAGGUACCACUGUAUUAAAAUACGUUGUUUUUUCCUCCAGCAUUUACAAAGCACUAUGCUGACGUAGUUUUCCUUAUCGACUCCUCUGACACAAUGGGCGCCCCCAACUUUGAAGCAGUCAAAAAAUUCACUGCUCAGGUUGUCGAACAACUAGAUGUCGGGGCUGGCAGGUACCAGAUUGGCUUCGCGCAAUACAGUGGAGAAGGGAAGAGAGAAUUUUUGCUGAACACUUACGAGAGUAAGGAAGAUGUUCUCAACCACAUCCAGAACAGCGUCGAAUUCAUAGGAGGCCCUUCGCAGACUGGGGCUGCCCUGCAAUUUCUGCAAGAUGUCUAUUUUACUGAGGAAGCUGGGAGCCGGUUUAACCAAGGGACGCCACAGUUUACGGUGGUCGUCACCUCCGCUAAAUCUGAGGAUGACGUCAAGGAGUCCGCAAAGCGACUGAAAGAAAUGGGAGUGAAAGUUGUAACGGUUGGCAUCUUGGAUUCUGACCGGGUCGAAAUGGAGGAGAUUGCUACUGACACUUUGGUUUUUCAGGCCGAUGAUGUACAGAGCCUUGACCAAGUUCAGCAGACUGUGGUGGAUAUUUUGGACGUAUCAGUUCAUCAGCACUACGAUGAUGCUCUGGACAUAGAUGUGCCAGCAGGUAAUUAUUUCCUUGGAGAGAAAAUUUCACGCUAAAGUAGAUUAUAAGGUGGAGAAUUCUGUCAGUCAUCCGGUCCCCUGCAAAUAUGGCAUUAUUGUUAUUCAGAAAGCGAGUUCUCUUUAACUUCCCUGAACAUUUCUUUCUGUAACAAGGAGAGUUUUCCUCAGAUGAAUCUUCCUCGAAUGGGAAUAGCAUGGAUUUUUUAAAAGGGUUGUUAGUAAUACUGCCAGGAAUACAAUCAAAAGAAACUUGUCUAGAGCCCAAAGCAAAUGCCACUGGCUUUAUUGACAUUUGUUAUAGGACACACAUGACUGAAGGACGGUUCUAGAAUUUUCCCAGUAUGCUUCCCAGUAUGAGCUCACCACAUGAUAUGCAUUUACAAGCAUGUGUUUCCCUUUCAUACAUUCCAGUUCUUUCCCGAUGAGCUCAAAUGAGCCUAGGACUCUUGUACCUAUGGGACCACCCCUCCUGGUAUGUCCCACGGAGGACCUUACGGUCUUCAAAUAAAAACAUCUUGGAGAUCCUGGGCCACAGGGAGGUUAGGCUGGCCUCAACCAGAGCCCAGGGCCUUUUUGGCUGUGGCCCCGAGCUGGUGGAAUGCUCUAUCACAAGAGACUAGGGCCUUGCGGGACUUGACAUCUUUCCGCAGGGCCUGCAAGACAGAGCUGUCCAACCAGGCCUUUGGCCAAGGCACAGUCUGACCCCCUCCUUUGGUAAUCCUCAUAGAACUCUAGCCCAAUGGUUGCCAUUAAUUUGACCCUGAAUUGAUUUUAGAAUGAAUUGAUUUUAGAAUGUAUUUCAAUUAAUUGUGAUUUUAUGUAAACUGUGUUAUUUUUACUGUUGUUAGCCGCUCUGAGCCCGGCUUUGGCUGGGGAGGGUGGGAUAUAAAUAAAUUAUUAUUAUUAUUAUUAUUAUUUUUAGUCCUGUGAAAAUGGCCUGGAUGAGGCAAGGGGUGGCAUGCAGAACUGAUAUCCUCUGGAGGUGUCCUGGCUUUCAGACUAAUCAAAUCCUCACACGGCAUUUCGUUGUGGAGCGUUUGCAUAAAUUCUCCUCUGCGGAUGAGUUAUUAUCAACCUUUUCACCAGACUCCCACAUAACCAGCAUUACACAUUGUUCACCCUGGGGCAGCUUUGCCUGUUAUCUCCUGCCCAGGGGCGCCAUCGGGGGGCGGGGGAAGGCAAGGAAAUUUUCAAGGAGGCGCCCGGACCCUCUCAAUAUCCCACAUCGACAGCUCCCUCAAUCAUGGCAGCAAGUUUGCAUGCCUGCUCCUGUCCGUGCUUAAAUAGUCAUGAAUUCAGACCAAAGUCCUAUCCAAAUGUACCAGUGGGGGUUACUUCAGAACUGAGCUAUCAACAUCUCUUAGUAUGGAAGGUCAUGGGAGGGGACUCUCAGGCUGGGCCCCAAAUAGGCCCAUCCCACAUCUGCUCAGGCCACACCCCCUCUUCUCAGGCCACGCCCUCUCCAAGUGCUUUUGCCUGGCAGGAUAGUGUCCUUGAACUGUGGUAACGCAUCUCACUUGUCUGGAUGGAUGGAGAGGUACGUAACUAUGGAAACCUCUGGCACCCGCAUGGCUGGGAUACAGCCUAGCGUAAAAAGGUAAGAGUUGCACCUAUGGCUCCGCCCACUUUCACCAUAUUUCACUUCUGGCUCCGCCCCUCCCCACCAUGGAAGCUAGUCUAGGCGGGGAUGCGGGCUUCUAACAGGAAAAGAUUCCCCAUCCCACCAUUCUCUAACUUUGAUGUGCUUGUUUUGCUCGCAGUUUGCUCCAGCGCAUCUGUGGCAGACAUUGCGUUCCUUGUGGACGAAUCCAGCAGAAUCGGGCCGAGGAAUUUCCAGCUGAUCAGGGCUUUUCUCCUCAAGAUUAUCAGGGCUCUGGAUAUAGCCCCGGAUAACGUACGGGUCGCCUUGGUACUUUAUAGCGAUGAGCCCAGGCUCGAGUUUGGCCUGAAUGCAUUUCAAGACAAGUUGGAGAUGGUGAAUUAUGUGAAAACGUUGCCGUACCGUGGCGGCGAAUCAUACACUGGCGCUGCCAUCAACUUCCUGAGGAAGAACGUUUUCACCAAAAGAGCCGGGAGCAGGAAGGAUGAAGGAGUUCAGCAGCUGGCGGUGGUGAUCACGGAUGGCCAGUCCGUAGAUAAUUUCACGGGACCCGCUUCCAAGCUUCGACGGAGCGGCAUCACUGUGUACGCCGUGGGCAUCCAAAACGGCACUGAGAGUGGCCACCUGCAGAAGAUUGCAUCUCAUCCCCCCAGGAAACACGUCUCCAAUGUGGAAUCGUUGUUGCAGCUCUCGGACAUCGAGUGGAAGAUAAAGAAACGAAUUUGUACCGAUAUUGUUUCCCGUGCAUUUAGCAUCCCAGUGCGGUCCCGUACCCUGAGGGAAGGUAAGAGACUCCUCUCGCCAUCGGUCCCCAAAUCCUAUCCCUUCGAGCUGGGAAGAGAGAGCCAGUGUGGUGUAGUGGUUAAGAGCGACAGACUCGUAAUCUGGGGAACCGGGUUCGUGUCUCCACUCCUCCACAUGCAGCUGCUGGGUGACUUUGAGCUAGUCACACAUUUUUGACCUGGCAAUAUAUUGCGAAUCAUGAUGUGUAUGUGUGUGUGCUAUGCAAAAAUCGCAAGGGGGGAGGGACCGUGAAGCCAGCAGAUGCCUCUACAUCAGGCGUAGGCAAACUCGGCCCUCCAGAUGUUUUGAGACUGCAAUUCCCAUCAUCCCUGACCACUGAUCCUGUUAGCUAGGGAUGAUGGGAGUUGUAGUCCCAAAACAUCUGGAGGGUCGGGUUUGCCUAUGCCUAUUCUACAUUAUUUCAUCCUUAUUUCAGACAUCGUGAUAUAUAAGUAUAUUGUGAUGUUUAGCUGGUGAUAUAUCACAGUGCUGAAAACCAGGUAUCGUCCAGCCUUACAGCCAGUGUGGCGUAGCGGUUAAGAGCGGUAGACUCGUAAACUGGUGAACCGAUUCGCAUCCCCUCUCCUCCACAUGCAGCUGCUGGGUGACCUUGGGCUAUUCACACUUCUCUGGAGUGUUUGUUGUGGGGGAGGAAGGGAAAGGAGAAUGUUAGCCUCUUUGAGACUCCUUUGGGUAGUGAUAAAGCGGGAUAUCAAAUCCAAACUCCUCCUCCUCCUCUUCUUCUUCUUCCUCUUCUUCUGUGUGAUGUCAUUUUCCCAUCCCUUCUGAAGACGAAGGAACACAUAGGAAUUCCUGUUCCUCUCUCUCUUCCAUUGACAUGCCUCUGCUUGCUCCAACUUUAGCCACAUGCCUGAAGUUGGCUAUACUUUAAAUAUAAAUAUUUUGCCUGCAUAGUUUUUACUGCUGCUAUUGCUGUGAACCAAUGCAAGAUUACAAGUAAGUAAAUCAUAUUUUUAUUUUUUUAUAUAAUUUUUAUUACAUUUUCUGUUUUGCAUUUUAAAAUACUCAUUUUACAUCCCUAAGAUAUCAAUGACUUCCCUUCUUCUCUUUCCAUGGUUCAUUUUACAUACCAUAAAUCCCUGCAUAUUUUACAGAAACUAUACCAUUCAAUAUUCCAUUAUUACUUCCAUCAAAACUUAUUUACACUGUUGAAUUUAUCUUAAUGCUGCCAGUGUUUUGAGCUGUACACAAUUAUUUCCCAUAUAUCCAACAAACGUUUUUCAAUCUUCUUUAAAGGUGUGUUCUUCUUGUUCUCUUAUUCUAUAUGUUAAGUCUGCAGGUUAUGCAUAUUCUGCCAACUUAAGUUGCCAUUCUUCUUUGGUUGGGACCUCGUUCAUUUUCCAUUUUUGGGCUAACAAAACACAAGCCGCAGUAGUGGCACACAUAAAUAACCUUUAUUGACACCUGGGAAUUUCAGUCUGAAUUAUCCCCAACAGAAAGGACUCUAGUUAUGGGGAGGAAAGUACUUUUAAACAUUUUUUUUCAAUUCAUUAUGGAUCAUUUCUCAAUACCCUUUAACCCUUUUGCAAGUCCACCACAUAUGAAAGAACCUCUUUGCAUCUCCAGCACUUAUCUCAUUGAGGCUUUUACUUAUGAUUUACUCUGAUUUACUAUAAGAGUAAAUCAUAUUUUUAAACCUACUUUCCAAGUUGUUGCGGGGUAAGAAAGGAAAAGCCACCUUCCUUCAUAGCUGGACUUGCUCAAAACGAGGUUUCUCAGACUAAUUCCUAUGCUUUUAUUUUGCUGCCAAGGAUGGGAUUUUGAAACUCUGUUCAAUCCACACAUGCAGGUGCUCAGAGGGAUAAAUUGCAAUCAAUAUAUCCUUUCCUACCCAUUCCAUUACAACCCAUUACAACACACCCCACAGCUUUCAGGCUGGAUGCAGCACCUACCAGCGGUACCUACGGGACCGCCUCUCCUGGUAUGUCCCACAGAGGAACUUACGGUCUUCAAACAAAAACUUCCUGAAGGUCCCAGGCCACAGAGAGGUUAGGCUGGCCUCAACUAGAGCCAGGGCUUUUUCGGCUGUGGCUCCAAUCUGGUGGAACGCUCUGUCACAAGAAACUAGGGCCCUGCGGGACUUGACAUCUUUCUGCAGGGCCUGCAAGACAGAGCUGUUCCACCAGGCCUUUGGCCAGGGCACAGCCUGACUCCCUUCUUUGGCAAUCUUCACAGAACUUUAGUCUAAUGGUAGCCAUCAAUUUGAGUUGAAUUAAUUUUAAUGAAAUGAUUUUAGAAUGUUGUAUUAUUUUAUUGUUGUUAGCUGCUCUGAGCCCGGCUUCGGCUGGGGAGGGCGGGAUAUAAAUAAAAUUUAUUAUUAUUAUUAUUAUUAUUAUUAUUAUUACCAGAAAGGAAGCUGUUGGGAGAAAGUGAUUUAUGGAGGGCAAAGGCUGGGUGCACGAUAGGUUCAAUAUGUCUCCCUGUCAUCCCAUCUUGUAAAUUUGCCUCUAUUCCACUGGACUGGAGAGGUUCUUUUCUGCAUUGUUCUGAUCUGCCUUUUAGCACUCAGAUUAGUCUGGCCUUCAGCGAGUGCUUCCACGCACACUGUUGCCACUUGGUAGAUAAUAGCUUUUUUGUGUAUUCACUCACCACUCAUUUUUGUUCAGGGAAAUGAAUUUAUAUUAUGCAGCAUUUUGGGGUUGUAUCAAACUAAGUUCUUUUCAGAGCAGACACACUGAAAAAAAUGGGCCCAAGUUAGUCCUGGGACUCAUCUACACAGCUGCAAAUGAAACGUCAUAAAUGUGUUGUAAAGCACAAUAUGCAAAUGUGACACUAGAUGGCGAGAGUGAGCUAUGCAAAAUUCAAUGUAUUUUUCAAAACGUUUUUUUAAAAAAGCAUUUUCACAGCGUUUUUUAUAUGCGUGUAGAUUCCACCGUGGCGAUUAAUUUCAGCAGCUCUACGCAGAAUAUGACUAACAUCACCCGCAACCCCAUUUCAGUUAUUGGAAGGGAAUCAAGCAUUUAUUUAUUUUUGAACACCACUGUAAAUGAAUUGUUCUUCUUCUCCUGUUUCUACUCUACUAGGCUGUGAGCAGACCGAGGAGGGAGACAUUUAUUUCUUGAUCGAUGGUUCGGGCAGCAUCACUUGGGAGAACUUCCAAGACAUGAAAACCUUCAUGAACGAAAUGAUCGGCAUGUUUCAGGUUGGAGCUGACAAAGUCCGUUUUGGGGUUGUUCAGUAUGGAAGCACUCCACAAAUAGAGUUCGAGAUCACCCAGUACAAUAGUGAAGCACAAUUAAAGGAAGCCAUCAAGGUGAUUCAGCAGAUAGGUGGCGGAACCAACACAGGAGAUGCUUUAAGAGACAUGCAACACCUGUUUAAAAUCUCAGCUAGGAGCAACAUCCCCCAGUUCCUCAUUGUCAUUACGGAUGGAAAAUCACAGGAUCAGGUGACGAAAGCAGCAGAGGAACUGAGACAGCAAGGGAUCGUGAUCUAUGCCAUUGGUGUCAGGGAUGCUGUUCAAGAAGAACUGGAAGAUAUCGCUGGGGCAAAAGACCGGAUGUUUUUCGUGAACGAUUUUGAUUCCCUGAAGCUCAUCAAGCACGAUAUUGCGCAGGAUAUCUGCUCUCCUGAGGGUAAGGUGUUUUCCUUUGGAAAUAAAAGUUUUGUUUUAUUAGCUUUCGAGAAAGGAAACCCGAGUCUAAAAAAGCAGAUACGGACAAAUCAGAGCAAGUCUUGACUUAGGUCAGGCUGGUGUACAAUAACAGAAAAGGUGUUUUCCUAAAUCUGAGAGUUUCAAGUUUUUGCUAAGUAAGUAUUCUAAAAGACCCACAUAUUUGCAAGCAAAUACUGCAUGCAUUAAGGACGUAGGUGGUGCUGUGGUCUAAACCACAGAGCCUAGGACUUGCUGAUCAGAAGGUCGGUGGUUCGAAUCCCUGUGACGGGGUGAGCUCCCGUUGCCCGGUCCCUGCUCCUGCCCACCUAGCAGUUUGAAAGCACGUCAAAGUGCAAAUAGAUAAAUAGGUACUGCUCCGGCGGGAAGGUAAACGGUGUUUCUGUGCGCUGCUCUGGUUCACCAGAAGCGGCUUAGUCAUGCUGGCCACAUGACCCGGAAGCUGUACACCAGCUCCCUUGGCCAGUAAAGUGAGAUGAGUGCCACAACCCCAGAGUCAUUCGCGACUGGACCUAACGGUCAGGGGUCCCUUUAUCUUUUGACUGCAUGCAUUAAGCCAUGGGUAGGCAAACUAAGGCCUGGGGGCCGGAUCCGGCCCAAUCGCCUUCUAAAUCCAGCCCGCGGACAGUCCGGGAAUCAGUGUAUUUUUACAUGAGUAGAAUGUGUCCUUUUAUUUAAAAUGCAUCUCUGGGGUAUUUGUGGGGCCUGCCUGGUGUUUUUACAUUAGUAGAAUUUGUGUUUUUUUAAAAAAAUGCAUCUCUGGGCUAUUUGUGGGGCAUAGGAAUUCGUUUUUUUUCUUUCUUUCCCCCCCCCCAAAUAUAGUCUGGCCCUCCCCGAGGUCUGAGGGGACAGUGGACCGGCCCCCUGCUGAAAAAGUUUACUAACCCCUGCAUUAAGCUAAUGGUAUCAGUACCAAUUACAUUUUUCCAGGGGAAAAUCCAAGAGAAUGAUGACACCAGGAUUAUGCAUAUCCUUUGCUGUGUCUGCUAUGAGAUACCUUCUUUGUGCAUGCAGAAAGGUUUGGGGACAGUGAGGGUUGCAAAUCUUUUAAAAAUAUGAAUAAUGAGGAAAACCCUUCCUUAAAAACAAUCAGUUCGUAAAGGUCUUCAUCUACCAGCAGAAAGACAGCAAGGAGGAAGCCAGUCUAGCUUCUCUAGCGAACAAGUUUCAAAGUCUGUGAAAUAUACUAGGAGUCAAGAGUGGCUUUCAUGCUCUUUAUUCAGCUCAUAGUGGUGAGGAGGAAUGGAAGUUCCCCCAGAAUGUCUGCUUUACAGUGGUGCCCCGCAAGACGAAUGCCUCGCAAGACGGAAAACCCGCUAGACGAAAGGGUUUUCCGUUUUGGAGGUGCUUCGCAAAACGAAUUUCCUAUGUGCUUGCUUCGCAAGACGAAAAUGUCUUGCGAGUUCCUGCAGGUUUUUUUUCCUUUUUCCCAAGCCGCUAAACCGCUUAUCAGCUGAUGGCUAAGCCGCUUAACAGCUGAUGCUAAGCCGCUUAUCAGCUGAUCGUUAAGCCGCUUAUCAGCUGAUCGUUAAGCCGCUUAUCAGCUGAUCCUUAAGCCGCUUAUCAGCUUAUCGUUAAGCCGCUUAUCAGCUGAUCCACUAAGCCUGCUAAGCCCUGUAGCACUAAUCCGCUAAACUGCUAAUGGGCUUGCUUCGCAAGACGAAAAAACCCGCAAGACGAAGAGACUCGCGGAACGGAUUCUUUUCGUCUUGCGAGGCACCACUGUAUAUACAUUAUUUACACAAUGGGCCCCACAUGAUUGGCUAAUUCCAGGAUUCUCCUGUAGGCCAAUCAGGUUGCGGAUUCACUUCCACCUGGAGCCGGAUUGGGUGGCUCCUGUGGACCAAUCAGACUGCUGCAUUCUGGAUCCUAUUGUUCUAGGGCCAAUCAGACUGCUGCAUUCUGAAUCCUAUUGUUCUAGGACCAAUCAGACUGCUGCAUUCUGAAUCCUAUUGUUCUAGAACCAAUCAGACUGCUGCAUUUUGGAUCCUAUUCAACUCAGGUCUGGGAGGAGACACAGAGAAGGCCCGUAUAUACAGUGUGAGAGGGAAUUGUGCUUCCAUAAUUUUUUGACUUCACAAGCACAGAAAAGAAACACAAUUGGCUGUUCCUCCUUGGUCUGCAUCUGGUGUAGUUUUCGUACUUGCAUUUACCAGGCAAAAACCCCCAAGAACCUGGCUGCUAUGUAAAGUGCGAAGCAGGUCUAUUUGUUUCAUAUUGGAGAGAGAAUGACUUUAAAAUUCUACAUCAUCAAUCCUCCAUGUUUUGAAGGAAACUUGGGGCGAAAUCCCAUAACAUUAAACAGCUGAAAGUCAGGAAUGCAAAGCUGAGCCACAGUCUAAAUUCUGGAAAAAAAUCUAUUAAUUUCUAUUAAGUCAUGUGGUAAGAAUGACUUCAGAGCAAACCACAGUCCACAUUAGACAAGUGCUGAAUAUAAUUAGUAGAAACAUACAUUUGCCGUAUUUGUCACCUAACAAAAGCAAUGCUCAUUUAUCAUAUUUACUUCUACUUAUGUUUUAAACGAACAUGAGAUCAGAUCAUACUCACUUUUUCAUGCUUCUGUGAAAAGACUGAUGCUAAAGAUGCUUUCUGUAGCUUGUGGCGGUGCAUUACCUAGAACACCAGUCUUCAACAGAUGGAUCCUUGCCCACAAAUAUGUCACACCUUGAAUUAAUGGCACAUUUUUUGAAGCCUUCUCAGACACUGAAGAACUGAGGGGGGGAGAGACUUUCUGCAGGCAAUUUUCCACCUGCUUUGCCCCCCAGAGCCUUUCCCAGACCAUGACUUUGAGAAGAGCAGAAGCAGCUGGGAAGAGAGCAGUUUAGGGAUAGUUUUAGUUGUGUGUCCUUGUUUCUCAGUUUGAUCUUUUUACAUGGUUAUGUAUGUUUUGUGAUAUUUUAUGCAUUGUGAUUUGCUGUUGUUUUAUUGACUAUAGAUUAAUAAUUCUUUAUAGUAAUUGUUAAGUGUAAACUGUUUAAUUAUUAUUUGCUGAUGUUUAAUUUUACUGUUUACAUUGGAUUCUUUAGAGUCUUGUUUAAACAUUUCAUUGAUCUGGCGAUAAUGUAACCAAUCAUUAACAUAUUCUUUAAUUUCUUCAUAUGGUUUCAGUUUCCAUUUACUUCUUUCCAUAUAUAUUAAUUUCCCAUAUGUUAUCCAUUUCCCACUCAUAUUGACCUUUCUUACACUCAUCGCUACUACUAUUGGAUUCUAAGGGAUUGUUGAAUAUUACACUAUUUGAUAUUAGUUGUUUAUUUUAAAGUUAUUGUGACUUUCUAUAUUGGAUCAGAUUGUUACUAUUAAUGUUUGAUAAUUAUUAUUGUGUGUGUUGGAAGCCGUCCAGAGUGGGCGGGGUAUAAAUAAUAAUAAUAAUAAUAAUAAUAAUAAUAAUAAUAAUAUACCCUUAUUUUCUCUCCCCCCCCUUUCAGUAUGUAGACAAUUGCUAGCGGACAUUAUUUUGCUGAUUGAUUCUUCUGAAAGCAUGGAUGACGAUCAGUUUGCCAAGACGAAGGAAUUCAUUCACUUGAUUGUCAAUGGGUCUGAUGUUGGAGCUGACAAGGUCCACAUUGGAGUGCUCCAGUUCAGCACUAAUCUAAAAGAAGAGUUCCUACUCAACCAGUAUGACAACAAGGCUGACUUGAGGAGCGCUAUAACCAAUAUGAAGCAGAUUAAAGAAGGAACAAACACUGGGAACGCUCUAAAACUUACUCUUGAGUACUUUGACACACCAAAAGGAGGGCGUCCAGGCAUUAAGCAACAUCUGAUCGUGGUCACAGACGGAAAAUCUAAUGAUGAAGUUGGAAUCCCUGCCAGAGCCCUUAGGGACAAAGGCGUCACCAUAUAUGCCAUCGGGGUAGUCAAAGCCAAUGACACCCAGCUUUUGGAGAUUGCUGGUGCACAGGAGAGAGUGUUUUCUGAGGAUAGUUUUGACUCCCUCCAGUUUUUGGACAAGACUAUUUUGCUUGAAAUAUGCAAUGCCAAGCAAGGUUAGUGACCACACCUAAAUGACGGAACUCCCUGCCUUCUCUCCCAGCGUUUCAUUGUCUAGCAAAUACUUUUGAAAAAUUGAGCAAAUUUUAACAGGGCCGGCUCUACCGUUCGGUAUGUUGUUGGAGGACAGUUCUGCUUUCCCUUUCGAGCCUGUUACCCCCAGGUGUUCCACUCAACAGACACAAUGACAAGGCUGACCUGAGCAAAGCUAUAUUUGAUGGCAGUAAGAUCUGCUCGGUCCCUGCUCCUGCUAACCUAGCAGUUCGAAAGCACGUCAAAGUGCAAGUAGAUAAAUAGGUACCACUCCGGCGGGAAGGUAAACGGCGUUUCCGUGCGCUGCUCUGGUUUCGCCAGAAGCGGCUUAGUCAUGCUGGCCACAUGACCCGGAAGCUGUACGCCAGCUCCUUCGGCCAAUAAAGCGAGAUGAGCGAAGCAACCCCAGAGUCGGUCACGACUGGACCUAAUGGUCAGGGGCCCCUUUACCUUUAAGAUCUGCUAGGUUUGAUCUACUUGUCAGUCCAGUUGGCUUGUGGAAUUGGAGCACCACCUUCGUGUUACGCAGCAAAAUAACUCGAGCCACUCCUGUGUAUAUAACCUGCCAGUAGGGUAGAUUAGAUGCUAAGGACAAGUUUCUUGUAUCUUGAAUCAUUCCAUAUAUUAGGGCUGGAGUCAGGCGUAGGUCAGAAACAAAACAAUCAAUUACCCGAGGCCAGGGAAGUUAAUUCUUUAUUCAAGGAAACAAACCACAGCUCAGCCCUUGUGGUCUCAGCAACGCUUUCUAAGAGGUCUUCCCUGAUGAAGCAGUUACGAGGACUGAAGGUCUACCUAGUACUCACUAGAAUUCCUCCUCUACAGGGUUUUCCCCACACAAUCUUGGGCUGCGUCUGUGCACAACCACCCUAUUCUCUGCCCGUUUCAUUUCUCUGCACAUUCGAGGAGACCAGAGAGAAGGGGAGCUGGUCUCAGCAGGAGGGGGAGACUCCCUGGAUUCUUCAGCAGUCUCCCUCUUUGUUGCCUGUCUCCAUUCCUCUCCAGACCCCGCUUCUGCCUCUGAACUCUGCUCUUCCACAGCCUCUUCCUGCUCACCAAACCCUGAUACCUCUUCAGCUGGCUCUGAGUCUUCUUCCCCUGGGGGGUUCCCCAGCUGGUGUUACCUACUGCUCCUGUGUAUCCAGCCAGUCCAUGACAGUGUAGAAGGAGGAGUUUGGCUUCUUCUGCUUCUGUUAGGAACACAGAAAGCUGCCUUAUACUGAGUCAGAUGCAGGUGGCGCUGUGGUCUAAACCACUGAGCCUCUUGGGCUUGCUGAUCAGAAGGUUAGUGGUUUGAAUCCACGCAAUGGGAUGAGCUCCUGUUCCUCUGUCCCAGCUCCUGCCAACCUAGUAGUUUGAAAACACACCAGUGCAAGUAAAUAAAUAGGUACCGCUGCGGUGGGAAGGUAAAUGGCAUUUUUGUGCACUCUGGCUUCCAUCAUGGUGUUCUGUUGUGCCAGAAGUGGUUUAGGCAUGCUGACCACAUGACCCAGAAAGAAGUCUGUGGAAAAACGCUGGCUUCCUUGGCCUGAAAGAGAGAUGAGCGCCGCAACCCCAUAUUCGCCUUUGACUGGACUUAACCGUCUAGGGGUCCUUUACCUUUACCUUUACCUUUACUGUACUGAGUCAGAGCAUUAGUCUAUAUAGCUCAGUUUCGUCUACACUGACCAACAGUGGCAUUCCAGAGAUUUGGGCAGGAGUCUUUCCUAGCGCUUCCUGGAGAUGCCAAAAUUUGAAACUGGGGGCUUUUGCAUGCAAAGGCAGAUGUUCUAUCACUGAGCCACAGGCUCUUCCUCGAUUACCCCUGGAUGGCAAGCGCACCAGAGAAAAACUCGCUCUUCAUUAAAACAGUUAAAAAUAAAGGAAUCCUAUCCUCCUUUGGGACGCGGGUGGUGCUGUGGGUUAAACCACUGAUCCUAGGACUUGCUGAUCAGAAGGUUGGCGGUUCAAAUCCCCGUGACAGGGUGAGCUCCCAUUGCUCGGUCCCUGCUCCUUCCAACCUAGCAGUUCGAAAGCACGUCAAAGUGCAAGUAGAUAAAUAGGUACUGCUCCGGCGGGAAGGUAAACGGCGUUUCUGUGCGCUGCUCUGGUUCGCCAGAAGCGGCUUAGUCAUGCUGGCCACAUGACCCGGAAGCUGUACGCCGGCUCACUUGGCCAAUAAAGCGAGAUGAGCGCUGCAACCCCAGAGUCGGCCACGACUGGACCUAAUGGUCAGGGGUCCCUUUACCUUUUUAUCCUCCUUUAUGUUUAAUUACUUUAUGCCGCUUAAAAAAAAAAAUCAUUUAAAGGAGGGUGCUUAACAGUUAACAAAGGGGACCAAAGAAAAACUUUCUGAUUUCAUUUAUUCAUUGAAUUUAUAUACCGCCCUAUACCCGGAAGUCUCAGGGUGGUUCAUAGAACAAGAUCAACAUAAAAACCGCAAUAUAUGUAAUCAAAAUAAAAACAGCAACCCAAUAACACCCCCCUCAAAAAAAGAGCCACAUUUUAAAAGGUCAUAGAAUGUCAAUCAGAUCAACCAAAGGCCUGGUUAAAAAGGAAUGUUUUUGCCUGGCACCUAAAGGUGUAUAAUGAAGGCGCCAGGCGAACUUCCCUGGGGAGAGCAUUCCACAGAUGGGGAGCCACUGCAGAGAAGACCCUGUUCUCGUGUUGCCACCCUCUGCACCUCUCGAGGAGGGGGCACACGAAGGAGGGCCUCAGAAAAUGAUCCCAGGGUCCGGGUAGGUGAUGGAAGAGGGAGAGUCAAAAUCCAUUUAUAACAGUAUCACUUUCUUCUUUCAACGGCAGAGUGCAAACAAACGGAAGUUGCUGAUAUCAUCUUCGUAGUGCACGGUUCGAGAGGCGUUACAGAAUUGCAGUUCCAGGCAGUUCUGCAGCUCAUGGAAGCCAUUGUGAACGACACGGUGAUGGGAAAAGACAACGUUCAGUUUGGGGCCAUUGUCUACGGCACUGUCCCCGAAGAGCAGUUCCCGCUGGCUCAGUAUUCCACAAAAAAUCAGGUCAGAGAAGCCAUUUCUAAGCUAAGGCCUCUGGGACAGUCCGCCUUUACAGCGAGGGCUCUGAAUUUCGCGAGGCAGAGGUUUGACGCAGCCUACGGUGGCCGGGCCUCAUCCCUUGGCAUCACACGGAUCAUUGUGCUUAUCACUGAUGAGCCCACCGCACCGACCGAUGGGCGCCAUCUUCUAUCAGCCGUGCAGGCUUUGAGGCAAGAAGGCAUCCGGGUCAUUGCUAUUGGCAUAGAUGGCGCCAGCAGAACAGAACUUGAAGAGAUUGUUGGCGAUAAGGGAAGGUGGUUUUACACUUCAAGUUAUAGCGCACUGGGGAGAUUACAUGAGAACAUCACUAGUGAAAUAUGUGACGGAUCAAAGCCAGGUAACUGGAAUCCUCGAAAUGAACUUUAUACAAAACUAUUUUAUUUAUAAUAAUUUUCUUAUUGGAUUUUCAAUAAAUAUAUAUACAUAUAUAUAUACUUCAAUACAUAUCAAACUUAUCUUUUCCCGACUUCCCAACCUAUUUUCCGAGGCGUUUUAAUUUCUCCCCCUCUGCUGCACAUUGCGUUCUGUUUCUUUUAUCAACUCAUCAAUACUGUAUUCUCUAAUUCCUUUUGUUGCCCAUAUUUCAAAUCCUGCUCAAAAAUGGCUUCCAUCAAUCAGCAUUAGAUUCUCUUAUUUUGGCUGUUAACUCUGCCAAUUCUGCAGAGCCCUGUUGUUACAUACAUAAACAACUUCAUCGUCUGUUUUUGAACUUUCCUAUAAUCCCCAAAAGGAAAGCUUUCUUUUUUUCUUUUUUCUUUUUUGUAUAAUUACUUUGAACAUCUUCUUUAUCUCAUUAUAUAUCAUUUCCCCAAAAGCCCUCGCUUUCUUGCAAGUCCACUACAUAUGAAAAAGGGUGCUAUCUACCUGUUUGCAUUUCCAGCAAUUAUUCACAACCUUCUUAUACAUUUUGACUAAUUUGUUAGGAGUUAAAUACCACCUUUACAUCAUUUUCAUAUAAUUUUCUUCUGGAGUGCAACAUGCAGUGUGUGCACAACUAUUUUAUUAUUAAUAGCAUGUCGGUUGGUUACCUUGCUGUAAAGUGUGUUUGAACGUACUUCUGUGUUCUGUUGUUAUUAUUUUCAAUAUUUAUUAGUCACUUUACUAAUAGAAAUACUAGAAACAUAAGCAAUCAAUACCUGAUGAAACCUCAAAAACCUCAGGAACAGCAAGUGAAUGGGGGAAUUUAGGUGAUGCUGCAGGAAUAAUAAUAAUAAUAAUAAUAAUAAUAAUAAUAAUAAUAAUAAUAUUUGUGUAUAUGCCACCCAUCUGACUGGGUUGCCCAGCCACUCUGGGCAGCUCCCCACAAAUAUUAAUAAAAACACAAUACAGUUGUACCUUGGAAGACGAAUGGAAUCCGUUUUGGAAGUCCGUUCAAUUUCCAAAACAUUUGAAAACAAAAUUGUGGCUUCUAAUUGGCUGUAGAAAGCUCCUUCAGCCAAUCAGAAGCCACAGAAGCCCCAUUGGACAUUCAGGUUCCAAAAGAACAUUUGCAAACUGGAACAAUCAAUUUUGGGUUUGUGGCGUUUGGGAGCCGAAAUGUUCCAGGGCGUUCGACAACCAAAGUACGACUGUACAGUGGUACCUCAGGUUACAGACGCUUCAGGUUACAGACUCCACUAACCCAGAAAUAGUACCUCAGGUUAAGAACUUUGCUUCAGGAUGAGAACAGAAAUUGUGCUCCGGCAGCGCGGCAGAAGCAGGAGGCCCCAUUAGCUAAAGUGGUGCUUCAGUUUAAGAACAGUUUCAGGUUAAGAACAGACCUCCGGACCAAAUUACGUACUUAACCAGAGGUACCACUGUACUUCUGCAGUCGCUUGCUUCUGUUUCCAACAGAUGGCAGUCUAUUCUCAGUCUUGAAGAGCUGACUCUGAAAACUAGCUCCUUAGCCAAAUUAAGAAGAGCUCAUGUGCGACUGGAAAAUGAGUGAUUAUUAUAUAUUUUAUAUAUUUUAUAUAUAUCAGUAAGAGAGUGAGAAGUGGAAUGAAAUGUGGCUUGGGUACAAACUCAGCUUACAAGGACAACUGUCUCAUGAUAGCUAGGUUUUGCAGGCUGAGUUCAUCUGCACAGAACACAAGUUUAAGGUUUGUUCACUUACUUCUCAAUUAGGAAUCCUAAAUGCCUUUUGAGAGAGUGGCAAGUACAGUGGUACCUCGGAAGUCAAAUGGAAUCCUUUCCGGAAGUCCAUUCAACUUCCAAAAUGUUUGGGAACCAAGGCGCGUCUUCCGAUUGGCUGAAGGAAGCUCCAGCAGCCAACCCAAAGCCGCAGAAGCCACACCGGACAUUUGGGUUCCAAAGAACGUUCACAAACCAGAACACACUUCUGGGUUUGCAGCCAAAACGUUCAAUUCGCAAGGCGUUUAGGAUCCAAGGUAUGACUCUACAAGGUAAGCGUGCCCCAGACACAUGAUUUCCACAAUCCCACCCUCCUUUUUUGAGUGGGAAAGAUCACUUAAGUUGGAAAUUACAGGCGUACACAUGUUGGUUAAACAAAGUCCACCCCAAAUCACCUGAUACUUUUAAUGUAUAGUGAGAGGAUUUGAAUGUGUGAACCAGCCCUUAGAAGGUGCGUCAUGAUGAUAAGCAAGUCCUAAACCCCCAAAGAGUUUCACGUUGCUCCCUAGUCAAGCUUUGAUAGUUCAACGAAUUUCUCUUGGGAUAAAAGUAAUAACUAACUUAAUAAGCCUGUAGCUUCUAGAGACAUGAGGCUAACCAAUUUCUUGUGAUUUUCUGAUUUCUGAUGCCUGUUUACUGAGGAUGAAAACUAAAAGCAGGACAAGGAGAUUAAAUGAAAGGUCAACAAGUCAAAAAUUUCAGUCUGAGUCUAACCAUGACUUUAGCACAGCAUAGACUCAUUUCUCACAAGCAAAUUGGGUUUUUCUCCCCUCUGCAGCUUGUAGCACCGAAGAGGCCGACCUUGUGUUUUUGAUUGACAGUUCCGCAAGCAUAUCGCCAAAGAAUUUCUCAACAAUGAAGACAUUUAUGAAGGAAAUCGUAGACAGCUUCCUCAUCGCUCAGGACAAAGUCCGGAUUGGGGUGGCCCAGUACAGCAAAAAUCCCCAGAAAGAAUUUUAUCUCAACGAGUUUGACACCGACGUUGCUAUCAAGGGGAAAAUUGACAACAUCACCCAGUUAAAAGCCAGCACCUACACUGGCAAGGGCUUGAGGUUUGUCAAGAGCUUUUUCGAACCCAUCAACGGAGGCCGUAAAAACAAAGAUGUCCUGCAGUCGCUAAUUGUCAUCACGGAUGGGAAGUCCAAUGACUCUGUGGACGAGGCGGCUGCUGCCCUGAGAAACGACGGGAUCCACAUUUUUGCUAUAGGAAUAGGGACAACCAAUUCUUUUGAGUUGGUUCGAAUCGCUGGCGAUGCUCAAAGAGUGUUUGUGGUGCAGAACUUUGAAGUGUUGCAAACCAUUGAAAGGAAAAUUGUCAAAGAGGUCUGCAAACCUGGAGACCUGCCUAGGUGGGGUAAGUUUUCAGCAAUUUUGUAUGUGUGUUUUUAAUGUAUACUGUAUUUUUUGCUCUAUAAGACUCACGUUUUCCCUCCUAAAAAGUAAGGGGAAAUGUGUGUGCAUCUUAUGGAGUGAAUGCAGGCUGUGCAGCUAUCCCAGAAGCCAGAACAGCAAGAGGGAUCGCUGCUUUCGCUGCACAGCGAUCCCUCUUGCUGUUCUGGCUUCUGAGAUUCAUAAUAUUUUUUUUCUUGUUUUCCUCCUCCAAAAACUAGGUGCGUCUUGUGGUCUGGUGCAUCUUAUAGAGCGAAAAAUACGGUACUUUCUUUCUAGCAUAGGAACGUUGGCCAUUAUUCCCCGUUAACAGCAGUGUCGGAUUAUCAAAUAGGCAGAGCAGGUAUCCUGCCUUUUGGGUUCCCGUGACAACGGGGCCUAACCUUCCUCACGGUUGUUGUCGGAUUUGAAUGAGGAGGAGGAGCGGACUAUGUAUGCCGCCUUGAGCUCCUUGAAGAACAAGGUGGGAUAGAAACGCAUAAAUAAAUAAGUUGCAAGUAGACAUGUGUGCAAAUUCUGCCUGGACGUGUCCAUGUUCCUCACAGGAGUGACUUCUGAAACAGUUUCUGUAGAUUAAAAUCGGGAUAGCAGAAUCAGGCUUCAACCCCAUGUUUGCUUUGCGGGAUGACAAUCUGAGCUUCCUAUUUCUGUUCAGAGAAUGAUGACAGCUCAAAUCAGGCCGAUUUAUGUCUGGUGUGCAAAGAAAGCGAUGGAAGAAAUGACCCAAGCCAUUGGUUAAACAGGUUUGGAAUCUGCAGGAGUUUCAGAAAGAAGCUGGACAGUUUUUCAGUUAGGAAUCUUUCCCUCUCUUUAACCCGAAAGCUGUUUGGCUGGAACCUUGGAGCCAUGAUGAAUACAGCCUGUCGCAAGCAAAACGUUUCUAAGCAUUUGUACAGCCCAGAUGUUUGAGAAACAGAUGUGCAGAAAGAAGCUGUGAAGCCUUAACUGGCCUGGGGACUAAGGACCUGCUAAAAAGGAAUUGCAGAAUGGUUCCACAGCCCCUCCUAGCGGUCUGCAUAUUAUCACUGUCAUUUUUAAUACUUGGAUUUCUUUCCAGUCCUUUACCGUAAGAUCCCACAGUGGGUCACAACAAAAUAAAAAUAGAAAAGUAAUAUCAGGGUCACAGGAGCUGGUUUCUGCCCAACUUUGGGGGGGGCUGGGGGGGCUGGGUAUGCAUGCGUGACGUCACGAGGCAGAAGGAGGCCUGGCGGUGUUCCACUCUAUCCCCCAAACCCAAAUCAAAUCCCUUCAGCACUGGCUCUCUGGGACAGUUGAGGGCAAGGCAGCCUUUCUUGCUAACAGUGGUGCAGGCUGUUGGCCUAGAUGGGCCUUUGACCCAACAAAGUUGGGCUGUUCCUUGGUUCUUAUCUAUCCUUAUGUAGCUUGGAAUUAGCAAGUACCCAGACUUUCCUGUCUAAAUAAAUACUGGUCUGGUCUAGUUUGUGGAGAGAGAGAGACUCUGAAUCUUAAAUAAAACCUGGGCCGAAACUUUUCUAGAUUCUAGUAUUUUAGAACUGGGAGGAAAAAACAGAUGGAAUCUAGACAAAUAUAAAAACCGUUCUGAAAAUGCUUUGUAAAAAAGUGUUUUUUAAAAAUACAUUGAAUUUUCCAUAAGGCUCAUCAUCUCCAUCUAGUGUCACAUUGUAUAUUGCAUGUAAAACGCACUUAAAACGUUAUAUUUGCAGCUGCAUAGCUGAGUCCAGAGUGGACUUUUAAACAUUAUAACACCCAGUGCUAUUUUUCUAGAAAAAGAGGUUGCAGAGUUCACCACAAACACCUCCAUUGUUUUCUAAUACAGUGGAACCUUGGUUCUCGAACGCCUUAGUACUUGAACAUUUCGGCUCCCAAACAUCGAAAACCCGGAAGUAAGUGUUCCGGUUUUCGAACGAUUUUCAGAAACCAAACAUCUGAUGCGGUUGUCGGCUAUUGUUUCCGGGGCGCUUGCACCAGUUGGAAGCCAUGCCUUGGUUUUUGAACGUUUCAGAAGUCGAAUGGGCUUCCACAAUGGAUUACGUUCGAGAACCAAGGUACCAUUGUAAUGGCAAGGUGCCCACCUGAGAGGUGCUCAGUUCCUGCGAGUUCCUGCUAGAAAAAGCCCUGAAAUAAGCAAUAUGAUUUCUUUUUUUUUUGAGGGGGCGGCGGCAGAAUUGGUACUGCAAGUGGGUGUCAAACAUUUUCUUUGAAGAAAAAUGUGUGAAAUGGCCAAGGAUGGGUUAACUCCAGUUCCACGAAGAAGGCAACUCAAAGCCAAAACUACAGCAAUUCAAUCUGGUCUUUGACAUUCUGCUCCAGUGGCCCAGAGAGUCUCAUUUCAUCUAGAGGCUAAUAACUUCCUUCCAGGCCUAAGUUUGUAGUUAGAAGAAGUGUUGAAGCACAGCGAUAUGAGCAGCGGCAGCCAGAGAUCUAAUCUUGAACUUGUUUCUUUGGAGCAGAGCUAGUCCAAUUGCAUCUGAUUACUUUUGGAAUGACAAGGACCAUAAAUGCUUCUCACACACUCUCUCUCUUCUGGUCUCCUGCGACAGAAGAUUCCUAAACAACCACAAUUUUAUUGUUCUCCCCUGCCCUUCCAAAUUAAAACACAAUUCUAUGUUCCGGUCAGAGUGGUCAUUUAAUGUAUCAUGAAAUAGGAGGGAUGUACACAGAUCCAGUUUGGGGAAGGAAUACUUGAUACGGCCUUUAAACAGCAGCCUUGUUUUGUGCUCCUGAGAUAUACAGCAUGGGAUCUUUCCUUUGCAAAAAAGGAACGCAAGGAUACCAGGAUAAACAACCAGACCAAAAAUGAAGAGUUCAAAGCUCUAUUUCCUAACCAAAUGUUGCAGCAAGGAUAUUUGCUCUCCGAUGGAGUUACCCUGGAAAAGUGGAAUUAUUCUGCAUAGCAGAAUUAACCCUAAUCCACCCGUGCCCCAAAGAUGGUGGGUAGUCACACAUAGGGUUGCUGCCCGUCUUUAUAAAAAUAUGAUGGUCCUUUUUGGGGGGAGAAAAGUGUCCCCUGCCCUGUUUAGACCGCAAACAAGACCUAUCCAAGCUCCUCCUCCUCUUCAAACUGCCCGGGCAGAGGGUGGGUCCAGUGCGACGAGGCAAGCGAGAGCCUGAGUGUGCGUUUGUGCAGGCAGAGGGGGCGCUACGAGGAGGGGAGCUGAGAGUGAGAGUUAUCGCAAUAUGAGAGCAGAGAGUGGGGUGGGGCUGGGAGGAGAAGUUUGAGAGAGUUUUUGCGUGGGCAGAGGGUGGGUCACAGAGAGCGAGAGAGGUGGGGUUGCAGUGCAUUGGCUUGCUAUGGUAAAGGUAAAGGUAAAGGGACCCCUGACCAUUAGGUCCAGUCGUGUCCGACUCUGGGGUUGCGGAGCUCAUCUCGCUUUAUUGGCCGAGGGAGCCAGCGUACAGCUUCCGGGUCAUGUGGCCACCAUGACUAAGCCGCUUCUGGCAAACCAGAGCAGCGCACGGAAACGCCAUUUACCUUCCCGCCGGAGCGGUACCUAUUUAUCUACUUGCACUUUGAUGUGCUUUUGAACUGCUAGGUUGGCAGGAGCAGGGACCGAGCAACGGGAGCUCACCCCGUCGCAGGGAUUCGAACGUUUGACCUUCUGAUCAGCAAGCCCAAGAAGCUCUGUGGUUUAACCCACAGCGCCACCCAAUAAUAAUAAUAAUUUAUUAUUUAUACCCUGCCCAUCUGGCUGAGUUUCCCCAGCCCCUCUGGGUGGCUCCCAAUCAAGUGUUAAAAAGAGUACAGCAUUAAAUAUUAAAAACGUCCCUAAACUUCCCUAAGAGUCUUGGGUUUUGUCCAGGUGGGGACGACGACGGGUGGGUCAGAGAGCAUGAGGGGCGGUUUGCACAGCCCUGGUGGACAGUGGGGAGAAAGAGAGUUUUUGUGCAGAGAGAGGUGGGUGGAUCAGGGAUGAAGACUCAAAUUUUAAAGCAAGCUCCUGCAGAUGCUCCAUUGCUUCGUAUGAUCCGUGCUGCCACAAAAGAGAGAGAUAAAUUACAGCUGUAUUGAAAAUGUCACCACCAAGAAACAUGAUGCACGCAUAGCUUGGCCUGGUUCACUAUGUGGACUUUGUAAGCGUUAGAUGUUGCUCUAGGCAAGCAUGGGUUUUGUUUCGUUAAGGAUCUGGAAACUGAACCAGUACGUGCAGCAGAGUCUUUUGUUUUGUUUUGAUCCACGCUGGAGCCCAGAACUGGUGGAUCUGUGCAGAAAGCCAACACAGUUACUGUUAUGUACUGAAGUUCUCACCCUGGGCCAGCAGGGGGAUACUGUAGAUAGUUUUCACUCAGGUCCACAUAUGCAAAUAAGGGAUUGAAAGUGAUGUUCAGUGAUUGGAUAGUUACAGAAAAUGGUUACUGUUGCAUUGUAGUGGAGCUCUAUAUAAGCAGGCUGGCUGAACCCUUCAGUUCAGUUCUGUUCUGGCCUGUGAAUAGACAAGAGCUGUUUGAAGAAUCGCUGUGUUGUCUGAUAUGCUCACCCACAACUUAACAGUUACAGAUGGUGAAGAACAUCUCAUUGAAGGCGGAUCUACACUUGUCAUUUAUAACAUUAAAAAUGGGUUAUUAAAACGUGACACCAGAGGGCGCUGCAGAGCAAUGGAAAGCUGCUAUUCAGUGUUCCAAACACUAUUCAAUAUGAUGUUCUAUAAGAUCAGCACAGAUCCAGCCUGAUACUACUUUGGCAGUAGUAUCGGCACUAGAUUUUCUGUUCCUUUAUUUCAUUUAUAUCCCAGCUUAGGAGCUCAAGGUGGCACGUGUGGUCCUCUCCCCCUCCUCAUUUAACCUCCACAACAGCCCUGUGAGGUAGGUCAGGCUGAGAGGCAGUGUCCCAGUGAACUUCAUGGCUGAGUGAGGAUUCGAACCCUGGUCUCCCAGGUCCUAGCACAACCCCUCCACUGCACUGUCCCCUAUUCUGCCCUUUGCUCUCCCUAGGUUUCAAUAUACUGAAAUAUCUUGGGACCAUUUGAUGUGUCCUCUUGCAGCAAGAAUUCAUGGCAGAGCUUGCUGCUGCUGCUGCUGCGGUUGGAAGCAGAACAAACUGUCCUGUCAAGCAUCUCAGUCCUCGCUGGCAGUUAGGUAUGGCUUCUCAUAAAACCUCAGCCAGCAGAAGCCAACGAGUCAUUGUCUGAUUCAAUGCAAACAGUUUACAUUAGCUGAAUUCCCAGGUGCUCUCAGGAGAAUUUCGUCCUUUGAAUUCUCAGCAUCUUACCCCUCCUACACCCAGUGCUGAUUGAGAAGAUCGCAAUGAACUUGUGUUUCCUAAUUAUCUGCCUUCCUGACUGUUUAUUCUCCCGCUCCUCUUUACAGACUGCAACAUGGACAUUUCAGUCGGGGUCGAUUUUUCGGAGCGUGUGAGGCCUGCCUCUGCCUUGCCUUUGAAGCAGAGAAUGCAAGUCUAUUUGCCCCGCCUCUUUCAGCAAAUGGGCUCCGUGAUCAAUAUCAGUUGCGUCGCCGAGUCUCCUGUCAACAUCAGGUUUAGGUACCAAGUGUUUUCUGAUAGCGGCCAGGCCUUGUUUGACUCCAACUUUGAAGCCUACAAUGACGAGAUCGUUCAGAAAUUCUUGGCCGUACAAACAACAGUGGACACUUACUUGAAUGCAGGCUUCCUGCAGUCCCUUUGGGACAGAUCUCUCAGCCUGGCCUCCGCUAGAGUAAAGGUAAUAGGGUUUUUUGGGGGGUGGGUCUGCUUUUAUGUGUGAUGGGCAAUGCAUCAAAACACCAGCCAAUUGCAGUGGACUUUGAGCUGUUCCUUGCUGUGUUCCAGCCAUGCCAAAUCACCCCCCGACAAUUUGUAUGCUGCAGGAACAAAAGUGGCUAUAAAAAUAUUAUAUAAAGGCACGAUCCAGUCCUUUGGGCAGCUGCUGGGUGGUACUAGGGCUGCAUCCCCAUCUCUGAACAGCAACCAAGCCAGGGAGUCCACAGACCUCAGCCAUCACAAUGGCUGCAUUGUGAUGGUGGAGGUGGUCAAAAAUCCAGCAGUCAGAUAAGCCUGGUAUUAAACACUGUGGCAUUUCUGGUUUUGAUGAGCCACUUUACCCAUCCCUCACUGCUACCUGCAGGAAUCCUGUGGCUCAGUAGUAGAGAGCAUCUGUUUUUCAUGGAGAAGACCCCAGAUUCAAUCCCAGGCAUCUCUAGGUACAAAGACUCCUUACCUGGAGACCCUCUGUGGACAAUACGCAGCUCGGCGGACCAGAGAUCUGAUUCAGUAUGAAGCAACUUCUUAUAUUCCUAUAAAUGAGACCUCCUUGGCUCCACCUGGGUCAGAGAUAGUGGCUUAUCACCAGACUUUAUAACAUCCUCCUCCCAAUUAGUGGUGUGGUGCUGUGGGUUAAACCACAGAGCCUAGGACUUGCCGAUCAGAAGGUCGGCAGUUCGAAUCCCCGCAACGGGGUGAGCUCCCGUUGCUCCGUCCCUGCUCCUGCCCACCUAGCAGUUCGAAAGCACGUAAAAGUGCAAGUAGACAAAUAGGUACCGCUCUGGCGGGAAGGUAAACGGCGUUUCCGUGCACUGCUCUGGUUCGCCAGAAGCUGCUUAGUCCUGCUGGCCACAUGACCUGGAAGCUGUACUCCGGCUCCCUCGGCCCAUAAAGCGAGAUGAGCGCUGCAACCCCAGAGUCGGUCACGACUGGACCUAAUGGUCAGGGCUCCCUUUACUAAUUUGUAUUAUGUUCUGGUGUAAAAAAAGAUUUUUUUAAAAGUUAAAGGUCCCCUGGAUGGUUAAGUCCAGUCAAAGGUGACUAUGGGGUUGCGACGAUCCUCUCGCUUUCAGGCCAAGGGAGCUGGCCUUUGUCUGCAGACAGCUUUCCGGGUGCUGUAGCCAGCAUGACUAAACUGCUUCUGGUGCUAUGGGACGCUGUGAUGAAAACCAGAGUGCAUGGAAACGCUGUUUACCUUCCCGCCGCAGUGGCACCUUUUUAUCUACUUGCACUGGUGUGCUUUCGAACUGCUAGGUUGGCAGGAGAUGGGACAGAGCAAUGGGAGCUCACCCCGUUGUGCGGAUUCGAACUGCCGACCUUCCGAUCGGCAAGCCCAAGAGGUUCGGUGGUUCAGACCACAGCGCCACCUGUGUCCCUUUUCUGGUGUACCGCAGCCUCACAUAAUGUUUCUUAAACUUGUCUUUUCAGCUAUACAUAUUAUAUCAAACACAAUCAACAAUAAGGCGUGCAAUAUGAAAAUAUUGUAACAUACUUCUGAGAACAGAUAAAAGUAGGACAACGAACAUUAAUGCUACAGACCGGUUAUAGAUCUGUAUCAACCAUGAAGUCUUUUUUAGAUAUAUCCCAAUUGGUCCUUGGGAAAGGUUUAUUUAAUAAACGUUCUCUUGUCCUGGGAAGAAUUUCCCUUUUUCAAAACAAUAUAUCAUCCAAUUGGCAUUCUGGAGAAUGGCCUCUCAACAACAACAGCAACAAGAAGAAGAUAAUAAUUUAUUCUUUAUAUGCCGCCCAUCUGACUGGGUUAACCCAGUCAAAAUGAAACUUCUCAGCUAAAAGUCUUCUUAUCAGCCACUAAGGAAUCACUUGGACGUCCCCCAAAGAAUACUGUUUACAUUGUUCAUUGUCCUAUUUUUAUGUGCUUGUCCAUUGCAAGUGUAUGUUUGUAUUGGUGGUUCUUAACUGCUGGUUGUUUUUGAUACAUAGGAGCCCUCAUUGCAUAUGGCAGUGGUUUUCAACUGGUGUGCUGUGGCACCCUGGGGUGCCUUGAAUGAUGGUCAGGGGUGCCACGGGCAACACUGGCCUCUGUCCCUCUUUCCUUCCCUCCCUUCCUCUGAUGCCCGCUCGCGUCUCUGCCUCCCAAAGGCUUGCACAGCUGUUUGUUGCAGCAGCCCUGGCUACAAACUUUGCAGGCGAAUGGUGCCUCUGGGGCUGGCCAGGGGGUGCUGGUUGCCAGGAGCUGAGGCAGACUUGAAGUAAGCAAGCAGGCAAGAGAGCCCAGCAUGUCAGUCUGCCAGUCUGUUGGGAAUGGACAGACAAGUCCCAGGCCCCUGUGGGGCAGUGUGAGGAGGCACCUGUUAUGUGCCGGCAUGGUUGCUCGAGAGUGAACAGGCAAGACUCCCACCGGUCUUUUCCAGGCUUUAUUAGCUGUACAAAAACAUUUACAGUGCAGAGCAUCUCAAGUCCAUGUCUGCUCAGUCGCUAGCAGAAUCUGGGAGUGGGCGGUCCUUAAACUUCCCCCAGCAUAAGAGUCUUUUAACCCCCAUCCUUCUCCUCUCCUCUCUGCGCAUAAACGGACUGCGCAAAGAGGGCGUUGGCAAAGGGGGACUUGCCUCUCCCCCGCUUUGCUCAGGCUCGGUGUUGUGGCUCUCUAGCAUCUUCCGAGCCCUGCAUCCCCCACUGGAGGUGGGGCUUCCCUCCUCGCCAGAGGAAGAGCUGCUUCGCACGAUCUUCGGAGGCUCCCUGUAACCCAACUGCCCUUCCACCUCUCGCCUCUGAGCUGAUGGCAGUUCCCUGACAGCACCUCUCUUUGGGGCAGGGGGGCAGCUGAGAGGCCACAGGCUGCAGCAGCAGGUGCCUGGAGGACUCCCAAGGAGAAGGGAAAGGAGAGGAGGCUGUGGGAACACUUCACAAGGGAGGGUGUUCGAAAAAGGGUGAGAGGCUGCCAGCUACAGGCAAGGGGUGAUGUAACUGGGCUCCUGAGCCCCACAGGGGUGCCGCAGAAAAAAUGCAGUUGGUCAAGGGAGCCGCAGACUCAAAAAGGUUGAAAACCUCUGGCAUGUGGUAAUGGCCACAUCCCUUUUGCCAUUCUCAUUGCUAUCGUUUCAUCACAGGUUCUCUUAGUUUUUUCUGAUGGGCCAGAUGACAGCAUAGAAGUGCUCAAAACAACAGCAGAUGGUCUUCGCAGGAAAGGUACAUAGUUGCUAGAAAACAUUUCCGCGUGGUGGUACCCGAGACAUUGUGCUCAUAAGCAGAGCCAGGAGCAGAAGAAAGGAUGCAUUGAUGCUUUUGAGCCUGCCUUGCUUAUUCCUCCUGCCCUUUAUCUUCUGAUAACCAAAAUGUGCGACAUUUUCAUCCAUAUGGGAGGCAUUCCGUAAAGGCUGACCGUCUUGCGCAGACGGCCAGGACACAAACAGAACUUCCUGUGAUAGUUUUAUGCUGACACUAACAUUUCAGAAACACCACACUGUUGAUGCCUGAUCAUUGUCCAGCUGGGUUGUCCAAAAUUAAGAGAGAGCUAAUAUGUUCCCCGAGACUUUGGAGUUCGGAAAAUUCGGUUACGAAUUAUCUGGAAUCCUCAAAGCAUGUUGACGUGGCUUCAGCUUAAGGGAUCAGAUGCAGUGGGGGUGUACACAUUUGGGUCCUCAAAAAGAAAAAAGAAGAAAUCAAUCAUCUGUCUUAAAAGUUUCCAAAAUAAGGAGAAUGAAGGCAGCUGCUGUAGAAUAGGUGUCAGAGAUAGGUGUCAGGUUCUAACAGAGAUCGUAUCCCUGGAGAAAGUUUUUCGCUCGAAAUACGCUGGAAAUAAAGAAUGUCAUCUUUUCUUAUACAGCUGUGUUUCAUUUUAAAUAAUAAUAAUAAAAAUACACCUACCAUCUGUUAAGCAGAGAGCUGAUUCUGGCAGUCCCCUUUCCUCCCAGAAGAAAGCUCAAAAAUGAAAUUUCACUUCUUCUUUGAAUUCAGCUCAAGCAUGAAGAAAUUGAUGUGGCCAGCCCAAUUCCUGAGAAAAAUAGCCACACAGGAACACAUACUGUAGGAUCCAUCCUGAUUUUACUGAUUUCAGACUUGUUUGGCCCAAUUUGAUGAAAGCCGUCCAUAGAUUGAUGUGUUAAAUGAAUUCUCUACAGUCAUUUUGCUUAAAGGGGAAUGAAAUCAAGUGGGGCUUUCAAAAUUAAAUCUUAUUAUGUAACGCAAUAAAAACUGCAAAAAUAUGAGUAAAACAUAUGGCUGAAUAUUAUCAUUAAAGUUUGUGUUCCAAUAAGGAAUGAAUAAAAGCCAGCUUUCUACAAAUUUACCCAUUAAGCGAAAAGCACACUUUUCCAUAUUAUACCAACUGAGCAGAGAUUGUGAGUUCUGUGAUGUAGUGCAGGUAUCAGCAAACUUCCCAGUUCUAUUAUGUAUUUUGUGGUUUUAUAUCUUGAUUUUAUUCUGUGAACCACCCUGAGACCCACAAGUAUAGGGCUGUGUAUAAAUUCAAUCAAUCAAUCAAUCAAUCAAUCAAUCAAUCACCUCCCAGAAUGUGAAUGUUUAAAAAUCCAAGAAAAGCUGUUUAGGGAUAUUUAACUCUGUCUUUUCUUUUUAAAACUUCUUCCCAUUUUUUUUAAAGAAAUCCAAAAUAUGAAUUUUUACACUUCCACUUUAGAAAAUCCAAUAAUUGGUUUUAACACCGUUUCCUUUUCAGGGUUGAAUGCACUUUUAACGAUAGGCCUGGGAAACUUUCAGGAAUUCCAUGAACUGCAGGAAAUAGAGUUUGGUAGAGGAUUUGAAUAUAUGGAACCUUUGCUCAUCGGAAACCCAGAACUCCCCAGCAGGUUAUGGCGAGCGCUUGUAAGUUUCUUCCGGGAAGGAGGAGGUAAAGGGAUAGGACACUCUCCUCGGUUCUCAAUGGUGCCGAUGGUAGCAAUGACUGGCAUCCAUUAUUUUGCAGGAUACUGUCACUGAACGAGAAUGCUGCAAUGUUUGCUGCAAAUGUUUUGGGGAAGAUGGAAUUCGGGGUGCGCCAGGAACUUCUGGAAUAAAGGUAAAAUGAGAGAAGAGAAGGAGCGUAUGAGUGUACCGCAAGUGGGCAUGAAGUGUGGUUUGUUUAUUUUUUUAUUAGAUUAGCCAUUCAUCAAUAGAUCCUAGGGUGAUUCACAAGAUAAAAAUUGAGAAAUGGCACUGCCACACUCAAUAUCACUUGUAGGAGAGCAGCCAGAUGCAACACUGAUUUCUUUCCUCUGCCAGCCUGUGAACAGUGAUAACAUCCUAAUACAGAGUCAGGAGGCACCAGGAUUCAGUCCAACAUCUUGGUUUAAAUAAAUAUAAAUAUAUUAUGAUGAUGGAAUAGGAUGUCCCAAUUUUCAUCGGAGAAAUGUUGGAGGGUAUGUUAUGGAUCUCAUCAGACUUCCUCUUUCAAGAUUUCCUAUUGAAGUUAAGACCCAUAAGGUGACCUGCAGACCCAUAAAGAGUCAACAACUUAAAAGAAAUGAAAAGGAUAUUAAGGUAUUACUGUGAGCUCACAAUUCUCAGUGUGGUUUAACAGUUAUCCCUCUUCACAGGGAGUUCUGUGAGGGAAUAGGGGCCUCCGAAUAACUCUCAGUACCCUUAACAAACUACAGCUACCAGAAUGCUUUUGGGAGAAGGCAUGGCUUUUUAGUUUUUAUUAUUAUGCUUUAAUAAUAAUAAUAAUAAUAAUAAUAAUAAUAAUUAAUAAUAAUUUAUUAUUUAUACCCCACCACUCUGGGUGGCUCCCAGCAGAAUAAUAAUAAUAAUAAUAAUAAUAAUAACAGUGAUAAAACUUCAAACAUUUUAAACUUCAGAUGUGCUGGAAGUCACCCAGAGUGGCUGGGGAAACCAAGCCAGAUGGGCAGGAUAUAAAUAAUAAAAUAACAAUAGAAGAAGAAGAAGAAGAAGAAGAAGAAGAAGAAGAAGAAGAAGAAGUGCUUUAAAUGUAUGGUGAGAAUGUGGCAUUUACAGGAAUGAACUGAUUGGAAAAAUAUAAAAAAAUUAAAAAUUAUCCAGUAGCACCUUAGAGACCAACUAAGUUUGUUCUUAGUAUGAGCUUUCAUGUGCAUGCACACUUCUUCAGAUAAGGUGCUACUGGACAAUUUUUUAAUUUUUUAAAAUAUAUUUCUACUGUGUCUGACCAACACGGCCACCUGCCUGAUUGGAAAAAGUAAGGGACAAACACGAAACGGAUCCAAGUGAGUUUUCUGUGGUUUCUACACUUACUUCCAUAAAGUCUGAAUGCUUCGGACAAAAAUUUAUUAAAUCUUUCAAACCUCAAGGGUGCAAUAAGAAUCCAACCUCCAGCUUCUUUGGUCAUGAAUCUUCUGUCAGUCCGUGGAUCCCACGGUUGUUCGGCUGUCAGUUUUCCUUGUUAACUUUUACCACUUGAAUGGCUGAAAGAUGAUUCACUAAUUAUUUUUGCAGGGGUCUGUGGCGAACUCCCCUGCAUUUCAAAGAGAUGAUUCAAAGAGAGUAAGGAAGGAUGGAUUACGACACACUGAGCUGAGCUGAAAACAUAUAGCAGUUUGAUUGUUUAGUAACGUUUAAUAAACUUCAAAAAAAGUGGUGUACAGGAGGCAAGAUACCCUUGACUCAUACCCUCCAACAUUUCUGUGUUGAUAAUAGGGAUAUCCUAUUCCAUAAUAAAUUUUUUUUACUAUUUAUACCCCACCCAUCUGACUGGGUUGCCCCAAUCACUCUGGGAGGCUUCUAACAUAUAUAAAAACAUGGUAACACAUUAAACAUAAAAAAUCUUCCCUAUACAGGGCAGCCUUCAGAUGGCUCGGUGGUCGCAUAACUCCAUACCCUCCAACAUUUCUCCGAUGAAAAUAGGGAAGGCCUAAGGAAAAGUGGGACAUUGCAGGAUCAAAUCAGAAACCGGGAUGGCUUCUGAAAUUCAGGACUGUCCCUGGAAAAUAGGGACACUUGGAGGGUCUGUUGACCUACUGCUGACACAAGUGCUAAAAAAGGAAACCCAAAUACAGUGGUGCCCCGCAAGACGAAUGCCUCGCAAGACGGAAAACCCGCUAGACGAAAGGGUUUUCCGUUUUGGAGGUGCUUCGCAAAACGAAUUUCCUAUGUGCUUGCUUCGCAAGACGAAAAUGUCUUGCGAGUUCCUGCGGGUUUUUUCCCCUUCCCCCCCCCUUUUUCCCAAGCCGCUAAACCGCUUAUCAGCUGAUGGCUAAGCCGCUUAACAGCUGAUCGCUAAGCCGCUUAUCAGCUGAUCGUUAAGCCGCUUAUCAGCUGAUCUUUAAGCCGCUUAACAGCUGAUCGCUAAGCCGCUUAUCAGCUGAUCCGCUAAGCCCGCUAAGCCGCUAAUACUGUAGCGCUAAUCCGCUAAACCGCUAAUGGGCUUGCUUCGCAAGAUGAAAAAACCCGCAAGACGAAGAGACUCGCGGAACGGAUUCUUUUCGUCUUGCAAGGCACCACUGUAUUAUAUAAGUAGGGAGCAAGAGUAGUAUAUGGCUUAGUUGAAUUAUACAUUUCAAGCAGUAUUGCAACACCGUUUACCCUCACAGAGCUGCAGUUCCUAGGAAGGUGCAAUGGUCAUCCCACUUCCCAGGGAAUUCUGGGAAGGGUAGUUCUGUGCCCACAACACUUCUCCAAUGAAAAUAGGGACGUCCUAAAUAAUGAUGAUGAUGAUGAUGAUGAUGAUGAUGAUUACACCCUACCCAUCUGACUGGGUUGCCCCAGCUAGUCUGGCUGGCUUCCAACAUAUAUAAAAACACAAUAAAACAUUGAACAUUUUAAAAAAUUCCCUAUACAGGGCUGCCUUCAGAUGUCUUCUAUAGUUACUGGUCUGGCCCACUAUUGUUUUGAUUGGCCAACAGAUUUAGAAAAGAGGAGAGAGAACAGUUUCCUCUGCUUGCAGCAUCCAAUAACAUUAAUAAUAAUAAUAAUUUAUACCCCGCCCAUCUGGUUGGGUUCCCCCAGCCACUCUGGGCGGCUCCCAACAGAAUAUUAAAAACACAAGAAAACAUCAAACAUUUAAAUUUUCCCUAAACAGGGCAGAUAUCUUCUAAAGGUUCUAUAGUUCCUUAUCUCCUUGACUUGGGGAACAGAUAACUCCAUACCCGCCAACAUUUCUCCAGUGAAAUUAGGGACGUCCUAAGGAAAAGCGGGACAUUCUGGGAUCAAAUCAGAAACUGGGACGGCAUCUGUAAAUCUGGGACUGUCCCUGAAAAACAGCCGUUCCCAGAAUUCUUUGGAGGAAGUCCUGACUGUUUAAAGUGGUAUGUUACUGCUUUAAGUGUACAGUGCAGAUGGGCACAGACAGCAAAUGAUGUGAGCUGUAUACUCUUGUCUGUAAAACACAGACCUAGGAGUGGAGUCCAAUCCCCAUGGAUGAUGAACUAAACUCCUGACAUUCCCCUUAAAGAAGCCCCUGGAGGAGAGGGUGGUUGCAAGCAGCUGACUUCUUGCUUAAUUCCCUAAAAUUUUCCCCUUCCUAAUACCCAAGUGUCAGUGAGGACAGCUUUCCUAGGAUGAAGAACCUGUGUUUGAGGAUCUGGUAAAAUGCUUUCAGCUGGCACCAAUGGCGGGGUGAGGACUGCUAAAAAGCUUUCCCUUUGGCAGACACAGCUACCUGUACUUGUUUAAUCUUAGUUUUUAACGAUGCUGAUUUUACAUAGCUUUGUUUUUAAAAGGGUUUUCUGAGUUUCAGCCAUGUUUAAUCUACAGUUUUAUUUGUUCCCCGCUUGGAGAGCGUUUUGAUGAAGUGGUUUGUAGAUUUUUCCAAAUGAAGAAACCAAAGAAGUCCGCAACAUAGGAAAAUAGUAUAUUCUCUGCAAGUAAAAAUAAAAAAGUAAAGGAACCCUGGACGGUUAAGUCCGGUCAAAGGUGACUCUGGGGUUGAGGUGCUCAUCUCGCUUUCAGGCCAAGGGAACCGCCGUUUGUCCGCAGACAGCUUCUGGGGCAUGUGGCCAGCAUGACUAAGCCGCUUCUGGCGAACCAGAGCAGUGCACGGAAAAUAAUAAAGAAUAAAAAAAGGUCACCUCAGGUCUUUGAAAUAAGUGCAAAGAAGCUCUGUUAUUUGUAAGAAGCAGCAUUUUUGAAUUAAAUGUGACUCACUCUCUCUGAACUGCUGUUUUUCAGGGAAGUGAGGGCUAUCGAGGGCACCCUGGUCAUCCGGGUGAGGAAGGAGGACCGGUAAGUAAACACAUAGUUCUUUGGGACAGAAGCAAUGCCCUGCUCGCUUACAUGAGAGCAGCCUGGUUCUGUUCCUGGGAAUCUGCAUAAAGUACGACUUUUAAAAGCAUUCCAAAAACAGAAGAUUUAUUUAUUUAUUCAUCCAUCAGCCCAUAUAAAAAUUUAUAGCCCACCCUGCUGUCUCGAGGGAGUGGGACCUCCAGGCUAGCUUUCUCAUACACACAAAUAACAAUCUCAGUUCUCAUAGUCCUGCUCGACUUGAGGACAAAAUGAGACCAGUCAUGCCUAAGACGAGAAAAGAGGAGGGUGCCAGUAGAGGUAGAAAGGCAAAAGUAAAGGACCCCUGGACGGUUAAGUCCAGUCAAAGGUGAUUUGGGGGUUGCAGCGCUCAUCUCACUUUUCAGGCUGAGGGAGCCGGCGUUGGUCCGCAGACAGCUUUCUGGGUCAUGUGGCCAGCAGGACUAAACCGCUUCUGGCACAAUGGGACACUGUCAUGGAAGCCAGAGCACACGGAAAUGCCAUUUACAUUCCCGCCACAGCGGCACCUAUUUAUCUACUUGCGCUGGUGUGCUUUGGAACUGCUAGGUUGGUAGAAGCCCUAAACCAGUGGUGUCCAAACUUUUGAGGGCCCGAUUUGAUGAAGUGAAGGGCUGACCAAAGUUGUUGAGGGUUUUUUUAGGAUUUUACCCCAGGAAAUAAACUGCCACAAGGGCUGGAUUAAACUGACCGGUGGGCCGGAUUAGGCCCCCGUAACGGACUUUGAACAUGCCUGCCCUUAACAGUCCAUAGAGAGCUGUGGGCUCAGUGGCAUUAGAUUGCUGAUUGGCUAUUGUGGGAGGAAGAAGCUGCUGCUGCUCCUCCUUCUCCUCCUAUAUUACUACUACUGCUGCUGCUAUUUAGGGACGGAGGAGAAAUAUAAAUAUAAUAUAAAUAUAAAUAAUAAAUUAUUAUUAUUAUUAAAUUUGAUUCAGUACACAUUUAAAGCUGAACAUGUUAAAUUCACACUUUCCAAAAUAUGAGCUGAAACCCAGCUAUCCUUUGAAAUGUAUACGUUUCCGAAUUUUGCAACGCAGUUCUCCAAUCUUUACAGAAAUUCAUACAGCCAGGAAAACCAUGCAUGAAAGUUAAUGUGCUGAAAAUAACGUGCAUAAAUGUGUUACAUUAGGAAACUUGGUUGCUGAAAUGUGCACAUUCAUCACAACUGCGUAUAAAAAUGUGUUUGGCAAGAUAGAUUCCGUGGGGAUUUCCUCCCCAAAAAAUAUGAAAUAUGUGAAGAAUUGCGCUUACCAUUGGAAAAACAAGAAACUGAGAAUACAGAAUUCGACAGGUCCUUCCAUAUCUAUUAUUAUUAUUAGUAGUAGUAGUAGCAGUGAAACAAGGAUCUACAACAAAAUGUUGCAGAGUGAAGUUUGAAUGUUCAAGGGGCCAAACCACCAGACCUUCCCUUCCCUUGAAACUCAAUUCCAUGGGUACCACCCCCUGGUUUUUCCAUUUUCCCCAUGCUUCUCAGCUGCCGGGCAGUAUCCCAUGACCCACUAAGCAUAUACAGUCCUCUUUGGGCUGCUUUGCUUAUACACGGUGUGACCGGAAAGUUCAAUGAAUGGUCCCAGAAAUCGGACAGUGAGAAAUAUUCAAACAUACAGUUGGCACCGGAAACCUAUGAAAUGCUCACAAUUGUGUACGGAGAUGAAGCUGUAACUCAAAAGACAGUGUAUGAUUGGUUUAAGUGUUUCUGUGAAGGGCGGCAAACCAUUGACGAUGACCCUCAGUCUGGCAAAUCAUCGAUGAGUAGAACGGUGGCAAAUGCCAACACAGUUAUUGAGUUAUUGAUGUGGUAUCGGCGUUUGUCUGUCCGAAUGAUCGCAGAAGAAUCGCAUAUUCCGCGUGAAAUCGUUACUGGGGUUACUGAGGUAUCCCACCCUCCAUAUUCUCCCCAUCUGGCCUCAAUGGAUUUCUUUCUUUUUCCAAAACUGAAAUCUGCACUGAAAGGGCACAGAUUUUCCAACAUUUCACACGUCCAAGCUGCUGUGACAAGGGAACUGAAAGAGGUCUUCUCCAGAAGUUUCCAACAGUUCUAUGAACGUUAUCAAGGGUGCAUUGUGUCAGGAGUUCAGCAGGAAUUCUAACACAUUGUAUCAGAAGGCCUGUAAAGUAUAUAUGUUCAAAUAUUUCUUGCUGUCCGAUUUCUGUGACGACUCACCGAACUUUCCAGUCACACCUUGUAUAUUUUUUAACUUCUGCAAACUUUGGAGAUCCCUUGUGCUUGCUGACACCUCCCUCUUGUGCAUCGGUGCUGCUGCUUUGGCUGCAUCAAGAACGCAGAAUCAGUUCAGUAUUCACAGAGAGAGCAAACGGUUUGUGUUAUGGUAAGACCUCACACUGUGACCCGAUGGCUUUUAAUUUAUUAUCGUUAAGGCUGACACCCCCCAUACUCAGUAAAAGCCGGCCACAGCUAUGUGGCAAGCGGGCGGGCCAGCAGAUAUCAGACACUCUGGUCACAGGUCCUCCAGAGACAGUCAGCCUUAUGCACUGGUUCAUGUGGAAAGUGUGGCUUUUACCAAUCUUUCUUUCUUCAUUAGGGAGAUCGUGGUCUAAUGGGUAUCGCUGGCAAACGAGGAGAAAGAGGCUGCGCUGGUUCAAGAGGCCUAAAGGCAAGUGAAUGGUUUUGAAGUAUAUUUUUCCUCAGGGUGCAUCCAGAUCACUAUUCUUGCCACAAUUUAUUUCUUUUUCUCUUCUUUUGUCCAUCUGUGUCUUGCUGUGGAUUUUCGUGCAGCUCCAUCAUAUAUCUUUGAGAAUUUGGGGCUCACAUUCCUCCCCUACAGGAAUGCAGAAUAUGUGCCUUUCCACCCCUAAAGCCACUCAUUUAUCUGGAUGAAUCCAUUUAUGUGGAUAAAUCCCUUAGACUCGGGUGUGUGCACACCUCAGAAGUCUGGUACGAAAAUAAACAGGGUUCCUGAAUCUGUGUUGGGAAGUGAUGGAUUGCCUUUCUUUUUGGUUCUGCUAGAAAAUGAUUGCUGGACAAAACAUUGCCAGGAUGCACAUUUGGAGCGAAUUAAUGUUAGGGAUGCACUUGGUUCUUGCAUCACAAGCAUCAGUACAGUGGCAUACAAUUUGCUGGUUCAUAUCAUGAAUCUUGUUUUUGAAUAUUCUGGUUUCUAGUAUUAUUAGUUGGGGGGACGACGACACCUUUAUACUUGGAUUCUGCUGAGAAUUUAUGCGUUCUUUCUGGUAGCUCACUUGCAGCGUGUCUCUUUUGCAUUUCAGGGACCAAGAGGAUACCGAGGAAAUAAGGUAUGUAUGCUUUUAAAAUUAUCUUCAGAUAGUGCUCAUCGGUGUUUCACUUUGGCCUCUUUCCCAUAAGUACUUACAAAAGCCUCACAUGAGAAGUGGGGUUUUGUAUAACAACAAGUAGUUUAGAAGGAUCUCUGGGAUCUCGUCAAGCAAACUGAGGAAGCCUCAGCUGUUUUUGGAGAAGGGAGUGGCAGGCCUGCCUCUGACCAUAAACGUACAAGGUGCCUGAGGCCAGUCUUGCUCAUGCCUAUGUUUCCUAUAAUGUCUUCAGAGCGAAACAGCACAGUUUGACUUCCUGGAGUGACUCCAGAGCUCUGCAACAUCUUCUGUCCUAUUGCUCCGAAGACUUUCUAGCAAGUGUAGUCAUUGAUAGAGGGAGCGUGCUGGGCCUAGAGGGGCUGUAAUGUGUUUGUAGUAAGAGGUGGAUGGAGCAGCCAAGAGAGACAGCAGGGCAGAGAUCUGAGCAUCCUAUUGCAUGGUAGCACACCUUGUUUGGGGAUAUGGCUUGAAUAAUAAAAAAGAUAGAUGUGAGCUCUAGCUGUUUAGGACUCCUACUUCCAUGAGCCCCAGAUAAUAUGACCAUCCCAACAGUCAAGGAUGAUGUACGUCGUAGUACAAAAUAUCUGGAGGGUACAAGGUUGGGGAAGGUUGUUAGAUACUAUUAAAUACUGUUUGCCGUCAGUUUUACAGGUGGCCUGAGAUGGUUUUGGGAACACUAUACCAAAUGAGCAAUGGGUACAUUGUAUACCCACCUAUGGAUCACUCUCUUUGUUUUACAUAUUUUAUUUUUGAUUUAUUAAAUCUUCACCCGAGGAUUGCAAGGCAGUUUACAGUGUAAAAACAGAAAUGUGCAUAACAUAACAAUAACAAAUGAAACAAUAACCCCCUACUGUUUAUUGCAGCAGAAAUGUCUCAGAAAUUUUAUUUACAGGGGUAAAUAAUGGUGAGCAUGUUUUCAAAUGGUUUCAACAGGGUGAAAAUGGUGACAGUGGACUUGACGGGAUCGAUGGACAAGAGGUAACAUUUGACAGACCAUUUGAUGGUGGAUUUUUUGGGGGGUACAGUCUGCUUUCCUGGAUGGUUCAAAGAAGUGUACCGCUUUUAAAAGGACUGCAAAAGUCAAACAAUCAUCAAGUUACAAGUCAAUAAUACUGAAAUCUUGUGGAUGUUUCAAAAUGGUUUAAAGAGGACAGCAGACCCAUAAACAUUCCCCAGAUGUAUUCGUAAACAGGCUUGUCUUUGCAGGGCUUUUUUAAAAAAGGAAUUUUUACUGUGGGACAGGGGAACAAACUCCAAAGGGCACUUUAACAUCAUGUGAAAGGGUAUUUAAAUAAUUAUGCACACAUUUGUUUAAAUAAAUGUCAUGAAACAUUAUUUUAAUAGUAAACAACUGCCGUUUCAAGAAAUUUGGCAUUUGAAAUUUAACCACAAAUGUCCAGAACUGCAGAAGAUUUCUCCCCAGACAUACUUCAGAAUCUCACUCUGGAACAGGCUAAUGAUGUCUCCUUCCUCUGUUUGAAUGGAGGUUGACAACAGCAGACUGGGAAUUAUAAUAGGUUGCAUCAAACCCAUCCAGAUCUAUGUUUAGUUACCCAUCAACUCUGUGUUACCAUACCUGUCUGUGCUUCGUCCAGUAGAAGAUUUUUGCACCAUGCCAGAAGUGAUAGGCAACAACUGGCAAAGAGGCACAGACACAGAAAAACCUAAUUCACUCCAGUGUGGGAGAUGGGGCAAUUCAGAAAAUUACUUGCUGCUGUUCACACACUUCAACCGAUAUGAUACGAUAUGAUAAUCUUUAUUGUCAUUGUCCCAUACAGAACGACGAAAUUGAAAAAUCUACACAAGACAUUCAAAACCCAACAAGCCUGCUAUCCCUGCUAUCCCAACCUGCUUAGCCCCCUAAAAACUCUGAUACCCCAUUUUUAAAUACAAUAUACCGUAUUUUUCGCUCCAUAGGACGCACUUUUUCCCCUCCAAAAAUGAAGGGGAAAUGUGUGUGCGUCCUAUGGAGCGAAUGCAGGCUUUCGCUGAAGCCUGGAGAGCGUGGGGCAUCGGUGCGCACCGACCCUCUCGCUCUCCAGGCUUCAGGAAGCUAUCCGCAAGCCUUGCAAGCCCAGUGGGAGUUCCCGCGGGCUCACAAGGCUUGCAGGCAGCAGCCUGCAGCCCCGGCGAGUGUCCGCAAGCCUUGCGCGCCCGGCAGGAGGUCCCGCCGAGCGUGCGAGGCUUGGGGCGGCAGCCUGUCGCCCGAGCACGGGAGCCCUCCGGAGGGCUCCCGUGCUUCGAGCGAGUGUCUGCAAGCCUUGCGCGCCCGGCAGGAGGUCCCGCCGAGCGCGCGAGGCUUCGGGCGAGUGUCUAGCAGCCUUGCGCGCCCGGCAGGAGGUCCCGCCAGCGCGCGAGGCUUGGGGCGGCAGCCUGUCGCCCGAGCACGGGAGCCCUCCGGAGGGCUCCCGUGCUUCGGGCGAGUGUCUGCAAGCCUUGCGCGCCCGGCAGGAGGUCCCGCCGAGCGCGCGAGGCUUGGGGCGGCAGCUGUCGCUCGAGCACGGGAGCCCUCCGGAGGGCUCCCGUGCUCGGGCGAGUGUCUGCAAGCCUUGCGCGCCCGGCCGAAGGUCCCUCCGAGCGCAAGAGGCUUGGUGAAGCAGCCUGUCGCCCGAUGCACGGGGAGCCCUCCGGUGGGCUCACGGUGCUUCGGGUGAGUGUCUGCAAGCCUUGCGCGCCCGGCAGGAGGUCCCGCCGAGCGCGCGAGGCUUGGGCGGCAGCCUGUCGCCCGAAGCACGGGAGCCCUCCGGAGGGCUCCCGUGCUUCGGGCGAGUGUCUGCAAGCCUUGCGCGCCCGGCAGGAGGUCCCGCCGAGCGCGCGAGGCUUGGGCGGCAGCCUGUCGCUCGAAGCACGGGGAGCCCUCCGGAGGGCUCCCGUGCUCGGGCGAGUGUCUGCAGCCUUGCGCGCCCGGCAGGAGAUCCCGCCGAGCGCGCGAGGCUUGGGCGGCAGCCUGUCGCCCGAAGCACGGGGAGCCCUCCGGAGGGCUCCCCGUGCUCGGGCGAGUGUCUGCAGCCUUGCGCGCCCGGCAGGAGGUCCCGCCGAGCGCGCGAGGCUUGGGCGGCAGCCUGUCGCCCGAAGCACGGGGAGCCCUCCGGAGGGCUCCCGUGCUUGGGCGGGUGUCUGCAGCCUUGCGCGCCCGGCAGGAGGUCCCGCCGAGCGCGCGAGGCUUGGGGCGGCAGCCUGUCGCCAAGCACGGGAGCCCUCCGGAGGGCUCCCCGUGCUCGGGCGAGUGUCUGCAGCCUUGCGCGCCCGGCAGGAGGUCCCGCCGAGCGCGCGAGGCUUGGGGCGGCAGCCUGUCGCCGGAGCACGGGAGCCUCCGGAGGGCUCCCGUGCUUUAGGUGAGUGUCUGCAAGCCUCGCGCGCCCGGAGGGAGGUCCCGCCGAGCGCGCGAGGCUUGGGCGGCAGCCUGCAGCCCGAGCAAGCGAGGCUUGGGGCGGCAGCGGCGGGGGGGGGAUAAUUUUUUUUAUUCAUUUCCCCCCCCAAAAAACGAGGUGCGUCCUAUGGGCCGGUGCGCCCUAUAGAACGAAAAAUACGGUACUCCCAUACAGACUCCUUACUGUGCGUUUAAAACCAAAAUCGCAUUUGGGUAGAAACUGUUUCUCAGGCAGCUAGUCCUAGUCUUUAUAACCCUGUACCUUCUUCCAGAAGGCAGAAGCUGAAAGAGAUCAUUUCCGGGGUGCGUACUAUCCUGUGCUAUCUCUGCCGCUUUCUUAUGGCACCUGGAAGCAUAGAUUUGAUCCAAGGUGGGAAGAGUGCACCCAAUUAUUCUCUCCACAGUCUUUACAACCCUGGACAGCAUUGCUUUCCCCCUGACCAUGCAGCUCCCAAACCACACACACAGACCAUAAGUUAAUACACUCUCAACAGUACAAUGGUAAAAUGCCAUCAACAGGUCCUUUGAGAGAUUGUUUUUCUGGAGGAUUCUUCGGUAUUAAGGUAUUUUGCUGCAGCUUGCUGAAAUCCGUUCUGUAUGUCUGUCAACAUUUGGCAUUAUGCACCUCGCCGGAACACCAGUUUCUGUGUAGCUUUAUCAGCAAGCGUGCCCUGAAUUCCAGAUUCCCUUGAAGUAUCAGGUUUGAUUAAGCCAUAGGUUCCAGGGUUUGCUUAUAACGGGACAGCAACUCCUAAAUGACAGUCUGAAAUAUACUCAGAAUCGAGAGUGGAUUUCAUGCUCUUUAUUCAGCUCAUAGUGGUGAGUAGGAAUGAAAGUCCCACCAAAGUAUCUGCUUUAUAUAUAUUAUUUUCACAAUGGGCUGCACGUGAUUGGCUAAUUCCGGAAUUCUCCUGUAGGCCAAUCAGGUUGCGGAUUCACUUCCAUCUGGAGCUGGAUUGGGUGGCUCCUGCAGACCAAUCAUACUGCUGCAUUCUGAAUCCUAUUGUUCUAGGACCAAUCAGACUGCUGCAUUUUGGAUCCUAUUGUUCUAGGACCAAUCAGACUGCUGCAUUUUGGAUCCUAUUCAACUCAGUACAUAACACAGUCUGAAUCUGAACAGUUGCUAAAUCUACAUUUUGAUUUCCCUAAAUGCAAACUGGGACCAAGCGGAAUUAAAAGUCUGCUUGGUGGGGGAUUUUGAUCACUUGGUGGUGCUAUUCAUGGCUUGGGGGGGGAAUCAUAGAGCUGGAAGGGACAACAAAGAUCAUCUAGUCCAACCCCCUGAAAUGCAGGAAUCUUUCUUCAACCACAGGGCUCAAACCCAUGACCCUGAAAUUUAAGAGUCUCACGCUGUCCCUACUGAGCUAUCCCAGGAGCUUCCCUUUUGCUUUAUAUGUUUAAAUGGCUUUAUAUGUCUUCUAAAAGUCCGGAGACUCUGCCUGAGAUUUCUAUGACAAGCAUAUCACACAAGAUUACUGAGUUGUACUUCUUUUUAUUUUGGGGUUCUAGGGAGAACGAGGAAUUCCUGGAUCACAUGGACCAAAGGGCAGCUCAGGACGAAGGGUAAAGAUAAUUAUAUAUUUUAACUGUCUGUUGGCAAAAGGCACUAAGGAAUGUUCAAACUUUUUUAUGUUAAACGAAGGUACGACCUGUGUACCAGUGGACUCAGAUAAGUUGAGCUGCAUUCUUACUUGUAUAUUUAUUCACAUGCAACACCCAACAAAUGUAGAGUCCAUGUACCUGUGCACACAAUUGUUGAGCUGCACAAAUAAAGAAGUGUUUGUUGUUUCACACAAACACUUGUAGAUGUGUAGAGAUAACUUGUACCUCUGUGUACGGUUGCCUUGCCUAUAAGGCAGAGCCUCUGAACUGUUGGAAAUGGCUCUGAACUGUCUAAUGACCAAGGCCCCAUUCGUACUAUACCAUAAACUCCAAUAGUUCUCUGAGGUGGAAGACUUCCUAUUCCACCACCGACAUCAUCAUUUUACUAUUCAUACCCCACCCACUUGACUGGGUUGCCCCAACCACUCUGGGUGGCUUCCAAGUUAUAUAAAAACAUAAUACAACAUUAAACAUUUUUAAAAAAACUUUUCUAUACAGGGCUACCUUCAGAUGGUUCUGGGAUUGGAUAACUCCAUACCCUUUGACAUUUCUCUGAUGAAAAUAGGGACUUCCUAAGGAAAAGUUGGACAUUCUGGGAUUAAAUCAGAAACUGGGACAGCUUCUUUAAAUCCGAAACUGUUUCUGGAAAAUAGGGACACUUGGAGGGUCUGCUAUACGUUCAGAGUACUAUCAUAUGCUUUAAACAGUGAUGACUCCCCUCAAAGAAUCCUGGGAACUGUAGACUUCUUAGGACACACCUAUUUCCUUUAACAAGCGGCAGGUUCGAGAGUUACCUGGGAAGAGGGUUUGACUGUUAAGCCAUUCUAAGAACUGUAACUCUGCAAGGGUGGUAGGGGUCACCUAGCAACGGUUAGCACCCUAAACAAACGAGUUUCAGGAUUGUUUGGUGGAAGCCAUGACCAUUACUGUGUUAUCGUACAGCUUUAAAAAUCUACUGCAGAUAGGACCUAAGUUUGGAAUAUAUAUCUAAUUCACAGGAAAGGAACUGAUGUUAGUCAGCAUUUCUUCUGCCCAGUCAGUGGCCCUCAUCAUUCUGAAAUAAGGCCCGAUGAGGUAAAGAUUGCAUUUGAUAAGGUGAGGUGGUACAUAACAUUUUAACUGCUGUUUGUCAUUUUUUCCCCUGGAUGAAGGGUAGAAAAGGCCCCAGAGGAGAGCCUGGUGAGCAUGGAGAGCUUGGUGUAAGAGGAGACAAUGUGAGUAAUGAUGGCUGCUGUUAUUAUUUUUUAAUCAAAAAUCCACACAUUUAUCGAUUUAUACCCAACCUUUCUCACAGAACUAGCUGCUUCCAGUUCUGGCCUUUGCAGCUCUUGACAGCCCUUCCGUCACCCCAAAUUUUGUUGUGGCUGGACUUACAAAAAAUGUAAGAAGGGGUCUGCAGGAUCAGGCUGAAAGGCCUAUCAAGUCCAGCAUCUGAUUCUCAUAGUGGCCAACCAGAGGCUGUGCUUUGAGAAGACCCAUUUCGCCUUGUUAGAAGUUACAAGAAAGUGGACACAAUCUGCUGUUCUACUAUUGGCACAGAACACAAAUACAUUUCUAAAAGGGAUAUGACAUGGACAUUAUUUUAGAUUUAAAAUGUUUUUCAACCUCUCUGACCUCUUUGUCUUAUGAAACUUAUCUCCAAUCAUCAAGUCAUCCGCUCAGAUUGCUCACUUGAGUUCAUUGCCGGAUGAUUCCUUUCAUUUCUUCAGGGAAAGAUUUUUGAUUGCAGGCCUAUAUUUCAACUUAAAAUGAAUGUUGAUGUCGGUCACCCACCCACCCCCCAGCUAUGCUAGCAUAGCAUAGGUCACUGGUAACACUUAAGUGUGUAUUUGUUCAUUUCAGGGGGUUCCUGGAAUUGACAACAAUGCCUUUGGUCCAGCUGGUGCAAAAGGAAUCAUGGGACGGCAGGUAUCCAGACAUCUAGAAAUCGUUAAGAACAAACUAAUGUGUAUAUCUGAAAAGAGAAGGCGUCAUUUUUGCAAGAUUGAAUGUUGAUAGCUUCUUUCAUUGAAACAGGGAUUUAUUUAUUAAUUCACUAAUAUUUAUUAAUAUUUAUCUUGGGGGCAAAAACCCCACCAAAGUCUUGCCAGCUUGGAUCCAGUUGACCUAUUUUGCAACCUUAAUCCUGAUUACUGGAGAGGGAAGAGACACAUGAACGCUGUGGAUUUUGGCAGAUCAUUGGGGCCCAAUGAAGACAAAUGGGAGAAGACGCCUCCAACAAUGUGCUUAGUUUGGAACUAGACUAGUCUCUAUUGUUCUGUUCCAUCAAAGUAGAUACGAUUCAUUGGCUCUGAUUCAAUUGGCUACGGUGAAACUGCUUACAAAGCAAUGCCGUACCGCAACUAUUCGGAUGAGUAUGUUUGCCUUGAAUUACAUGUCAGUGUUCAUCGCACAUGUCUGGAAUAUGUCAAAGGCACAAAUAUAAUUUAGUAAUCUCACUGUGUUCUGCAGGGGGACCUGGGAACUGAUGGCGUGCAAGGCGAGCCAGGCGAGAUGGGUGCAAAUGUAAGAGCAGCUGUAAUAGAGAAGAUGUAAAUGCAUAAAGGAAAUGCUAUGGCUCAGUUUACAGGGGACAAACUACUUCAAAAAAACAAAAAACCCAGAACAGAACCCCCUAAGAUUAUGUUGCAAUCCUGUACACUCUUUUCUGCAACUAAGCUGUCAGGUGUGGAGAGUAUGACUUCACAGACAAGAAUUAACGAGCACUUUCUAUUUUAUAGUCCUUUGUAUUCAAUCAUCUGACUGCAAGCAAAAAUCCACAUCUCUCCACAAGGAGAGAUAGGACCCACAAGCUACUAUAACUCCUCCCCUUCCAUCUCCUGCAACAUCCUGGGCGCCAACGGGAAGUUCCUCCUCUCUGCUUUCUUUGUUCUCUAAUACGGAUGGACCUCCUAGUUCUUGGGGAGGGGGGUCCCCCACACUCUGUAAUGACAUCUCUGCUGGCUGUUCCCUCCCUUCUGUUUCUCAGUCCAUUAUCUCGUAGCUAGGUAACUCCUGUCUAAGCUGCUCAGUGUUUGUGUCUCCCUCUGCUUCUGAAACCGCUGGAAAUAGGGAGAGUGAAUCUCCCCCGCUCCUCCUCGUCAAAGAGGAGCUGAUCUGCCUGAGAAUGCAUUUCCCAAUCCUCUGUUUCAGACCAUUCCCUGACAUAAGCCCCGUUGAAUUGCUUUUGAAUCAAUUACGCAUGGGCUUGUGCUGCAAGCCAUAGGUAAAGGUAAAGGGACCCCUGACCAUUAGGUCCAGUCGUGACCGACUCUGGGGUUGCAGCGCUCAUCUCGCUUUAUUGGCCGAGGGAGCCGGCGUACAGCUUCUGGGUCAUGUGGCCAGCAUGACUAAGCUGCUUCUGGCAAACCAGAGCAGCGCAUGGAAACGCCGGUUUCCUUCCCGCCGGAGUGGUACCUAUUUAUCUAUUUGCACUUUGACGUGCUUUUGAACUGCUAGGUUGGCAGGAGCAGGGACCGAGCAACGGGAGCUCACCCCGUUGUGGGGAUUCGAACCGCCGACCUUCUGAUAGGCAAGCCCUAGGCUUUGUGGUUUAACCCACAGCGCCACCCGUGUCCAAGCCAUAGGUAACUGGGCCCAAAUGCUACCCAGCAUUGGUAGGCUGAGUUUAUCAGAAAGUUGCCAACUCGUGGCCUACUGCAACCUGAGGCCUUUCACUGCUCACCUUAGACACUUUAGGAAAUGGUUCUCUUUCAUCUGCUGGUGACUCCCCCCCCCCCCCCAUAUGAACUAAUUUAGCUUCACUGCAAACUGGCUAGCCGGUUUUAACUCCUGGUGGUUUAAAAUGCAGGGCUGAUUGACAAAACACCUCCAAGUUAGCAGAGGUAGUGAUCGUCCCAUUGCGGAAGCUGGAGCAGCUGACUAGCCUCUUCAUUGACUUAGAAGGGUCCAAUGUAAGAUGAAUAUUUCCCAUAGGUAAUAUUCUACAGUUACGGUGGCCAUGCUUUACAGAGAAUAGUCCUCCACUUGAAGGAGUCCCCUAUUUGAAGGGCUGCCUGGUCCAAAUCUGGUUUAAAGAACCAUAAUGAGGGAGAGCAGGAGCUACCCAUCAACAGCACCUGGACAGCAGAUUGGCCACCCAUGCUUGUCACCUACUGGCAGUCUUCCCCGUUAAAGAAGUUCAGUGCAUCUCAGUUUAAAUAAUAGUAACUGGGGCAUAUCCAGCGCUUCUGUUAGUGCAUCAGACUUCUGCUUGUGCAACAGAAUUUUCCCUCCUCUCCUCUGCGCCCUGCUCCUUGGGCACCCUCAAAAUCUUCUCCAGGGAGCUGGAAGACCCUCUGGAGCAGAUUUUGCGGGUAUGCAGGGCAAGGAGAGGAAAGGAAAAUCCUUCUACAUGAGUGAUACUCUGUGCUUGCAAAGUUAGAUACAUAUAACUUGGCAUUUGCAAAUGGUAAUGCAAAUGUAUGUCAUUUAUUGCCCUCUUUUUUGGUGGUGGUGGUGGGGAAAUGCAUUUCUUCUUUUUGGAUGAUGUAUAAGUGGACAUAUAAAGUGCCAUUCUUUAAAGCUUGUUUUAAAAGCUGUUUCCUCCCCUUUCGUUUAGGGUCCCAAUGGCCGCAGAGGUCGUCCUGGCUUAGAGGUCAGUAGCCACUGCACUCACAUAAUGCUGAAUGUCUUAUUAUUAGCUUUUGCCCCUUAUUCCUGGAACCGAUGCAGGAACUGGCAUUGCCAUUCUGAAUAGUGAUGACUUGUGUUCCCUUCCUGUUCUGAAGCUGGAACUUCCUUGACUUGCGGAGCUAGAUAUCGAAAGGAGAGCUGUGCCUUUCAUGAAAACAAGGGCAUUGUUCUUGAUAAUCCAGUGGCCCAACCGAUCAGUAGAAAUUGAUCAUGAAGACUGGAAGGACCACAGUUUGAAACAUGCAGCAGUUUGAAAACUGCUGUUUCAAGAUCUGAGUUUGUGGUUAAUUCUUAAUCCUGGCUUAGGCUUCAUGGCAUUUCUCAAAUCCUCAUCUAAGCUCGUGCAUUAUUAUUUUUUUAAAUGUAAAAGGUAAAAGGACCCCUGACUAUUAGGUCCAGUCAUGGCCGACUCUGGGGUUACAGCGCUCAUCUCACUUUACUGGCCAAGGGAGCCAGCGUACAGCUUCCGGGUCAUGUGGCUAGCAUGACUAAGCCGCUUCUGGCGAACCAGAGCAGUGCACGGAAACGCCGUUUACCUUCCCGCCAGAGUGGUACCUAUUUGUCUACUUGCACUUUGACGUGCUUUUGAACUGCUAGGUUGGCAGGAGCAGGGACCGAGCAACAGGAAUUCACCCCGUCAUGGGGAUUCGAACCUCCUGCCUUCUGAUCGGCAAGUCCUAGGCUCUGUGGUUUAACCCACAAUGCCACCCGCGUCCCUUUUUUAAAUGUAGAACUGUUCAAAAUAUCUCCCUCCCUAUAUAUAGCAAAUGCAUGGAGGGGGUAGCAAGAGGAGUGUCCGCUAGCAAACCUCUGAUGGCCGCAUGUCUUCUGAUGCUGCUCCCCAGUGUCUGUGUGCUGAGUCGAACAUCACAUGCUAUGCGAAUGCAGCUGAACCAGGCUAACCAGCAUUUGCCAACAUUCGGUUCACUGGGCGGAUGUCAAGGAUGGGUCUGGGAAGUGUGUGGAUAUCGGGUGCUCCUGCUGCCCCCUCUAUGCCUUGGCUAUAGAUGUGAGCAGCUCUUGCAAACUGGGGCGUAGAGUGGGAGGGUGCCGGGGGGCUGUGGCCCAGGGUGCACAAUUUUUGAGUAGGCAUGAAUCGGGCGACCCCACCAUGGCCUGGCCUGGUGCUAAUCUCCACUCAUCAAGGGCUGCGUUGACCGGCCAUGCUCUCCCCUGCAUGGGCAGGAAGGCAGCUCAGCGCUGCCCUGUUUUGCUCUGAUAGGAGUGGGGUCACUCCAGCGGUGUUGCCGGUGAGGCCUGGGCUGGCGUUCCCCUACCCACCAAAAUUGUGCUCAUCCCGGGUGCCAGCAACUGAUGCUACACCACUGCUUGCAAACAAGCCAUGAAGCUGGAUGGGUGGCCUUGAGCCACUCACUACAUUUCAGCCUAACUUACCGUAUUUUUCACCCCAUAGGGCGCACCGGCCCAUAGGGCGCACCUAGAUUUUUUGGGGGGAAAUCAAGGAAUUUUUUUUUAUUUCCCCCCCGCAGCCAUCCCCAAACUAGAAGAGGGAGACGGAGCACUCCAUCUCCCUCUUCUGCCUCCCUUCAGGGACAGCCUCCCUCGCCUCCGUGGGGCAGCGGCUUGCCCCGUUGUCCCCUGAGCUUGUGGGGCUGGCGGUGGAGAGAAGCCUGCUCCAAACCAGGUCGGGGAAUAGCGGGAUGGCAGCGCUCCGCCUCCCCGCUGUUCCCCGAGCUUGUGGGGCACCAACCCCUCUCGCUCUCCAGGCUUCAGCGAAAGCCUGCAUUCGCCCCAUAGGACUCACACACAUUUCCCCUUCAUUUUUGGAGGGGAAAAAGUGCGUCCUAUAAGGCGAAAAAUACGGUACUUGGCAGGGCUGUUAUGAGACCCUUUGAUCUCCUUGGGCUGAAUGAAGUGGAAUAAAUCACCAUUUGAAACUUUUGUUCCAAAGACAGCCUGUCACUGACUAGCAGUUCCUCAGGAGUUUUGACCAGUCUGCCUACGUGGAUCAGCAUGCAGUUAUCAUUCAGCCUUUGCAUUUCUUUUGCUUUUGUGAUACGUUUCUUGAUUCAAAUGCACCAAAACGCAUAUAAGAAUGUGCAUUUUAGAGAAACACCUAUAUGCCAGAAAGGGUGUUGUUGUUUAGUCGUUUAGUCGUGUCCGACUCUUCGUGACCCCAUGGACCAGAGCACGCCAGGCACUCCUGUCUUCCACUGCCUCCCGCAGUUUGGUCAAACUCAUGCUGGUAGCUUCAAGAACACUGUCCAACCAUCUUGUCCUCUGUCGUCCCCUUCUCCUCCAUCUUUCCCAACAUCAGGUUCUUUUCCAGGGAGUCUUCUCUUCUCAUGGGGUGGCCAAAGUAUUGGAGCCUCAGCUUCAGGAUCUGUCCUUCCAGUGACCACUCAGGGCUGAUUUCCUUCAGAAUGGAGAGGUUUGAUCUUCUUGCAGUCCAUGGGACUCUCAAGAGUCUCCUCCAGCACCAGAAUUCAAAAGCAUCAAUUCUUCAGCGAUCAGCCUUCUUUAUGGUUCAGCUCUCACUUCCAUACAUCACUACUGGGAAAACCAGUACAGUUUUAGGGUAAAAUGCCCUAAAAUGCUUUUGCAGAACGAUGUGGAAACGGGGUGUAAAAGAUGAAUGAAUGCAGGUGACAUUGACAAAAAUAAAACAAAUCCCUCUCUUCCUAAGCUCUAUUGCUUUUAAGCCAUGCUUACAGGUUUCUUGGGCCUUUUGGCUGGUCCCUGUUUGAAAUGUAAUGCUAGACUGAAUAAUCAUUUGGUCUGCUCCAGCCAGACGCAUCUUAUGUUCUUCAUUUUCGCGGUGGGAUGAAGGGAGUUUGGCCUCAAAAUGAAAUGUCGCUUGCCCAAAGUUUACACAUCUCUUACACACCUGCUUCUGCCAACUUUACAACACCAGCUUCUUUGUAAGAUGUUUUCUUUGCAGUGUCAAUUUUACUUUGGAGCCGUAGAGGGCCCUGCAGGCUUUGGCUUUUAUCUGAAUUUACUUCUCCCCAUCCUGCCACAAACACACGUUUAAAUUGUCACAGCAGACCGCUUUUCUGUCCAAAGUUGAGCAUUACUCAGCAAUGCUUUCUUUAUUUCCUUACAAACCCCAUGCCGGUUAAUGAUUGCCUUAGGUGUCAAUAAAUGUUUUCUCGGAUUACAGCUCCUCCUGGUAAUUUUUCUUUUGUCACCAAACUAAAGCUUUGGAAACAGCUCCCAUCAUUUUUGCUCCAGGGAUUCAGGCAAAAAGCGCCAGUUGAACUACCUGAUGUUUUGAAAGCUGGUAAUUAUGGGUCUGUUUGCUUUGUUUUUUCCAUCUCUUUUUCUUAAAGGAAAAAUUAGACCAAGGGGGUCGUCUGCAUCCUUCUCCAUGAUACUUAAGUACCUUCAUUCACAUCCCUAAUGCUCAACCCAUGAUGAACGUAUGAACAUUCUUUUAGCAAUAGAGGGCCCAUCAUCUGUUAAGCCUGGCACCCUGCAUGGUUGGGCAGCCCUAGUCCCCCAGGUUUGUUAACACCUGUUCUCAUCUCUCCAGGCCAUGCAGUUUGGAUCCGCCAUUUAGUUUUCCCACAAUGCCUAGGAGUGGUGCUUCGUUGGGGACACUUUGGGAAGUUAAAAUGGCAGCAAUGGAUGGUAGCAAUGCCACUACACAUGAGUCAGCUGGGGCCACCAACUCUGCGGAGGAGACAAGUACUUAUUUAUGGACAUAUUUAUAAUUAUCAACUUUAGUCAAAAUAUAACAAUGCAGGAUACAACAUAUAAGAGUAAAAUAAACCAAAGUAUCCAUAAAAACUUCAAAAGAAUAACAAAAAGUCAUAUUGCAAAACAAUACUGUCUAAACAAUAUAGUUUUCAACAGUGGCAUGUUGUGGCUGUUUUGUUGUCGAGGUUGUGGUUGACUGUGCGUGAGAUCAAGUUUCUGCUAGUUAUUAUCUGGGCAGAAACUGCAUUUCAUUCACUCUCACAGAAUGCCGCAGGUCAGAAACGCGUGUCUCCUUUAGUACUUUUCUCUUCUCUUUGACAGGGCCUAAAAGGAAACGAAGGUGACCAAGGUCUUCCUGGUGAAAUGGGGCUACAAGGAAACCAGGUAAUAUAAAUCUGUGUUCUGUUGCCGUCUUGUCAAAGCUGAAUUCUGCAUAUUGUAGUGACUGACUCUCUGCAGGUUGUGAAUUGAAACAGCUAGGAUUUGUUUCCAGAAGCCAUUGUGUAUUGAAGCGGUUGCAUCAACGGGCCAGAGCCACUAAAAUAAGGCUGCAUCUGGGGCUUGGUCAACAUGCAUCAAAAAGCUAUUGUAUUCUGUCAGGGAACUGCCAUCGGCUAAGGGGGGAGAGGGGAAAAGCCAGAUGGAUUACAGAGACGCCCCAAAGAUCGUGGGAAGCAGCUCCUCCUCAGCAGAGGAGAGUAACCACGCCUCCAGUGGAGAGGAGCUUCAGGGCUCAGAGGAGGCGAGGCAGUGCCAGGACACCUUGCCUGGGCAAAGCGGGGAGGGGAGAGGUCCUCCGUUACCCACGCCCUCCUUGUGCAGUAAGCUUUCGCUCCAAGAGGGGAGGCGCAGACUGGGCGUCAAGAAACUACCGUAUUUUUCGCUUUAUAAGACGCACCAGACCACAAGACGCACCUAGUUUUGGGAGGAGGAAAACAAGGGGGGAAAUAUUCUGAAUCUCAGAAGCCAGAACAGCAAGAGGGAUCGCUACGCAGUGAAAGCAGCAAUCCCUCUUGCUGUUCUGGCUUCUGGGACAGCUGCGCAGCCUGCAUUCGCUCCAUAAGACGCACACACAUUUCCCCUUACUUUUUAGGAGGGAAAAAGUGAGUCUUAUAGAGCAAAAAAUACGGUACUUUGCUGGGGAAGGUUUAAGGACCGCCCACUCAUGGAUACUGCCAGUGAAUGAGCCAGCCAUGGGAGAAUGGCGCUCUGGACACAUAAAGUUUAUUUUGGCAUCAAAAGCAAGGCUUCACAGCCGAGCAGGGAGGCAUUUGCCGGCUUACUCUCAAGCAACCCCUUGGAACCCUAACAUAUUCCUUUGUCUCCUGUGUCAUUCAGGGUACACCAGGUUUACGAGGAAUACCAGGACCUAGAGGACUCCAAGGCUUUCCAGGACCCCAAGUAUGUCUUAAAAUGAUAUGUCUUACUUCGUCAGUCUUUUUAAGUCCAUAGGAACAUUUGCAAAAUGGAGGAACUGUUGCGGGCACCACAGACAUAACCAAUCGCACAGGACUACCUAUUCUGCUGUUGGCUUCAAGAGAAACUUCUUGCAAGCCUAAUUUCAGCAGGGAGAGGAGGAGACCGUGUGGGCCCCAACCAAAGGCCUCUCGCCUCUUAUACAUCCCCCAGAUAUUUCUGUGCACAAGUAUUUUGUUCCUAGUCACGGGUUUUGUAGUCUAUACUUUACAACUGUAGUAGAGCAUCCUGACUUUGCUUAUGCACUGCAUCAUGGGUUUUUAAUUCUGAUCAAUGCAAAAGUAUGUAGAGUGCUACUGAGCCUGAAUUUUGCUCGUGUUCAUUGAUGAUGGUGCCCAACUCACUGGGUUGCCCCUGCCACUCUGGGCGGCUUCCAAUGAUUUAUAUGUGCGUUUCAGCCAAUGCGUGUUUAAAUUUGCAAGCUGCUUCUAGGGUCAUUUGCAGAAAUCCCUGUUCCUAGUGUCCCCCUUUCCUCCAACCAGACUUCUGAAUCAUGUCAGCUCCCCGCAUCUCCAAAGCUUUCCUCUGAAAUGACUUUCUCACUGCUACUUACUCUGAACAAGUAAAAUCCCUCCAAAUACAACUUUGGGGCCUCACGUUGCCUAUUCAUCCGUUCAGCUGCAUUCUAUCAUAAGAUGCGGACUGACGCUUUUAAAAGAAAUAAAUGCCUUUAGUGUAUAUAUGUCUACAGUUCUAUGAUUCUGUGUCUGCCCUUUCUUCCGUAGUAGUUGAACAGACGUCAUUCAGGACUGCUGAAACCUGGAUGGGAUUAUAGAGAAAACACAAAACCUAUUUAACUGGCUGCCAAUGAUUGCUGUGGUUUUCUUAAUGUGACUUUCGAUAUGUGUUUCUGAUUGGAGGGUAGUCAAGGAAUCGAUGGCGCGCCUGGCUCCGUAGGGAAAGAAGGACCUAGAGGUCAGAAGGUAAGAACUGGUUUCAACAGUACCUUUUGUGUUUUGACAAAGUGUCUGAACACGUUUCUUCCGAAGUAAAACGCAGCCUUCGUUUUGUCCAGUAUAAAGAACAGCUCUAUGUAGCAAUUGAGCAGGGCUGUAAAUAUUUUUGUACUUUUAUACUCGGUACAAAAUGUAUCUGGAGCUGGUCCUUUGGAACAUGCGAGUCCACUUUUGUAUCAACUUCACCGGCUGCUGCCUAUUUGUCUUGCAGUUCAAAGCACUAGUUAACCCCUUGCUGAAUGGCCUAAAUCAGGGGCCGUUAACUUUUCAGGGCUGGUGGGCACAUAUGGAAUUUUGAGAAAAUUCCGUGGGCCCCAGUCACAAAAUGGCCGCUGUGGGAUGUGUGGCAUAUCACAAAAUGGCGGCUGUUAGGAAGAAGAAGAAGAGGAGGAGGAGGAGGAGGAGUUUGGACUUGAUAUUCCGCCUUUCACUCCCUUUAAGGAGUCUCAAAGCGGCUCACAAUCUCCUUUCCCUUCCUCCCCCACAACAAACACUCGGUGAGGUGAGUGGGGCUGAGAGACUUCAGAGAAGUGUGACUGGCCCAAGGUCACCCAGCAGCUGCAUGUGGAGGAGCAGGGAAGCGAACUUGGUUCACCAGAUUACGAGUCCACCAUUCUUAACCACGCUGGCAUUGGGAGCAUUGUAUGACGCAAAAUGUCAGAGCAGAAAAAGAAACAGUAACACAGAACAGUAUGGGAAGGCUCCCUGUUAUGCCAAUAAAGGCUUAAUGAAUGAAUGACAGAAAAAAGUCACUACCACACCACACUGGCAUGGGUGGGCACCCUUGUGCCCGUGUGUGCCAGGCUGGCAACCCCUGCCUUAAAUGACUUGGGAGAAGGUCAGAAUACUUAAAAGGGCUGCCAUCUUCUCCUAAGAUUAGCAGAAGAGAACGUGUGUGUGUGUGUGUGUGUGUGUGUGUGUGUGUUGCCACUCUGUUGGCUUUGCCUGGCAUUGGUGGCACCUACUGUUUACCUCCCUGCCUCCCGCCCUGUUCAGUCCCCUGCUCAAACUCACUAAAAUUCUCUGGAAUGAAAAUGCUGUCGGUUGCUAUCAGCUGUCUUUACUUCAAAUGGCUCGCCGAGUUGUGGAGUUCAUGAUGGUGAUCAUCCAUAUCUAACAUGGGGGGGGUAUUUUAAAAUAAAAUAACUCUUACAGAUAGUCUAUUAUUUGGUACCAUCUGCCAUUUAAAAUAAGUUAGGGUUGACAUAUGUCCAAUUUUUCCUGGGGCGCCAAUCAGCGAAAUUAGUACACAGGGAAUUUUUUUUUGAAAAAUCAGCAAAAUGUCUGGGGUUUUCCAAACAGAACCAGGAAGCUCAACAACCUUUGGGGCGAUUCCCCCCCCCCCAAAAAAAUGUGUCCAGAUUUCUACUACUUGAAAUGUGGCAACCCUAAAUAAGUUCCAUAGACUUCUCUGGCCUGGCCUUUUCCUCAUGGGGAAACCUGAGGCUUAGUUUUUCUAUAGGUGGGUACUAGGAUGAGGUGCUAACAUGCCCCUUCACACAUGUCUGAACAUUUCACCCAAAGCUUCAUCCACUCUAAUGGUAACCAGGGUUUCAUAUAAUCAGCAGUCUGUCAGGGAGAAGGUUAAGCUAGAAGCCUUCUGUCUGAAAUCUAGUUUUCUAUGUAAAGGGGAUUAUUUUGUCUGGAGGAGCUAUCCAUUAUGGAAGCCCCCCCACUUUCAGUCUGUGGCAGUACAGACAGUCCUGAGUUUGCUGCCUCAUUGAGAGCAAGACUAUAGGCACCAAAACAAUAAAAUUGGUCUGUACUAUUGGUCCGUAUUUAAUGGUUAAUCUCUGUUUUGUACUGUGUGAAAGGGAGAACAUGGUGAUCUUGGAGAAAAAGGCCUACAGGGGCUACCUGGACCAAGAGGCUUGACGGUGAGUUUUGCCUUUCUGAUUCCGAGUCUUGACGUUUGUGACUGAAUUUCUCUCCGCCUCUGAAAAAGAACGGUUGCUCCGUUUGAUUUUCCUUCAUCCUUUUUCUUCCUCUACUGGAAAGCCAUGUGUCUGUCCAUCUUUCUGUCUGUUCCCUACGCAUCUGGAAACCUCUUGAGAUAUCACUGGCAAACAUGGCAUGACGGUUCCCAAGAUGGAGGAGCUUUUUUUUAAAAAAAUCCAUCAGCUGCCAUCUUGGAUCCAGAUGGCAGACCGAAACAUUCUAAACCGCACCAAUUUGGACACUUCUUAAGAUAUUGCUGCCAUAUUUGGCACAAUGGUUCACAAGAGUAAAACCGCAACAAGUAACUUGUCCUGUAGAAGAUGUGCCAAGGAUACAGUUUGUGGGUUUCUUGCCAAGAUGCCGGUCAUUUCUUCUCAGCAGUGCUGGAUUUAUGUAUAGGCUGAAGCCUGGGGCCUCUAAAUCUAGGGGGCCUUGCUAGCCUGCCCACUCCCCAGUGGGCAGUCUCCCCUCUCCCAAAAUUGCAAACCCAAGACUUCAUGCGAGGGCAGGGCAACUCAGUCCUCUGAAUCUAGGGGGCCUCACCAGCUUGAUCUCUGCCCAGUGCCACAGUCUCCCCUCUCCCAAAAUUGUAAACCCAAGACUUCAUGCAAGGUCAGGGAAACUCAGGCCCAGAAACUAUGAGACUUAGGGCUAUCCAGUGGGGCCAAAUUUGAAGCAGUGGGGCGCAACUUGAAUUUGUUUUUGUAGGGCCCCAGUUCACUGCCAAAGUCUGCAAAAUCUUAUAGAUAUAAAUAAAAUCCAUCUAGAUUGCCCUGGUGUGGGGGGCCCCUUAGGAGCGGCACGCAGGGCCCAAUUUGGCCAAAUUGCUCCAAUUGCCUUAAGGUCAGCCCUGAUGAGACUGUGCAGGGGUUGGACUGACAAGCCCUGCACCUUCUAGGUCCCUGGUGUCACUAUUCAGAGUACAGACUCAAGGACUUGUUAUGGAAAUAAAGGGGGGCACUUAUUGGAAAUCAGUUUUGUCACCUCCCCCCCAAACCCCGGGACGAUGAGCCCAGCCACUUUUUAUUCACAGUUGCAUAAGCACUACACUACAGCAUGGCCAUAAACCUGUAGGUUCAACCGCUGAAAUAUACACCCAAUAUGUAGCAAUGGAGAUUUAUGUUACUUCUUUAUGCUUUAUGUGUUUUAUGAAUGGACUCUGUAUUUUGUGAAUUACCUAAGAGCCACCAAUAGGGAGCUCUAGAAUCUGACAGAUAACCAACUGGGUUGUACCAAGCAGCGACCCCUGUUGCUGAAAGCAGGUAACCAGCAGGAAACGCUUCAGCUCAGCCUUAGCACUGUUAACUGAACAACCCCUGCUGUGCAGAUAAUGGAGAAAGCUCGUAAAUUGUAUCCCUUCCGGCAUCCUGGCCAACUCUAUUACACUGGUGUAAACCCUGGUGCACCAGAAGCCCAGAAUAGCAGCAAAUAAAAUCCGCUUAUACGUCAGUGACUGAUAAGACUUGUCAACCUGUUCUUCCAAAGCCUUCCUAUAAAGAUCCAAAAUACUGGCCAAAAGAGAGCAGGUCUGGGAAGAGUGAGGCAUACAAUGGGCACCACCAGUGAAAAGCCCCUGCUCCAUGUAGCUCCUGUCCUGUCAUUUGAUAGGGUGCCCACUUGCCCUCCUUCUUGACAUGGAAUGCUCUCUAUUGGAGUCUCCCGGUCCAGUACAAAGACCAUAAGAAGAGAGAGCAGGGACCUUGAAAUUCCCAGCAGCUGUUAAUCAAGCAAGCAAGCAAGCACACAGGUCAUCUUUGCCACAGUCAGGACUUGUUUUUGUACAAUCUUGUUUGUCCCCAGUAACCAAAAUUAUAUUAUCAACAUAUACAAGCAGAGAAGUUGUUUUUCUUCAUUUGGAAGGAAUCGUACAAAACAAGGGGGCACUAAGAAAGAAAAGUUCCAGGGUAGCAAAGGAAAUGAAACUAAAAAUGCUUUUGCAUUUUCAGAACUACCCAGCAAUAUCAAGUUAUAGGAAAACUGGUGCUAUUAACAUUAACCCUAAUUGGUUAAUUGAUUUGGCAACUUCCAUGCACAUGAUGUCUGAUGCUAAUUCCCCCCCAAAGAGUUAAAUGAGAUUCAGGUGAGGCUCAUAUGCCUUGUCAAUCCCAGCAGGUAUAUAACAGGAAGUCCCGGCCUGCCCAGGCCAAUUUGUUUCGUCCGGUCUACUUUGAAUAGAACUUAGCUGAAUGCAAUCCUCACUCUGUCUAAUGGUAGGGCCAGCCCUAAAAGUCUUUUAAAAAACAUUCUUUUGAUUUUUCUAUUCCUUGCAGGGGCUAGAUGGUGACAAUGGCUAUGGUAUACAAGGACAAAAAGGAGCAAAGGUGAGAGCCAUGCUGUGAAGUUUCAGCCGCAGUGAACUAUCACUCUUCAGCAGGGGUGGGGAACGUGUGGCCCUACAGAUAUUUUUGGACUAAACUCCCAUAAUCCUUGCGCAUUAGCUGUACUGGCUGGGGUUCAUGCAAGUUAGAGUCCAGCAACAUCUGUAGGGUAACAGCUUCACCAUCCCUGCUAUACAGUGACAACCACUAACAGCAGGCAGUGCAAUCUUUUAGGAUGUCUCUUAUGGAAACCUCAUUAAAAGAAAACGAGGGUGCCCUUGCACAGAUUUCUUUAGUUGCUGUUGGGUUUGUGCAGAUGUUCCUGGUGGAUUGUGCCUCCAAUAUUAUAUGGAUUUAUUGAGCACUGUUGAAUAGACUCAUAGAAUCAUUGAAUUGUAGACUUGGAAGGGGCCACAAAGAUCACCUGGUUCUGCAAUGCAGGAAUCUUUUGCCCAAUGUGGGUCUUGAACCCACAACCCUGAGAUUAAGAGUCCCGUGCUCUACCGGCCGAGCUAAAGCACACAUUGGGGAUGUAAUCAUUCUCAUUUUGUUUUGAAAACACAGCCCAUGCUUGCCAGCCAGUCUGUUAAAAGUGCCCCUGAUCACACUUGCACCCAUACAUGGAUGUAUGUCACCACUGUGAGCAGUUUCCAAAAUCUUGGGUCUGUUUGCCUGCUUGGGUGUGGGAAUCCUAAUCUUUGUUAAUGCAGGAAUGCUUAUUAAUUUACUGGUAGGGAUCAGAGAAGCGUGCUUGUAGUGACUGUGUGCCAAAAGGGUCAGGAGCAGAACAAAGCAACGCUUACAUCCAAGUCGUUAUGCUUUGGUAAGCCCAGCUCAGUGAUGGAUUUGGUGCCCUGUGCGAGGUCAAAAUCCUGGAGCUCUCCCGCCUGCUGGGAAAGUGCUAAGUAGGCUUUGGGGUGGGAGGGCUCUAGGAUCCUACCAGAGCCUCAUGCCUCCUUCCCAAAGCCCAAUGCCUUGCUUUCUGGGCUUUGAGACAGAGCUCAGGGCCCAAUGCGUGCACACCACUCGCAGAGCCCUAAAUCGCCCCAUUCUCAGAAGAAAGGGCAGCCAAUUCGUAGCACAGUUUGCUUCCUUUGUCAUGCUGGCUCAUGUUCUGGCUUUGCAUAGUCACAUGCAGAGUGAAGCUUUAUGAACCAAAGUGCCAAGAGGCCUCCUUUGGAUGAGAGUGAGGCAGAGCACAUUGGUAACGUUCCAUUUUUAAUUGUGGACAGCACAACGCCACAAGCGCAACCCAUUCCAUAACUGACAAGGGACCCAUGUUGCUGAGAUCAUAUAACAAAAUAGAUUCCGUUCGAAAUAUUAGAAGCCAGUAUAAAUGUUUGUUUUGUUGCAUUACCUGGAGAUCUGGAUAUUUGUCUGCCGAUUUUUUCUAGUGUCCAAAACAAACAGUGGAAUGGAAUGCAACACUCAACACUUCCAAUGCAUGAUAAAUAGUUGUGAUUGGGAAAGAAACACGACAAUCUUUCCUGUAUCAAGUGUAGUAUUCUGGAGUCUGACGGUCGUCCAAAAACUACAGAGGGAGAUGUAUAAGAACUAACUUCAUGGAAAGUUAGUUCUUCUGGUUGAAUAUGGAAGGAUGUUUUGGCAGCUUCUACCUUCUGGAAGAAGGUACAGGGUUAUAAAGACUAGGACUAGCCACCUGAUAAACAGUAUCUAUCCAAAUGUGAUUUUGGUUUUAAACGCAGUGUAAGGUAUUCAAUAUAGGAUGCGGGUGGCGCUGUGGGUUAAACCACAGAGCCUAGGACUGGCCAAUCAGAAGGUCGGUGGUUCGAAUCACCGCGAUGGAGUGAGCUCCCAUUGCUCAGUCCCUGCUCCUGCCAACCUAGUAGUUCGAAAGCACAUCAAAGUGCAAGUAGAUAAAUAGGUACUGCUCCGGCGGAAAGGUAAACGGCGUUUCCGUGAGCUGCUCUGUUUCGCCAGAAGCAGCUUAGUCAUGCUAGCCACAUGACCCGGAAGCUGUACGCCGGCUCCCUCGGCCAGUAAAGCGAGAUGAGCACCGCAACCCCAGAGUCGGUCACAACUAGACCUAAUGGUCAGGGGUCCCUUUACCUUUAAGGUAUUCAACUAUGGGGUAUCAGAGUUUUUAGGGGCUAACCAGGCUGGGAUAGCUGGGAUAACAGGCUUGUGGGUUUUUGAAUGUCUGAUGUAGAUUUUUCCAAUUUCGUUGUUCUGUAUGGGACAAUGACAAUAAAGAUUAGCAUAUCGUAGGGUGAAUGGAUCCUACGGGCUUUAUUGUGACCAGCUCAGGAUUCACUCUCCUGCUCUGUCUUUAACUUGCUUCUUGAUGCUGCAUCAGUGGCAUAGCGUGGGGUGCCAGUGCCCGGGGAAGGAAGGAAGGGAACAGACAGUGUAUGCAUGUGCAUUCAACUGCCUAAAGCAUCUGCGUUACCCAGGAGAUCGCAGCCGUAGAGAUAAGAAGAGUUGUUCUGUUGUCUGGCGAGGUCAUUUCCUGUUUUGCAUGGAGAAGCUGUUUUCAACAGAGCCCAGUGCCGGAAGCAGUUAGCUGUAUUAAGGCAGCACCGGGUACUGAAAUUGCAUGACCCCAACAAAUUUUGUGCCCAGGGCAACCUCCACCCACACUUCGCCACUGUGGUGCAUUAAUGAUUUUGACAGUGCACUAAUCUGCACCUCCAUAAUUGCAUUAUUCUACCUCUCCUUUGAUGCCAGAGUAACUCACCUGGGCGACUGUUGUAAUGUCAUAGGCUGUGACAUUUUCAUAUCUCCACCCUAUUCAGACAUUAUUCUCCAUGUGAUUAGGAUCAUAUGAAGGAAGAGGAGCCUUACCCACUAUACAGUACCAGCAGAUCAGGUUUCUUAAGCUGAUGAUUAACUUUUCUAAUGAAGCAGAUAACUGCAGUACUGUUGGAGUGGCCAUGAGAUGUAAUAAAAGCUGCCUGGGAUAUGACACCAGACACAUUCAAUGACACAUUCAACUUGGCUUUACUCAGAGUAUACCCAUUGAAAUGAAUGAACAUGACUAUGUAUAGCCCAUUCAUUUCAAUGGGCUUGCCCUCAGUAAAACUAUAUAACAUAUAUAGUUGCAUUUGCAUUUAUAAACAAUUAAAAUAGUUGCACAUGUAAAGCAAUACAACACACACUCCAAUACAGAUACAAAAUUGUAAAUGUGUUUAAUCUAAAAGAAAAGAAAAUAGAGCUAUUCUUUUUAAAACAACAGCAAAGAAAAGGUUGUGAAACGGCCAGCAAGGAAGUCACAUGAGAUCAAAGUUUUGUUUCUGUUUCUUUAAUUCCAGGGGCAGCCUGGAUUUCCUGGAAACCCUGGAUUGCAGGUAUUGCUUAUACUCCUACAGUGACUCAUUUAUGUUUCCUGUAUGGGUUGUUUUGAUGCGGGUAGCGCUGUGGUCUAAACCACCAAUCCUCUUGGGCUUGGCAGUCAGAAGGUCGGCGGUUCGAAUCCCUACAACAGAGUGAGCUCCUGUUGCUCUGUCCCAGCUUCUGCCAACCUAGCAGUUUGAAAGCAGGCCAGUGCAAGUAGAUAAAUAGAUACCACUGUGGCGGGAAGCUAAAUGGCGUUUCCGUGCGCUCUGGUUUCCGUCACGGUGUUCCAUUGCACCAGAAGCGGUUUAGUCAUGCUGGCCACAUGACCCGGAAAGAUGUCUGUGGACAACAGCCAGCUCCCUUGGCCUGAAAGUGAGAUGAGCGCCGCAACCCCAGAGUCGCCUUUGAAUGGACUUAACCGUCCAGGGGUCCUUUACCUUUUGAGUGGUAUGUUCCUUAUUUUCAUAGUCUUUAACUAGAUGUGUUGAUUUGGGCCAUGGUUUGGGGCAGAGGGAGUUUUAACACUUGACCUUGCACCACAGCCUUGGUCCAGUUCGGAAGCCACAAAAUGGCUAAACGCAUACUCUUUUUCUCCUCUUCAGCACAUAGCAACUCUGGGAUGGCGACAGGAUAAUGCACUCCCCACUGUUAGCUGCUUUGGGUUUCCCUCAGGAAGGAAAAUGAGGUUAUGGGCAAUAAAUGAAAGGAACCCAUUGGACUAGGGCUGCCAUAAAAGGACAAAGGCAUGCCACUCACAAUGGCUUCGAUCCAAAUUAACUUUCUUUUCGUGCAAGGAAAGGAUAAGCAAUCCAAACAGGAGCUCUUAGCUGCAAAACUCUACUUCUGAUUCCUUUCUAGGGUGAAGAUGGAGAUCCAGGCAUUCCUGGAGAUAAAGGUGCCAAAGGAAUUAGGGGACAACGGGUGAGGAUGAUAAAUGAUCCUAAGCGGUUUGAUAUGUGAGAGAGGAGAAUUCUCUUUAUAACGGUUCUUAAAACUCCUGAUGGUUUCUAUCAGAUGCCUUAAGCUAGAAUCCAGUUGCUGCAAUUUGUGACAGUCUAAUAAUGCCUCAGAGCUUUGUGAAAAUGGCCACUCAAAAUCCCGCCCUGCCCCCUUACUGUGGGAAUUUGCUGGAUAUUCUCUGGACUUAUUCAACAUUUCGAGGGCACUGAAAAAGAAAAAGGAAAUGUUUCUGUGCACCGCAGAUCAUUUAAAAAUAUUAUUAGGGAAAAACCAGUAGAAUAUCUGUUUUAAUUGACAAUAUACUGUAGAUCCCAAGUUAUUUCUGGGAAACCCAGCCAGAUGGGCGAGGUAUAAAUUAUUAUUAUUAUUAUUAUUAUUAUUAUUAUUAUUAUUUCAAAUUAAAAGCACAUCAUACAUGAAAAGUACAUUAAACAAGGUAACUGAAACCUAAGCAAAACAUGUUGGGUUUAAAAGAAAAGAAAGUUUUCAGGUCCCCAAUCCAUGCACGUUUUACUUGGGAGGAAGCCCCAUUGAACUUGGUUGGGAUUUACUUCCGAGUAACAGUGGCAAUUUUAAUCUGAAAUCUUAAACACUGUACUGCACCCAGAGCUCAGAAACUGCUUGUGUUUAUGAAAUUCCUUGUCGCAAAAUGCGCCUAGAACAAUGGGAGUUUUGAACUCUGAGAAAAAAGAAUUGGUAGGAGCAGGCUCCAAGCUCAUUUGCUAUCUUUAGCAAUAUUAAAAUGUGAAAUAAUAUUGAAUCCACAGCUGCCUAACUUUAUUCACAGUCAGAGAACUGGGGGGAGGAAGGCAUUUCACUGGGACCUGAAAUUUCAUUUCAAGGGAGCUGAAAUUAUCUAAGAGUUUGGAAGGAACCUAAAAAAUGAAACUUUCAAAAAAAUUGAAUUUUCAGCCAACCCAAAAAACCUCCAAACCUUUUGUUUUCACUUAUGAAGCCUGAAACAAGUUGUGUUAUUUUAAUGGGGCCUUUGCAUUUUUAAAAGGGCCGUGGUGGAACACCAGGAGCAGUUGGUGAUCCAGGACGCUGGGGAGAACCUGGAAGAAUGGUAAAAGAAAUACAGAUUAAUAUUGAACUGUGAAACCAAAUAUAGCUGAAAAUACAUUAUCAAAUUAUAUUUUCUGGAUCAGGCUUAUAUAAACAUAAAUAUGGCUAUGAGUUUCAUCUGCAAAAUCAACAGCACAGUAUAGAAGUAGCUAAGUGUUGAAUUCAAAUUAUGCUUUCCUUUUCAAAAUUGCUCCAUAAACGUGUGAAAGAAUCUGGGGUGGGGGAAGGAAUGAUUUUGAGUUCAAUCUAGAAUCUUGAUUUGUUGCUGUCGUUUAGUCGUUUAGUUGUGUCCGAAUCUUUCUGACCCCAUGGACCAGAGCACGCCAGGCACUCCUGUCUUCCACUGCCUCCCGCAGUUUGGUCAAACUCAUGCUGGUAGCUUUGAGAACACUGUCCAACCAUCUCGUCCUCUGUCGUCCCCUUCUCCUUAUGCCCUCCAUCUUUCCCAACAUCAGGGUCUUUUCCAGGGAGUCUUCUCUUCUCAUGAGGUGGCCAAAGUAUUGGAGCCUCAGCUUCAGGAUCUGUCCUUCCAGUGAGCACUCAGGGCUGAUUUCCUUUAGAAUGGAGAGGUUUGAUCUUCUUGCAGUCCAUGGGACUCUCAAGAGUCUCCUCCAGCACCAUAAUUCAAAAGCAUCAAUUCUUUGGCGAUUAGCCUUCUUUAUGGUCCAGCUCUCACUUCCACACAUCACUACUGGGAAAACCAUAGCUUUAACUAUACGGACCUUUGUUGGCAAGGUGAUGUCUCUGCUUUUUAAGAUGCUGUCUAGGUUUGUCAGCAACAGCAAACUGUGGAUAUACAGUGGUACCUCGCAAGACGAAUGCCUCGCAAGACGAAUGCCUCGCAAGACGAAUGCCUCGCAAGACGAAAGAGUUUUCCGUUUUUUGAGUCGUUCCGCAAGACGAAUUUCCCUAUGGGCUUGCUUCGCAAGAUGAAACGUCUUGCGAGUUCUUGCGAGUUUGUUUCCUUUUUCUUAAAGCCGCUAAGCCGUUAAUAGCCGCUAAGCCGCUAAGCCGUUAAUAGCCGCUAAGCCGCUAAGCCGUUAAUAGUCGCUAAGCCGCUAAGCCGCUAAGCCGCUAAUAGCCGUGCUUCGCAAGACGAAAAAACCGCAAGACGAAGAGACUCGCGGAACGGAUUAAUUUCGUCUUGCGAGGCACCACUGUACACAGAAAUCCAUUUAUUCUGAACUGAACAUUCUCUGCCAUGGACUGCAUCAUUCUACCCGAGGGGUAGGGCAUUGUUCCCCACAGAAUUAGGAUGUGUGGGAAAAUAUACUAAGUAUUGCCUGCUCCUGUGCUCCCUGAAGGAAUACCAGCAUUGCAAGCUGAAGGAAGCAUUACAAGCUGAUCAUGUUGGAGAAUCAUGAUCACUUAGGGAAUAUGGCCCAGUUUGCAUGUAACGCUAAGCCAAAACAUGACUUAGAAAACAUGGAUUCUCUCCUUCUCUGCUUCUCUUAGCUGGUGAGCCAAGUCACCGUUUAACUUUGUAUUAUGUCCAAACCUGAGCUCAUUGUCUGUCCCCCAGACAAACCGUAAGAGGUAAAGGUUCAUAGAAUGAACCUUGGCUGGAGCCAGAUAAGCCAAGAAUUGGGUUUUUACUAGGGAUGAGGGAUGAUUUGAUUUCCAUCUUAAAGGCAAAUUUGCCUUCACUUUUCCAAUGCAAUAGGUGAGAUCAAACACAGUCAUCCAUUGAAAUUUACAUGUCUUCCUGCUUUCUUCAUACAAGUAAUGCGUUCAAAAACUAGGCUUGCCAUAUAUUGAAUAUUUUGUUGAGCUUUUUUCGGGGGAAGGGCAGGCAAAGUUGGGGUUUUUUUAAUAGCUUUUUAAAAGCUUUUUUGGGGGGGCGAAAUUCUCUGAAAAAACCCAACUCUUCCAAUAUGGGCUGCCAUAUACCCGAGUUUCCCCAGACAUUUUAACCGCUUCAGGUUAUGCCCAUUAAGGCAUAUAUUAAUGAAAAUAACAUACAGAAAUGCAUUAUACUAAAGGGAAAUUGCAUACAAAUAUGUGUAUAUUAAGCAAAAUACAUAUAUUAGGAGAAAUCACACAAAAAUACUGAUGAAUCUUCAUGAAGACUUUAAAAAAAAUAGUAAUUGUAAACUGAUUUGAAAAUGUGGAGAACACAAUUUAAGAUCGGGAAAAUGAGAAACAGAAAUCGACAUAUUCACCCAUCCCUACUUUGGGCGUAAGGCUAAGCAGAGAAAAACAGCUGCAAUCUUCUUCUUGAGAACCCACAUGUUUGUUUGUUUGUGGUUUGGCUUAGCAUGAUAAAAAAUUGUGGAAUUGUAGAGUUGGAAGGGACAAUGAGGAUCAUCUAGUCUGUGCAGUGCAGGAGCCUUUUUACCCAACAUGGGAUUCGAACCCACGACUACGAGUUUGAGUCUCAUGCUCCACCAACUUAUGCAAACCGGGAAAAUGUAUGAAACUCCCCCCCCCUCACACACAUCAUAUCGGGGUGUGUUCAUCAGCAUGUGUGUAUGUAUUUAUGUACAAGUGUAUACAGAAAUGGGGGAACAGGGUAAUUUGAUUUCCUAAACGUAUACCUACUUUUUUCAGGGUCGUAAAGGACAAAAAGGCGAACGAGCAAUGACGGUAUGCGAUAAGCUACUUCCUCACACCUGAUACACCAGGAACUUAUCAACCAGUAAAUGGAAAUAUACAUAGAAUUGUGUUCUUAACGGCCGAGCUUCAAAAUUCUUCCUUGCUAAAGGAAAGGGCAACAAAUGAUCAGUGAAGCAGUCAUUGGGUGGCGAGUUCCCGCCUCCCACCAGUAGAAAUAAACACACAAGACACCGAUAUUUAGGUUAAUGGGCUAAAAUUGGCCACAACUUUAUUGGUUACAGGUGAUGAGUGGUAUUGGCUUAGGCAUUGGUCCUAAUUGACAGUCUGGCUGCCUGAAGGCCAGGAAGGGUUAACACCAGCAGGGGGAGCCCUGCUGAUGCACAUCAACUAGGCACUCCCCUGGGGUCACCGCUCAGGGGCGUGCCUUGGGUCCUGGCCUCCAUAGGCUUCGGACGGGGCCACGCCCCCCGGAAUCCUUUACCGGACUACCCUUCACUAACCGGGGGAGGUGAUGGCGCUUCUCCCCCCAUUCAUCUAUAUAACAAUACCCCUAUCAAUGCCUAACCGCCAAACUGAGGAAGUUGUGACGAUUUGCUAUGAGGUAGGCGAAAAAACCAAAUGGCUGGCGCCAAUUUGCCUAGUGGAAAAUUCCUACCAGGCCCCUUAACGGCGACCAACCGAGGUCCAUAGCAAGGUCAAAGGAGAAACCUUGAAGGGUGGGAGGGUGGGUAAUUCACCCAGCUGAGCGGCGGCCAAAGAGGAAGAUCCCCUGCUGCGCAUGCCUUAAAUGCGGCAAGCCACACCCCUGAGCCAGCCGAUUGGCUGGCCAGGGGGAUGACGCGGCAAAGGAUUCCCCUGAUCGCGCGGGGCUGGGAGCCAGCCUCCGCGCGAGUGUUGGGGGCGUGACGCCUGCAACACCACCUCCUCCCGAGAUCGGAAGUGGCUUUGGAUGGGAGAAGUGGGAAAUCUGGGCUGAAACAUGGAACCUGGUACAGUUCCAACUAAUGUCUGCCACCGUAGAGCUUCAUUUUUUGACAGCUUGGUGGUUAUUUAUUGUAUCAGGUUAAUUUAAUUGCCUUUUAUUUAUUUAUUACAUGCUGUUUUAGGAUUGUUGUAUGUACGCAGCCUUCCGAUGCCAACAUGGCAACUGACAUUUCAUUGACAGUAAAUAAAAUUUGCCGCAGCUGUUAAAAAUGAGAGCUGUAUUUUAGAAUGGGCUGCAGCCUUAUGCAUACUCACCUGGGACUAAAUUCCAUUGAACUCACUGUGAUUUAGGCAUGCCUAGCAUUGCACCAUUGACCACACUGGUUUCCCCCCCUUAUCUACAGCCUUGUGAACUUGUAAACUUCACCAGAGGAAACUGCCGUAAGUAAUGACCUCCUCUUAGUACUAAAGACUAGCAGAGGGCCUUGCCAAUCUGAUAGUUGUAAUUUGACGCAGGUUGUGUGCACUAAAUGUUUAGGGAAGUUUUUAAUGUGUGACAUUUUAAUGUAUUUUUAAUCUUUGUUGGAAGCCGCCCAGAGUGGCUGGGGAAACCCAGCCAGAUGGGCAGGGUAAAAAUAAGAAAUUGUUGUUAUUAUUAUUAUUAUUAUAAAAUAGAUUUGUUUCUCCAUCCUUUGGGGGAUUUCUUUAAAAGUGAACCCCUUUCCUGUCAAAUGAGCUUACUUUCAAAAGCUGUGGUGUCCAAAAGAAGACAGAAUUAUUGCACCUUUAAUAAAGGUAAAGGGACCCCUGACCAUUAGGUCCAGUCGUGACCGACUCUGGGGUUGCGGCGCUCAUCUCGCUUUAUUGGCUGAGGGAGACGGCAUACAGCUUCCAGGUCAUGUGGGCAGCAUGACUAAGCCGCUUCUGGCAAACCAGAGCAGCACACGGAAACGCCGUUUACCUUCCCGCCGGAGCAGUACCUAUUUAUCUACUUGCACUUUGACGUGCUUUUGAACUGCUAGGUGGGCAGGAGCAGGGACCGAGCAACGAGAGCGCACCUCGUCGCGGGGAUUCGAACCGCCGACCUUCUGAUCGGCAAGUCCUAGGCUCUGUGGUUUAACCCACAGCACCACCUGUGUCCCUUUAAUAGUUGUCUGGAAAAGGUAUCUCAGCAGGUUUAACUUUUUCAUGGACACUACUGUUAAAGGUGGAAGAACCCUGUCUCUCUUUUGCAUCUGCCCUUGGUUAGGAGUGUAAAUGGAGGACAGCAGUAACACAGCACUGGACUGUGUUGAUCUGUCUUUUACAAUAUCACCCCAAAGGAUAAAAGUAUUCUCUCUCUCUCUCUCUCUCUCUCUCUCUCUCUGUGUGUGUGUGUGUGUCAUAGUCUAAUUUUAUCAAUCCUUUGAACAUACACCUGCCAUUUUUGCAUAGGAACGUUCCCAAUGUACAAAAACAGAAAACGAUAAAUUAUGAAACCUUUACAAAUACACACAUUAUAAUUUUUGCAUCUAAAUUGACUUUAUUUACUAGUAACAUUCCAGUUAGGACCUGUCUCAAAUCGGUCAUGUUCUCCUGAAAUCUUCAGUUUGCAGAUGGUCUUUAAUCCUCACAAUGUCUAUACUGAGGUAUUAUCUUAUAAAUAAGCCUAAAAAUACCAAGUUCCGUAGCUACUCAAAGGCCUCGUUCACACAGCAAUCAGCCAUGAUAUGUUAAAGCAUGUUUUGGCUGAUUGUUCAAACCCUCUCCAGUGGCUUAACUGUGAUUUGUUUACUGCCAACAAACCAUAGUCAGAAGCCAUAGUUGCUUGUGUUAACUAUAGUUUGGCAAUAUGUGUGAACCCAGCAUAUUUCCUUAACCAUGGCUUGCUUGCUUACCAGCCUACAAAGGCAUGAGACAAGAGCUGCUGGAAAACAAAACAUAGUUUAGAGAAACAAGCCGGGAUUUAACUGAUGAUCUAAGGGACAACUUGUGGUGAACUCGUAAAGAAAACAUGGCUUAGUGUUAUGUGCAAACCAAGCCGAUAAUUUCAUGGCUGGGCUAAAAUCUGAACUCACAAUUCCCGGCUUAAAUAAGGCAUGCUGUGACUACAUUCUUUCUGCUACUUUGCUUUAUCCAAAGCCGAAAGCGAAUUUUUCAUUGAAUGUCGCAACAAGCGAAACGCUCAACACAAGUUCUGUCUGUGUGUUUUUGAGGGUUGUUAUUGGAUAUGUAAUGUAUGUGAAUGAACAAAACCAAAAGACACUAAGUGACAUUAAAUCCCCUUUCUUUUAUCUCAUCCAGCUUGCUGUAUAGGUAAGUAGAUCUGCAUUGGCUCUCAGUACAUUUCUGAGCACAAUUCAAAGUGUUGGUGCUGACCUUUAAAGCCCUAAGCAGCCUCGGCCCUGUAUACCUAAAGGAGCGUCUCCACCCCCAUCGUUCAGCCCGGACACUGAGGUCUAGCUCUGAGGGCCUUCUGGCGGUUCCCUCAUUGCAAGAAAUGAGGUUACAGGGAACCAGACAGAGGGCCUUCUCAGUAGUGGUGCCUGCCCUGUGGAACGCCCUCCCUUCACAUGUGAAGGAAAUAAGCAGCUAUCUUAUCUUUAAAAGACAUCUGUAGGCAGCCCUGUUCAGGGAAGUUUUCAAUAUUUAAUGCUGUAUUGUUUUUAACACUCGAUUGGAAGCCGCCCAGAGUGGCUGGGGAAACUCAGCCAGAUGGGCAGGGUAUAAAUAAAUUAUUAUUAUUAUUAUUAUUAUUAUUAUUAUUAUUACUAUUACAGUGGUACCUCAGGUUACAUAUGCUUCAGGUUACAUAUGCUUCAGGUUACAGACUCCGCUAACCCAGAAAUAGUGCUUCAGGUUAAGAAGUUUGCUUCAGGAUGAGAACAGAAAUUGUGCUCCAGUGGCGCGGCGGCAACAGGAGGCCCCAUUAGUUAAUGGUGGUGCUUCAGGUUAAUAACAGUUUCAGGUUAAGAAUGGACCUCCGGAACGAAUUAAGUACUUAACCCGAGGUACCACUGUAUUAUUAUUAUGCAAACAGAUUCUGUUUCAACAUAUAGGAAAAGGUAUCUUUUUUUCUGAAAAUUUUCUGACUUUUUUCUUUUCCUCCACAAUGGCAAGGUAUGAAGAAGUGUCCAGUAUACCCAACUGAAGUAGCGUUUGCUCUUGAUAUGUCUGGAGAUGUUACCCCGGAAUCCUUUGACAGGAUGAAAGACAUCAUGACGUCUUUGCUGAAGGGUAUCGAGAUUAGCAGGAGCAACUGCCCGACUGGCGCACGGGUGUCGGUUCUGUCCUAUAACACCAAUACGAAGUACCUCAUCCGGUUCUCUGACUUCCAGAGGCCGGAGCUUCUGAUGGAGGCAGUUCAGAGAAUUCCACUGGAGAAGUCCUCCGGCAGGCGGAAUAUCGGAAGGGCCAUGAGGUUUGUGGCCAGGAACGCCUUUAAGCGUCAUCGUCAAGGCGCCCUCAUGAGGAACGUUGCAGUAUUUCUCACCGCUGGACCUUCGCAGGACGCCACCUCCAUCAAUACAGCCGUAUUGGAAUUCAGCGCCCUAGAUAUCACACCUGUGGUCAUUGCCCUCAGGGAAGUGCCUAAUGUGAGACAAGCCUUUUCGGUAAGCAGGCUGCAAUCGGAAACUCUUUUGGCAUUAUGUUGUUGUUGUUGUUUAGACAUUUAGUCGUGUCUGACUCUUCGUGACCCCAUGGACCAGAGCAUGCCAGGCACUCCUGUCUUCCACUGCCUCCCGCAGUUUGGUCAAACUCAUGUUGGUAGCUUCGAGAACACUAUCCAACCAUCUUGUCCUCUGUCGUCCCCUUCUCCUUGUGCCCUCCAUCUUUCCCAACAUCAGGGUCUUUUCCAGGGAGUCUUCUCUUCUCAUGAGGUGGCCAAAGUAUUGGAGCCUCAGCUUCAGGAUCUGUCCUUCCAGUGAGCACUCAUGCUGAUUUCCUUCAGAAUGGAUAGGUUUGAUCUUCUUGCAGUCCAUGGGACUCUCAAGAGUCUCUUCCAGCACCAUAAUUCAAAAGCAUCAAUUCUUCAGCGAUCAGCCUUCUUUAUGGUCCAGCUCUCACUUUCAUACAUCACUACUGGGGAAACCAUAGCUUUUACUAUAUGGACCUUUGUUGGCAUUAAUGAUCAGUCAGCAAAUGCAUACUGAGUGAAUGGGUCUUGCUACUUAAAUAAGCUCCUGUUCGGUACUUCUCUUGCUUGGUUCUUGUGAACUAUAAAACAUCCCUGUACUGAGAGCAAGCAUGUCAGGGGAAAGGCCAGGCUAGAAUGCAUUUGCUUAAUAUCCAGCGUUCUACUUGCAGGGAUGGGGUUUUGUUUUAAAGCACCCAAGAAGCAUUUAAAUGGGAGCAUCUAAAUGCACACUCUACAAGCAUCCCAGAAGCAGAUACGCGAUCACAUCUGCUGUUUGUAAAGACCAGGAUUCCGUCACAUCAGUUGCAGAAGAACCUGACAGCUUAUUUGCAACAGCAUUUAGUAAAUUUUGCACUAUUUUUUUUACCAAACAUCUUAUUGUCUAACAGAUGGUAAUCAGAAUGGCGGAAUUCAAAUUUUAAUUCUGAACUAGAAUGUCAACAUUUCGGGGGGUCUGAUUUCAGUGACAAAUCCAAAUUGUGAAAUCGGACAUCGGUUAAAUUUUGAAUUUCAGUUUCAGCUCUAGUUUCUGUGUUGCUUGCUCCCUAAGAAACGUAUAGCAAAAUUUUGAAGUGUCCUACAGAAUUGUUCUGGGGAAACGUAGAACAGCUUUUGAGGGUGGAUCAAGAAGCUCCUUUGUAUCUCUUAAGAAAAACGUUGCUUUAGACAUCACCAGAAUAGCCAGACAGCAGCAACGUGUUCAGACAAGUGGACCUCAGUGGUGGCGCAAUGGGUUGGUGCGUCUUGCUGUUGACCAGAAAGUUGGUGAUUCAAACCCACCCAGGGAUGGCUGUGGGCAGGGGGUUGGACUAGAUGACCCUCAGAGGUCUCUUCCAACUCUACAGUUCUAUGUUUCUAAGUGCUUGUAAUCUUGGUUUGUGAUGUGGAAGUUCAUCUACAGAUUUUGGAGUGAAUGGUAAUUUGCAGGACUUAGAGCUUAAUUCAUUGCCAACUGAGUAUUUGUGUUUGCACCAGAAAAAGAGCACACUGAAGCAAAAUCUGGACAGUAUGAAUGGAUUCAACAUAGUCAUAUAAUGAUGAAAGCAUAAUUAAUCUCUAUGGAAACAUUGCAUUCAUACUUCCAUUAACUCACGCUGCACCUUCACUCCUAGAAAUCUGUUCUUCCAGUAUCUGAUUUGGCUUUCUUCUACCUCAGUCUACAUAGCACUGUUUGUAAACAGAGCCUCAGUCAUAACCCCUGUGGAAGUUAGGGCUGGCAGAAAAUAGCAAUAAUUUAUUCCAGGAUUGUCUAUUUCUUUUAAUUGCCGUAGCAUGCAUUCGUGAGAGUGAAAGCAUAUGCUUGACUUCCAGUCCAACAAUUUAACGACUUCUACAGAGUCUCAGAUUUUCCUCUGAUCGGUUGCCAACUUUUUAAUCUUCUUCUCAGUUUUGCAAGCUGUAAACUCGAGAAAGAGCAGCGAGGAAAUAAUAAUUCAGAUUUGAAAUAGCAAAACCUCCUAAAAGAUGUCCAGCCAAUUCUGAAGGGAGUACGAUUGUUGGAGUACAAUAUGGAAAGACAAGUUAAAUACGUUGAGAUCUCUCUCUUCCAUUUUAUCAGUGUGAGCAACACAUGAUGAGUCCUUAAUUUACCUUCCAGUUAUUCUCUGCAUAAAUAUGGUUUUCCUAUCCUCCAACAGCAAUGUAGUAGUAGAAGUAGUAGUAGUUAUUUCUAUGUUGUCCUUUCUCUCCUAGGAUCCCAGCAGGAUUACAAUACAAAAAUCACAAAAUUUCAAAUUAAAGUGUCUAAAAACUCCAUAUCUACAAGAAGAACCUAAUUUAACACAGCCAGCUCACCAUAUCAGCCUCUGGCUCCCAGGACAUAUUUUAUGUCCCCAAGACUGGGUGAAUACUGUAAAUACAUCUUGGAACCUGAAAAUUAUCAGUGUGGAGGACAAAUGAACUUACCUAGGGAGUUCCACAAUUGGGGUGCCAACACCGAGAAAGCUCUGUUUAUGAAAACCACGGGUCAUACCUGGUGAUGAACAGAGACAUCUGAUCAUCUGCUAAUUGAUGAGAGGAAGGUUGUCGAUUUUGGUUGACCUCAAACCUUCCCAGUCUCUCAUCCUACCUUCCAUACUGUUCUGAAGGGUCUCUCAACCUUCUGGAGCGGAUUAUCAAUGGGUGGAGAUGGGAAGAGGAAGCAUGGGUGAAAAUCAGCUUCCUCCUUCCAUUUGUGGAAGCAUCUACUGGAAGAAAAACCUGUCUGUGAAUGGAAGGGAGCCAAUGGAUUCUACCCUACAUUUUUCAUGCAUUUCCUUUUGUUUAAAUGUAUUUUUAAAUUUUUUAAAAAAUUGCAUUUAUUUAGGCAGAUGAUACUCAGCGAUUUCAGUUAUUUGUCUGGGAAACGAAGGAGGAUGAAAACCUGAACACAGUCUCACGUUGUGCUCUCUGUUUCGGUAAGGCCAUUCAUUUUGUUCGUUCUUAAAUUAGUGUAUGUAGAAUAAUCUCUCCCCCCCCCCCGCCCACCUGUUCUGACAGGUCUUCUUAAUUUCAGAACUCAAACUUAUUCAUUUGGAAGUUGGAUGAGUUUGCGGAUAACAAGCACCAAGUAUUCUAAAUGUUGUUUAAUUAUUCUCAGCAGAAAAGCUACUGUGGCAAUUCUCAGGUCAAGAUGGCAGCAAAGACCUUGAGGCUAAGGGACAGAGACCCCCAUUGAAAUCAGUGGGAUGUCUAAGUAAUCAUUUAUAGGAUUGUGUAGGUAAUGACGUAAUCACAGUAGAGUCCAACUGGGAGCACCCCAAAGCAGAUACCUUUCCCUAUAAGUUGCCAGAAUACCAGUGGCAUGGCCCUAUAUAUCCAGUCUAUACGAAUCAAAUGCCCCAUAUUUCAGCAUUUCAGCGUACUCACAGGCCAAAAUUACAGCCACCUGGGCAAUACCCUAUGGCUGUUACCAUAAAUGAUCUACACUUAUCAUUUAAUUUGUACAUAAAGGAGGAAAGGGUGUAACUUUGCCAUUACCGUUGCAAGAGGAAGCAUAUUUUGCUUCUGGAUGAUUAAUGCAUAUGUGACCGCAGGUAUAAUCUUAAAAGACACCUUUUCCAUCGUCUCUCAUAUAGCAUACCGUUUACCUGUUGUUUUUAGAAAUAUGCCUAUUAAUAAUAAUUGUAAAACAUUGCUGAUUAUUUCAGGUCAGGAUCCCUUUGGGGUUAGAAUGCAUGCUUUGCCAAUUGUUUAAUCUAACAGCUUCAUUGACUAAACUUUGCAGCUGUAGUUUUUGAACAUAUGGAGAAAGUGCAUUUUUUGGGGUAAGCAUUUGAAGACAUUUGUUUUUUUGCCUAAUUUUCCAUUGUUAUUCUGGCCUGUGAUUUUACCAUUCUUGUACUAUUAUUUUUAGUGUUUUAAAUCUUGAUGUCUAUUUGUAUUCUCACCAUGCAAACAGCCGUAAACAAUGGGAUAAUUAGAACUAAAUAAUUAAGCAACAAAAAGUGCAUUGCCUCAUCUCUGAGUGAGGCCUAAAUAAACUGUGGUAUAAAGAAAAUAUAUUUCAAGUAAGGAGCAUGCUCUCCAUUAGCUAGGAUUAUAUAUAACUUGGAAUAUAUAGACCAUAAAAUAUAGUCUCUCUUAUAUAUACACCGUAUUUUUCCGUGUAUAAGACGCCCCCAUGUAUAAGAUGAACUCCCCCUUUUUAAACCCAAAAUUAAGAAAAUGCACUAUGUAUAAGACAUGUAUAAGACAACCUCUUAUUUUAAACUUCAAAAAUUUAGGAAAAAUAUAGUCUUAUACACAGAAAAAUACAGGAGAGAGAGAGAGAGAGAGAGAGAGAGAGAGAGAGUAUAAAUAUGUUUAGGGCUGUUUUUUUCUGUUCUCUGUCUCAAAUAGCGAGCAUUUCAGAAAUAAUUGUUUAGAAAUAGCUUUAAGAGAGAAGCAAAGCAAAAUUUGAGCAGUGUCUAAACACAUCUUAUCAGACGCUCCAUGCAAUUUCUUGCUGCCUAAUGUUUCUUUCACAGAUAAGUGUAACCCUGCUCCAGAAUGCCGGGUGAUGGAUUCCCCUCCCAUCCUAAUCAACAUGGACAUCACAUACAUCCUUGACAGCUCUCGGAACGUGGGGAGUGAGGACUUUGAGACCAUGAGGACCUUUGUGAGCAACAUGUUGGAUUCUUUCGUUGUUGCUUCUCUACCCAUGGAGUCGGAUGGAGGGGCGAGGGUGGCAUUGGUGCAGCAGGCUCCGCAAAAUUUCACUGUCGACGGAUUCUCAAGGCCAGUGAAGGGAGAGUUUGACUUGGUCUCCUAUGACAACAAGAACCUGAUGAAAAUGCACAUCGAAGAAUCCGUUCACCAGCUGGAAGGUCCAUCAGCAGUAGGACAUGCUCUAGAUUGGACCAUCAGCAACGUAUUUUUGGAAGCCCCCAACCCAAGAAAACACAGGGUCAUCUUUACAAUACUCGGGAGUCAGACAAGUUCCUGGGACAGGGAGAAACUGAGGAAAAUGUCACUAGAAGCCAAGUGCCAAGGAUUCACUAUGCUCACCUUAGCUCUUGGAAGUAGAGUUGACGAUAUGGAGAUGACAGAACUCUCUAGCGCUCCAGUAGAGCAACACCUGUUGGCCCUGGGCAGGACUGGUAAACUUGAAUUGCCAUAUGCUCUGGAAUUCAGUCGAGCCUUCUUAAAUCUUUUAAAACGUAAGUGCUACGCAGUUUGGUGGGCUUCCUUUGCUACUGAGUGAUGCUGUGCUAGGGGCUGUUUAUCUGCCAUUCUAGGUGACCUGUUGCUUCGUACAUAAAUUUGCCUCGGUCCAUUUAGAGCAGGGGUUUCCAACAGAUCGAUCGCGGUCUACUGGUAGAUCCCUGCGAGGUUUUGGUAGAUCACGGUCGAUCUCUGGCUCCCUUUCCUUAGUGUCGCUAAAACUGACUCCUGCCACACCCCCUCACCCCAUCCUCCAUUGUUGUAUGAUCUCUGGAAGGGAAGAUGGAGCUUUCUCUGUGCUGCUGUUUUCAUCCAUAUCCAUCUUUUUGUGAGUGACCCCUUUGUCCCUUGCCUUUAAUCCCCCCCAAAAAGUGGAAUUUCCCCUCUAAAAGCAUUUUUUAAAACCCCUCAAAAUGGGCCUUUUCUCCUCUGUAAAAAAGCUUAACAGCUUAAAAGCUUUAAAAAAUUUUUUUAAUAAUUUUUAUUAAGUACAAAUUAGAAAACAUACAUAUUUACAACAAAAGAAAAUACAAAGGAAAAAGAAAAUGCAUAUAACCAAGGAAAAAAAUUAGAGAAUACUUUGCCUCUUUUCAUGUUUACAGUUAUUUAUACCUGUAUAAAAUGCUAUUCACAAUAAAGGAGUGAAAUGAAAGAAAAGAUAUCAGAAAAAAAGAACAAAGAAAAAAUAAAGAAGUAAAAGAAAAGGAUCGUAGGUGAAAUUUUUUAAAAGUAGAUAAGUAUUCACUAUACAUAGCCGUUUCCCAUCUAUAUUUAUAUUCAAUUGUAUAAUUUCUUAACAACAUUGAGCUGAACCCCCCAAAAACUGGGGCAGAUCACUGCCAGUUUUUAAUUCUGAAAGUAGAUCACGGUCUCUUGAGAAUUGGUUACCCCUGAUUUAUAGGAUAGAUUAUACUCUUACAGUGCCAUCACAUACUCUAAAUGCCUACUCACUUGUAGACCUCAAUGGGGAUUGUGUCCAGGUGAGCAGUUAGAAAAUUGCAGCUGUUAACCCAUUUACAGGGGAAUAAGCCCCAUUGAACGUGGUGAGAUUCACUCAGAAGUGAGUAAGCAUGUCUAGGGUUGCAGUCUUAAGCAAUACACAAAUUUGAUCCCAGCGUGUAAUUUUUCUUGGGGCAGAUUUGAAUUGUUUUGGUGCAGAAGAAGCUUGGCAUGAAAUGGAUGUCCAUCAAGCUUCUUCAGAAGAGGCUGCAAAGUUUGCACUUGAGUGUUUUUCAGGGUGUUGUCCCUAUUAGAAAAACAAUCAAAACAUUUACAGCAGAUUAAAGGAGACCUAGGCAAUGGCAUCCGUCUAUGUUUCCUGGAUGCAUCACUCCUAAAGCUUCACUGCUGUUGCUUUGGAGCAAGAAAGGAGCUGUGGCUCUCAACCACAGUUAGGCAGGAUUUAGUAUAAAUAAUAAAUUGUUGUAUUAUUAGAAGAAGAGUUUGGAUUUGAUAUCCUGCUUUAUCACUACCCGAAGGAGUCCCAAAGUGGCUAACAUUCUCCUUUCCCUUCCUCCCCACGACAAACACCCUGUGAGGUGAGUGGGGUUGAGAGACUUCAGAGAAGUGUGACUGGCCCAAGGUCACCCAGCAGCUGCAUGUGGAGGAGCGGAGACGCGAACCUGGUUCACCAGAUUAUGAGUCCACCACUCUUAACCACUACACCACACUGGCUCUCUUAUUAUUAUUAUUAUUAUUAUUAUUAUUAUUAUUAUUAAAAACUCAACAGAUUUAUGGAGGGUGCCCCAUAUGUCCAGAGAUUAUAAAUCUGAAAGUUCCUAACACCAUGUUCUAUGGCAGGCCAUGUUUUCAGUUUUGAUUUACCCAGAGAACUCUGUGCUUACUUCAUUGCUUUCCUUUCCCUUUUCUUUUCCCUCAGGAGAAAUGAAUCCUUAUCCUCCUCCAGGCCUGCAGGAAGAAUGUGAAACCCUGGAUCGAGGAGACACUUACCAGCAGCUAAUGAGGAGGACUGACAGGUACAAAAAUAUAUAUAUCUGUUCCUCUCCUCUAGAAUUAGGGACAAAAACUUACAUUGGCUUUAGCAGGAGCAGGAAGUAAAAUUUGGAAAUGAUCUAGGGCAGGGGUGGCCAACUCCUGAGGGACUGCGAUCUACUUUCAGAAUUAAAUCUGACAGUGAUCUACCCCCAUUUUUGAGGGGUUCAGGUCAAAAGCAGAAGGCAGAAGGCCUUCUCAGUAGUGGCCCUCCCACCAGAUGUCAAAGAGAACAACAACUACCAAACUUUUAGAAGACAUCUGAAGGCAGCCCUCUUUAGGGAAGCUUUUAAUGUUUGAUGUAUUACUGUAUUUUAAUAUUUGGUUGGAAACCUCCCAGAGUGGCUGGGGAAGCCCAGCCAGAUGGGCCGGGUAUAAAUAAUAAAUUAUUAUUAUUAUUAUUAUUUAUGUUGUUGUUGUUAGGAGAGGAAAUGCCCCCUUUUUGUUGAGCUUAUUUUAUACCCUGUUUUAUGCCCAUUUUGUUGGGGUUCCGUGGGGGUGGCACUUUUAAGGGGGAAGGGGAUUAGUCGCUCACCAAAACAGCGCAGGGGAGAGGGACCAGGGCCUGGUGCUCUUAGGCAAAAGCAAAGGAAAAUGAGCCCGCCAUCGACAGCGACCGAUUGCAACCUCCUGGGGAUCGACCAGUCGAUCUCGAUCGACCUGCUGGACAUCCCUGAUCUAGGGUAUCCAUAUAUCUUAGAAUAAUAGAAUCUUUUGUAUGACUCUUCUGCCAAACAUAUCUGAAGUCUUAUCUCUUCCGCCCUGCCCUCCAUUCCCCUUUUCAGUAUCGUUUUCCCUGAAAUAGUUUACAACGAUUCUUUGCGACCGUCCCCAUCACCCGGAGGAAACAUGCAAGAAGAAAUUAUGGCAGCCACCCAAGAACCCAUUAAGUACAGAGAAGAAGAGAAACAGUAUGAUGAUUUCACAGACAUCGGUGUUCAAGGUGAAUGACGUUUUGAGCUAAUUCAGAGAACAGUAGGUAUGUUUGCUUGUAUUGAUAGAUAGACAGACAGAAAGAAAGAAUGACUGUGAUAUCCAUCACCCCUUAUAGUUAUAUUUCUCAUUGGUAGCUCCAAUCUGCUGUGCUAAAGUUUGAGGUGGGUUGCAGCAAGCAGAACGAUCAUCUGCCAUUUCCCCCCAGAACAGAAUCUAGAGAUGGAUCCAGUCACAUCGUCUAUCACAUCGUUACUGCAGAGAAACAGUACCUGCACUUUCUUCUUGUGUCUUUCUACAUGUUCGAUAAAGUUACAAUCUUUUUUCAAAAAAAAUUUUUAUUGGAAUUUUAUUUACAACGUAACAUAAACCCCCACCCCCAAUACACAACCCACCCUCAUUAAACGUGAACAUAACAUACAGCGAGCAUAACAUACAACAAUACAAACAACGAAAUAAAAGGCUUCCUUUAUCCUGUAUCUGGCCUCCUUAUUUACUUCUUAUAAACUGUUUCCUUUAUUAUUAAGGUUUUUUCUAAUUAUAACUUAAAUAUCCACAAAGUCUCCUGCAGACAUUAAUCAAAACAAGUCCAGGUAUGUAUUUUAGGGCACUGUUUUGUGAAGUAUUCUCUGCAUUUUCCCCAUGUUUUUUGAAACUCUUGUCUAGUGUGAUCUCUAAUUGCCUCUGUUAAUCUAGCCAGUUCAAUAUACAGUGGUACCUCGGGUUACAUACGCUUUAGGUUACAUACGCUUCAGGUUACAUACGCUUCAGGUAACAGAACUAACCCAGAAAUAUUGCUUCAGGUUAAGAACGUUGCUUCAGGAUGAGAACAGAAAUCGUGCUCCGGCAGCGCGGCAGCAGCAGGAGGCCUCAUUAGCUAAAGUGGUGCUUCAGGUUAAGAACAGUUUCAGGUUAAGUACGGACUUCCAGAACGAAUUAAGUACUUAACCCAAGGUACCACUGUACUGGCUUGUCUUGCCAUUCCUUUUUAGUUGGCACAGUUUCUUUUUUCCAGUUUUUAGCAAUUAGGAUCCUUGCCGGUCCUGUGGCAUAGAGGAAUAUUUUCUGAUCUUCUCUUGCUAUACCUGUGUCCGUUAUCCCUAGUAGAAAAGCUUCUGUAUUUUUCAAAAAGUUAUACUUAAACAUUUUAUGCUCGUCAUAUACCGUGUUCCAGAAGCUUUUGAUUUUUUCACAGGUCCACCAAACAUGUAUAAGUGUCCCCUCUGUUUUACCACACCUCCAGCACAGAUUUGUUUUUGUCUUAUACAUUUUAGCUAUUUUGGUACCAUCUAUAAAACACAGACUUGAUGACACACCCCGAGAAUAAGAUUGUAAUUUAUUUAUAGAUGGUUUAUAGAUAAACUUACAAUCUUAUUCUCGGGAUAGAGUCAUCAAGUCUGUGCACUCACUACCUGCCAUCAUGUAUGCUGCCACACGUGAUUCCUGGCAUAUGGGCGUAUUUCAGUUACAACCCUUUCAAGAAAUAAAUCCAAGAACUGGAUAUGUGUUCUGCCAAGCCACACAUAACAGUAGUACCUUGGUUCUCAAACUUAAUCUGUUCCGGAACUCUGUUCCAAAACCAAAGCGUUCCAAAACCAAGGCGCGCUUUCCCAUGAAAAGUGAUGCAAAACGGAUCAAUCCAUUCCAGACUUUUAAAAAAACAACUCCUAAAACAGCAAUUUAACAUGAAUUUUACUAUCUAACGAGACCAUUGAUCCAUAAAAUAAAAGCAAUAAUCGAUGUACUGUACUAUAGACAGUAUCUUAAAAAGACAGCAUCUUAGACAGCAUCUUAAAAAGCAGAGACAUCACCUUGCCGACAAAGGUCCGUAUAUUUAAAGCCAUGGUUUUCCCAGUAGUGAUGUAUGGAAGUGAGAGCUGGACCAUAAAGAAGGCUGAUCGCCGAAGAAUGGAUGCUUUUGUAUUAUGGUGCUGGAGGAGACUCUUGAGAGUCCCAUGGACUGCAAGAAGAUCAAACCUCUCCAUUCUGAAGGAAAUCAGCCCUGAGUGCUCAUUGGAAGGACAGAUCGUGAAGCUGAGGCUCCAAUACUUUGCCCACCUCAUGAGAAGAGAAGAUUCCCUGGAAAAGACCCUGAUGCUGGGAAAGAUGGAGGGCACAAGGAGAAGGGGACGACAGAGGACGAGAUGGUUGGACAGUGUUCUCGAAGCUACCAACAUGAGUCUGACCAAACUGCGGGAGGCAGUGGGAGACAGGAGUGCCUGGCGUAUUCUGGUCCAUGGGAUCACGAAGAGUCGGACACGACUAAACGACUAAACAACAACUGUACUAUAAAAUAAAUUAGACAGUAUUGUAGAUGAUAGAAAUUAAAAUUAAUUUUUUUUAUUACCUGCACUGAUGAUCGUCAUUGUUUGGAUGGGGGGCUUCUAUCCAUUUCCAUAGUCAUGUUGUUGUUGUUGUUGUUGUUGUUGUUUAGUCGUAUAGUCGUGUCCGACUCUUCGUGACCCCAUGGACCAGAGCACGCCAGGCACUCCUUUCUUCCACUGCCUCCCGCAGUUUGGUCAAACUCAUGUUGGUAGCUUCGAGAACACUAUCCAACCAUCUCGUCCUCUGUCGUCCCCUUCUCCUUGUGCCCUCCAUCUUUCCCAAAAUCAGGGUCUUUUCCAGGGAGUCUUCUCUUCUCAUGAGGUGGCCAAAAUAUUGGAGUAUCAGCUUCAGCUUCAGGAUCUGUCCUUCCAGUGAGCACUCAGGGCUGAUUUCCUUCAGAAUGGAUAGGUUUGAUUUUCUUGCAGUCCAUGGGACUCUCAAGAGUCUCCUCCAGCACCAUAAUUCAAAAGCAUCAAUUCUUCGGCGAUCAGCCUUCUUUAUGGUCCAGCUCUCACUUCCAUACAUAGUCAUACAAUCGUCAAUCAAUCAGUCAGUAGAUGAACUGGGUUUCACACAGUCACAAAAACAAAUUAACCGAAAAAGCCUCAAAAACGAAAACGCAAAAUAAAUAGCAAGUGCAAAAGCACCAAACUUAAUCCAUUCCGGAAGUCCGUUUGACUUCCAGAAUGUUCAAAAACCAAGGGGCAGCUUCUGAUUGUUGCAGGUGCCCUGGAAACAAUAGCCGACAACCGCAGUGGACAUUCCAAAAAAUGUUAGAAAAACAGAACACUUGCUUCCAGGUUUUGGCCAUUUGGAAACCAAGGUGUUUGAGAACCAAGGUGUUUCAGAACCAAUGUACUACUGUACAACAUAAUGGGGAUAUUCGUGUGAACAUUCUGCCCCGUUUUAUGGGAAGGAUUGCCAGUUUGGCUAACGUGUGUCAACUGACCCCCGAAAGUGUAGUAAUAGUGAUGUUUGGCCAUGGAUAAUGUAGGCUGAUGAGACAAAGUGGGUUUCAUUCAAAGGUUCCCUUCUUCUGCCAGACUCUUGCCUCUCUGGAAGAAGUUCCUCCUUUCAGAAGAAGGCAACAUUUAGCUAAAACCCCAUGUGUUUAAUUGAUGAUGAGGUAAGCGAUUUCUGUGAAAACAGCCUACACUCAAAAAGAGCUUGUCUUUGCCAGCUCGAAGAGAUGUUUAUAAUUCUUAGUACAUUGGAGCACUGCUUCUGGGUCUUCUUCAGAUCAAAGUGUCCCUUGGGAAGACCAGGAUUAACUAUCAAUUGGCCUCCUUCUGGCAGGAGCCGAGCCAUUGAACAACCAUGUCCUGCUCUGAGCAGAGGUUUUAGCCCUGUGUUAGUGAAAUUGUCUUUGGAUAUUUCUGACUUGGAGACAAUUAGAAUAAUAGAAUUGUAGAGUGGGAAAGGACCCUAAGGGUCCUCUAGUCCAAACUCCUGGACUAGAGGACCCUUAGGAAUCUCAGCUAAAGCAUCCAUGGCCGUCCAUUAAGCAACACAUUUAAGAAGAGUUUAUCAUUCCCUGCAAAAAUGAAGCCUGCAGCUGACAGCUCAUUUGACUUCCUUAUACUUUCUAUACUGAUUUGGGGCCAUUGAAGCAUAGCUGUCAACUGUCCCUUAUUUGGUGGGAAAGUCCCUUAUCCCAGUGCCGUGUCCCACUGCUGUCCCUUAUUGAUGAUGUCCCUUAAAUUUCCUGGCUUUCAAAGGAAGCAGCUCCUCUCCCUCCCUCCCUGCCAACCAGGGAGGAGGGAGGCUCCAACUGUGUAGCUUGGCUGCGUUGCUCACCCAAUAAGGAGUCUAAGAACGACUGGGGGGGUGGAGCUUGCAUGCUUUGUGCCGAUCAAAUCGGCCGCAUUGCCUGGGGACUCGUCUUUGCUCAGCGCUUCCCAGCGGAGAGGUGACGGUGGUUUUCCUUGCUGCAUCCCCUUUGCCGGGUUGCUGCGCUGUGGGAACCACCGCUUGAGGCUUCGUUUGUCUGCUGGUUGACUAAAAUCCCUUAUUUUGGCUGCUGAUCCCUUAUUUUCAAAUCUGUAAGUUGACAGCUAUGCAUUGAAGUCUAUGGGGGAAACAGCUCAACAGGAAGUUCUUUUACUUAAGUGGUUUCCAAUUUGCAUCAAAAAGGUAUUGUACAUCUGAGUUGUUUUUAUUUCUUUAAAAUAUAAGUUGUUGUUGCUUCUGCAGGACUACGAGUAGGUGCUCCUCUGCUGAUCUCAGAACUUUCAGUGAUUUUGAUGUUGGUAAUUGAAGAUGUGAACUGAUUAGAAAAGAGAUGAAGGUCAUAGGCUGGGAACAGGAUGAAAUCACUAAAUCACGUUCUGGCAUCUGCUACUCCUAUGUAACAGCUUCCUUCUGGCUUUAAGGGCCGGGAGAUAUUGAUAGAAUUGGAGAGGAGUCUUGAGGUUAUUGCCAACGUCAAAGCCAGAGUGAACUCCCUCUUCAAACAUUGCAGAAAAAGUAUGGCAAGAAGUUUGACUUGUUAAUGCUGAUUCCUUUGUGAAAACUUUUUGGAACACGCAAAAGCUCUUUUAUAUGAUAUAUCUCAUUCUUUAAAGCCUUUUGUUAUGGUGUGUUUAUGUUUUGGAACACAUGUCCUCCAUAGUGCUCAUAGGCCCCUAAGGGGCAGAGCCCUUCCUUGAUAGAUUAUAGUUAUUCUGUAAUGCCUAAUAGAGGUUUAGCAAAGUAAGUACUAUAGUGAUUCAUGGUCCGGUAAUGUCUCAUUUAGACCACUGUAAUGGGAUGUACAUGGUUCUGCCUUUGAAGACUACUCAGAAACUUCAAUUGGUUCAAAAUAUAGUGGCAGGAUUGUUAACCAGGACCAACUGAGCGGAAGACAUCUUGUCUCUCUUAAAACAACAUCACUGGCCAAGGUUCCUGUUAAGUUGUGGGUGAACAUAUCAGACGACACAGCGAUUCUUCAAACAGCUCUUGUUUAUUCACAGGCCAGAACAGAACUGAACUGAAGGGUUUAGCCAGCCUGCUUAUACAGUGGUACCUCGGGUUACAUACGCUUCAGGUUACAGACUCCGCUAACCCAGAAAUAUUACCUUGGGUUAAGAACUUUGCUUCAGGAUGAGAACAGAAAUCGUGCAGCAGCGGCGCAGCGGCAGCAGAAGGCCCCAUUAGCUAAAGUGGUGCUUCAGGUUAAGAACAGUUUCAAUUAAGAACAGACCUCCAGAACGAAUUAAGUUCUUAACCCGAGGUACCACUCUAUAGAGCUCCACUACAAUGCAACAGUAACCAUUUUCUGUAACUAUCCAAUCACUGAACGUCACUUUCAAUCCCUUAUUUGCAUAUGUGGACCUGAGUGAAAACUAUCUACAGUAUCCCCCUGCUGGCCCAGGGUGAAAACUUCAGUCCAUAACAGUUCCAUUUCAAAGCACGAUUCACAAAGCUUCUUUCACACAGAGAAGUUUCCAGAAACUUCCAGAGCCCUCUUGAAUUAAGCAGAACAGAAAAGAUCUCUACAUACCAGGGCUUUGGUCAGGGCUCAGCCUGACUCCCCUUCCCUUUUUGUAUAAGAACUAGUACGAAAGAGGUCUCCCAGCAUUCUCACAGGCCCAUAUAAGAUCAGCGUACACAGUUGGGCCUGAUGAGCGUUUACUGUUCCCAACCCAAAUCCUGCGGAAAGCCAUCUAAUUCAGAUUUUAAUUGUAUCCUGACUUGUUUUUAAGAGGUGAUUUAAUUAUUGUUUGAUUUUAUAUCAAUGCUUAUAUUUGAUGUUAGCCGCCCUGAGCCCGGGGGAUUGCGGGAUACAAAUAAAAGUUUAUUAUUAUUUAUUAUUUUUAUUGUCAAUACUUUCUAUACUAAGAAACGCAAACUGACAGAGAUUCCUGCAUCGCAGGGGGUUUGGGGUCUCUUCCAACUUUACAUUUCUAUGAUUCUAUGAUCUAUUUGUAAAAGGAACAUGUAUCAUUUUCUCAUAUCAUAACCGCAAACCCUUCUGUUCCCCCCUCAGACGCUUGCAUAGUGGAUAUGGACAACGGCGAGUGUGACGAUUACGUUCUGAAGUGGUAUUUUGAGAAAAAGCUGCACAUCUGCACCCAGUUCUGGUAUGGUGGCUGUGGAGGAAACGCCAACAGAUUUGAAACUCGAGAAGAAUGCGAAGCUUUAUGCAUCAACUCAUCCUAA